UGUGUGUGUGUGUGUGUGUGUGUGUGUGUGUGUGUGUGUGUGUGUGUGUGUGUGUGUGUGUGUGUGUGUGUGUGUGUGUGUAAGAGAGUUGGACCUUAGCCCUUAUCUAAUAUCUGUUAACUAAACGCUAAUAAAUCGUGCGCCAACACUUCCAACAACUAGCUCCCAGAUCACAAACGUCGUCGUUUUUCAUUUCGCUCUCACAGAGGGCACUCUGAUAUCAAUUUGCAUCGAGGUGUAGGACGUGGUGCAGCCCGCGUGCACCCCUCUCUACUCCUCCUCGAGUAGUAUACAGCGGGACACUCCGCAGUUCGCUUAUCCCGUUCCUUCCAGUUGGCUUUUACGCGCGACGUCUGCAGUACUCAGUGAUUCAGUGAGCCCUUCUCCUCUGCACGCGCCAGGCUGUAUUUGGAUGAAGACAGGCAAGGCAGGAACCGUUUUACCCCUCAGUGCUUCAAUGGCGAAACAACGCUGGUUUCGUCCCAGUAAACAAUCGUAGAUGAAGACAUUGACGCUUUUUUUCUCCUCCUCGCGACUCAUUUUUGACAAAAUGUGGGACGCGCGUUCUCUACGCGGAGACCGCGGAGUUCUCUCCUCAGCUGUAGCCGCUUGACUGGAGGGGGUUCCCGGCUCCCUUUUCAUCCUAUACUCCCUCAGGAACGAGAGGAGUUUGCAUGCAAAAGGUGGUUUAUCUCGGCAAGGUGAGGGGGACUGUUUUGUGUCACUUUGAUACGAUUUUGGACCACAUAGUGAACGGUACUGAAGUACAUUUUACGUGAUGCCAGGACAGAUUUUUAGGCUGAUUUACAUUCUGUUCAGGAUUCUGAUACGGUAAAAAAAGAAAAACCUAACCUAGAGAAAAAGGGGUAGUAGAGUAACAGGUAUGCAGUAUUUCUGAAUUUAUGGGACUGCAGAACACACUGGGAGUCCAGAUUUCUUUUGUAAUGUGAUCUUAUAUUCCCACUGAUUCUUAAAUUGCAUCUCACGGUUUAUUCAGAUUGUAAAUAUGCUGCUCUGCUGCUAAUGGAACAAAUAUUCUGGCACAGUUUAAUACAGCUAAAAAAAAAACUGUUGCAUUUAAGUAUCAGCUUAAUUCAAUCCUUUAAGAGGGUGGUAUUAAGUAAAAUGCCAACCUGCUCUCUGUCAAGAUUUUUACAUUAACAACUUUCAUUGAAAUUUUACACUAAGUGUUUGAGGAAUAUUAAAUAUUCUGUUACACACUGAAAAAAAUUAAUGUCUUUUUCCUGAAUUAGGGGUGAUAUUUGUCAGAAAAUGAGACUGUAUUAACCAAAUGUGGCAGGGGAGAGCUAAAAAGUUUGAAAAGAAAUUGAAAAAAUUGCUCAAACGUGUCUUUCCCUUAGAGAGUGUAUCAGUGGAUCUCAAGGCACCCUUCAGUCCAUUUGUUUCCUGACUAACCACUCAGUGAGUCCCGAGCUUCCAGCGAUAAGACUGCAUAGAAAGUAGUGCUCCCGCAGGAGUUCCUUCCCUCACUACAGCCACAACAGUGCUGGGGGGGAGAGCAAAGCAAAGCAGCCAUAUUGAGUGUUAAAACAAAAUCAUUGAUUCUGUCCAACACUUUCUUAGAAAUGUAAUGAAAGGGAUCAAUAACUAUGCAGCUGUUGCUAUUUUGGAGUGAAAAUGCAGAGUAUCUCUGACUGUGUCCUUGUGCUGCUUGAAGGGAACAGGUUUAGUCUUGGUUUUAUUUUUUGAGACAUGUGAUGCACAGUGUAAAAAAUGAAAUAGCCAAUCUUUUGAUGCUCAAUUUGUUCAGCUUGUUCCUGAUAUUUAAUCAUCUCACUAACUUUGUUGUCUUUUGUUUUCUCAGUCAUGGAGGGACUUUCCUAAAGAGGAUCCCACUUGAUUCAAAACUUUAGACCCCCUUUUUUUCUACUUCCCUCUUUAAGUCAUUUUAACAUCUCCCUAAAUUAGUUGCCUUUCCAUCAAAAUGGCCGAGAGGAUUGGACCAGCAGGGCUCAAGCCCACCAACAUCCGAACCGCUCCCUCCUUGCCCCCAGAACCCAUCGACAUCAUCCGUACCAAAGCCCGCUCCCGCAGAGUUCGGCUUAAUGUCGGGGGGCUGAACCAUGAAGUCUUAUGGCGGACGCUGGACCGACUACCCAGGACCCGGCUUGGCAAGCUUCGAGACUGCAACACCCACGAGUCCCUGAUGGAAGUCUGCGAUGACUACAGCCUGAACGAAAACGAGUACUUCUUUGAUCGUCACCCGGGAGCCUUCACCUCCAUUCUGAACUUUUACCGCACGGGGAAGUUACACAUGAUGGAGGAGAUGUGCGCCCUAUCGUUUGGCCAGGAGCUGGACUACUGGGGUAUAGAUGAGAUCUACCUGGAGUCCUGCUGCCAGGCCCGCUACCACCAGAAAAAGGAGCAGAUGAACGAGGAGCUGAGGCGGGAGGCUGAGACCAUGAGGGAGAGAGAGGGGGAGGGAGAGUUUGAUAACACCUGCUGCCCAGACAAGAGGAAGAAGCUGUGGGAUCUCCUGGAGAAGCCCAGCUCCUCUGUGGCUGCCAAGGUAGGGAACUGAAAUGGGAAGUGUGAUCUCACCGCCCCCAUCUCACAUUCCCCGAUCACAUUCAGAGCAGAACACUCUGCCUGGAUCAUAGCACAUUACAAGCACACCUCAGCUCACAGACCUCCUCCCACCUGUACAAAAUAGUCCAUCUAUUUGAAUCCUAAACAGGCAUGGACUGUACUCUUAUCAGGUGUGUUCUUGUGCCAUCUGUCUGGUUCCCAGUGGAGCAACAGUUGUUAGGUCUGGACUAAAUAUAUAAAAGAGAUGCAUGUGAGGGUGUAACGUGAGCAAACAUCAUGUUUUAGGGAAAUUUAUGGUUCCGGCACUAAUUGGUUAGUUGUGAAAUCACAGCAGGAGCUACAUUUAGAGUCUACUUACUCUGACAAAUUAAUUGGUGAGAACGUCAGCUGCUCGUGUUGAAUUCUGUGCAGAGAUUAAGUGUGUCAGUGUUGAGCAGAUUUGUCAAUGAUGUGUGACGCGGCAAUUCUCUUCUCAGGAUUGGUACAUGUGUCCUUCCUGGUGCUUUCGUGGAUCAAUCUCAGUCUAGGUCUUUCAUUUUGGAUCUGACAGGAUGAUGUCAAGAGUUUGUGGCAGGUGUGUUGAGGAAAAGUGAUGCGUCUGAGGCAUUUGCUAUUUUUACUCAGAGUAUAUUUCCUUCAUUUGGAGCCAACUGAGGCAGUCAUCAGUGCCUUCUCUCCCCCACACAUGGCAUUUGUAGAAAACUGCAGCAUCAAUCCCAUGCAGGUUUAGCAUCCUGGAUCAACCUUACAGAGAUGAAAUAACAGUGUAGCAAUGUCAAGCCUUGCUAAAAUGAUGACAUCUCUUUCAACUCUUUUGCCACCUCCUCCUCUUCUUCUCACCCCAUCCCCGCUCUGACUCAGUCCUCAAUUAGGUAGGUCAGCGUUGAUGAAAUCCAAUCAUUGGUAAUUUACCUUAGGUCUCCAGUAUCCUGAUCUCAUUACUGCGCGGUGCAGGGCAGGGUUGGCCCAAGGAUUAUAUUCCGUGUCAGCGUAUCAUAAUCAUAGGGGUUCCUGUGUUUAUGUGAGAUCUAAGGAACAUCAUACGCUCCGAGUGUGUGAUACAGCUCCUGUUGCUACGUGUGCUGCGUGGAUUCAGACUCUUCCAUUGAGGAGAAAAAUGUUUGCUCAAGGAUCAAGAGAGCAGAUUCAAAGUAUACAAAGUGUAGACUUCAAAUUCAUUAGCGCGGAUAGAGGCAUCAAAAGGACAAAUUCAGGACUAUGAAGCAAUGAUCAAAGAAACAAGAACAAAGAAUAGACAUGAAUUUGUAAUGUAGAGCAAUAAAAAAUUCUUAUUCAAGAAUCAUGGGCACUGGCUGGAGUAUAUGGGAAGUAGAUUCUAGUAUUAACACUUAAGAUUCUAGAAGCAGUCAAGAGCUCAGAUUCUAGAAUGUAGAGUUGAGAUUCUAGAAUCAAGUAUAGGUUUAAAGGUCCUUACACACCGGGACCGAUGCAAAUAUACAACGCAAAAUUACGAAAUAUUCAGAGGCGAAUUUUAAUGCACCUGACUACACACAUCAAGCCUGAUGCAAUUUUGCGACUUUCUGGGGGGAAAAAAGACGUGUCCCGGGUGGAAGCAAGAAGACUGACACACAACCAGACUGAUUGUUUUUCAGUUCUGAUUAGACACUAGUGUUGAGAUGUCUGUCUGUCAUGAUAGCAUGUACUGAGUCGGGGCCAGUACCAGAUAAGCACAUUAAACUAUAAUCCAUAAACAUAAGGUAACAACCGAGACCUUGUGGGGCUGUGACAGCAAUGCGAUUGAGUUUGAGACAGUGAAAAUAUAUAUGGUAUGUUGUAUCUGAACAGGUUAGCUUACGAGCUAAAGUUACUUAGCACAGAUGAAAGUUAAAACAAAGACGUUUAGCAAACUGUUAAAGCACACAAACCAUCGUCAUAUGAGAAAUCUGACACUAUGACUCUCCACAAGUUGUCCUUCAGGUCGUUAACUUUGUAAUGUUUGUGUCUUUUAUAAUAAAGCACUCUGUUCUCUGACACGUAAACAAUCAGCCGGUCGGCCAUGUUGGAUAUACCGGUGAAUCAGACGUCGCAACAACACGAAAUCUGAUUGGUCAGAAGUGGACACACAGUAUGCGAAACUUUAGAAAAUUUGAUCGUGAUACAAAAAAAUAUCGCUGCAAUAUCGCAGGACGGGAAAAUGUCGCUGAUGUGAAUGCAGUGCAAUGCAAAUACACAAGAAUCUACUGCAUCUAGAAUCUAGAAAAUAUGAAGAUUAAUCAUUCUAUGAAGGUUUAAGACAAUGGAGGGCGCGAUACAAAAAUCCAGAAUGCUGAAUGUAAUUUCUUGGGUGUUGAUUAAAGAAACAAUCUGUGCAUUUAAGAAUCUAAGUUGUUUAGAGAAACGGUAGCCUUGAAUACAGGACUUAAAAAAGGUUGAAGAUUCUUGAAUUGGAUUUUUAAAAAAUCUUGUUUACAGAAUUAAAAAUCCUGAGCGUAGAUCAAAAAAUCUAGAGUUGAAUCAGGAGUGUGGAGUCAGGAAUAUGUAGAAUAUGUAGACUGAAGAAUCUGGAGUGUUGAUACAAGAACCUGCAAUGAUGAUUUAAUUUUUAAUCACCUCAGUCUAGAUUCAUAGAAACAGCUAACUGAGUAAGCCAGCUCUGGCAGGCAACUCAAGCUGCACCAAUGUGACACUUGAUUCCCACAAUCACAUGACAAAUAAAUCCUUCCAAUUUGAGGGUCUAUUUAAGCUGAAAGAUUUCUGAUCUCUGUGUCUGCUUGGCUACUGUCACUGCUGCCGUGCAUUAGUGCUGUGCUCUAAAAUUUCAGCCCCAUCACGCCAGCAUUCACUCUGAUGCAUUUAAGAUGUUAUCCCAUCUCUCCUCAGAUCAUGCAAAUAAAAGUAAACCUUAAAUAUGUGGUGAGUUGUGAAAACUGUGUGGUAAUGUGAUGCAAUACUUGCCGUCCAGGUGUUAAAACAUGUUUGGCCUUCCUUGCUGUAUUGGUACUGCACAGCUAGUUUUCCCUCACUGAUUUGUGAUUGACAAGCCUCCUGCCUCAUCCUAAUAGUUGUCUCCUGCCUCCAUGAGGAAGCUAUAUAUCUAAAGAAUCAAUGACAAGAAGGUUGCCAGUAUCCAACUUAAGGCAAACUCAGGUGACAGCAGCAAGGUAAUUUGAUAAGCUGUGGGAUAUUUAAAGUGAUUUACCUCCUUAAUAUGGCCCCUCGGUCUCAAGACGCAUCAGGGUAUUGCUGACCUGAUCACUAUCAUGUGGGGGAAGCCUGUGAAACCUUCAAGGGAAAUCCCACCCUAAUUCAAAUUGCAUUGAUAUUCUGCUGAGUGCUCCACCAGGGGAACUUGAACGUGGCUGUAAUGACUCUGCCUUGCGACUGCGCAAAGGUAAUCCACCGCUGAGAGUGCAUUGGAAAGUAGACUCUCAAGGGGUGUGCAACUGGCAGUUCCCUGAGGUCAGGGAAGUCUUUUAUGGGAACAUUGAGGACCCUUGAAAGCCCUUGACCAAGGAAAUACCAUUACCGGGCCUGUACACAGCCCUGUGCUCCUGUACUCUUACACAUGGCAACUCAGCCGUUUAUCAAGUGCAGUCAAAGUAUCCUGGCACAUAUAUCCUCUCUUUUUCUCACACUGCUUUCCUUAAUCAGAUAUUAGCGCUGCCGUAAGAAACCUUUGGCACUCUCUGCCCUUAAAGUAAAGGUUAAGCAUGAGAGGACUGACCUUUUCGGGGAGGUCAAUCAAGCUAGGAUUACAUUUAUCAGCAAUAACAGGAACGUGUGCUUUGAGAGUUUGUGCAAGCCCUUGUAGAAUUGAAAAGGUUGCAGCUAUUGCAACAAGAAAAAAAAAUGUGCUGGAGCAAGCAGCAGAAAAUGUCUGUGAAAGCUACAAGUGAAAAGAUGUGCUUGGAAUGAUAGUUGCAGAAGAAAGCCCGGAGAGAGAGUGAGCGAUGUAAGAGAGGUAGUCCUGUUAGUUACGCCCCAGGAUGUUGGAAGAGUUCUUUGCAAACAUUUUCCAGUAAGUAAAGAAAGAAGUGGUCCAAACAAAGAGUUACAGAGGGGUUGGCUGUGCCCUUUCUGUGUUGGUACAUGACUUUUGGUGGCCUGAUCUAGUAUAGCGUGAGGGGAAAGAGAAAAGGAGUUACUUCUUGUCCUGUUCUAUCUGGUCCUUGGCUCGUCAAAGGUGAGUCCAGGGGGAAAAGCAAGACGCUAAUGUCAAAACAAGAUCUCGCCAACCCCGGUACUAGAUAGAACACCUGCAGGAGCUUCACAUCAGAAUAUCCUCAGCUGAACCUCCAUUAAAAGUGUUUUUUAGCAGUUUUAUUGAGAAUUAAAUUACAAAAAAACAGCAUAAAAACAGCAUUUUCACAGCUUCAAGCCUUGGCUAAAUGACUGUCAUUUGCUAUAACGUUAUAUAAGAUUAUUGCAGCUGAGUAUCAAAUGAUUGUUGCCAUUGUUUCCUUACUGUAGGCUAUAAUUUCUAUUAAUCCGGUAGAUCGUGUCAUCCUUGAUAUGGAGCCAGAAGGAUUUGUACUGCCCUGACCCUUUUCUGUUUACAAUGAGUCACCGCUUGAGCUCUAGAGAAGCACACUUAGCAAAGCUCGUACAAGAAGUCACACAAAGUGCUGCAUUGCUGUAAGGCAUCUAUUUCGAAUGCUUUAAACUAAGGUACAUAAAUAUAUAUUAACUGUAAACUUGCAGUAAUCAUAAAAAGUCUUUUUGUUAGCCUGUGUGACAAUAUUAGUUACGAUCUAGAGUUUCACUUCACAACCUUUUGUAUACUUUUGGUCGAAGGUAAGAAAGUUUGGUACAUUAAACAUGAAUUGUAAUCCCAGUAUGCUUUAUUCACUCUUCUAGUACUGUCAUAAGAGUUCAUUGAGGGAAAAUACUUCAAUUUCUCACCCAGCAGUCAUAGAUUGCAUGCAUAAUCAAGCAUUAUUGAGUGUCAUUUGAAUCCUCUUUGGAAGUAUCCAGAUCAUUAAAUAUAUUUACCUGAAUAAUAAAUGUUAGCAGAGACUGACUAUUCCCCUUUUUAUAUCACCCUCUUUAAAUGCAUCACUGUUAACAAUCUUCUUUUCUGCAAAGACAGAUCUUUUUGCAACAUAAACAGAAAUGUAAUUUAAAACCUGCCAGUGUUUUAUCUACCGCAUGUCAUAUGUCAGUGCGCAGUUAAGUGCAAUUGGAUGUCUUGAGUUCAAUUUCUUCUAUUUUCAGAUAAGCACGACUCUAUGAAGGGGAUGUAUUAUAAAUAUUCGGAUGUCGCCGACUGUUUCCUUCACGACUGGUGAUUUAGUGAGAGCUUCAAUAUUAACACGAGUCAGGCUGUAGUGCUGCUAUCAUAAAUUAAUGCUAUUAGUUUUAACAUGGAUGCCUACAGUGCUCAGUUUUAAUAUAUGAAGAGUUCAGUUUGCAGGAGCAGCAUGUUUUUGCUUUGAUUAGUGUUCAUGCAAAGCGACUUUAUAAGCUCUCUGGAGUAUUAACAACGUGGUCUGAAAUAUUAAAGCUGUAAUAUCCCCUUGCUAUGAGACAGAAACCAUUCCCCUCUUUAGGUUUUCUUCACUUUAGAGUCCAUUCAGUGUGCGGGCAGUCCUGGAAAAUAAUGACCAAAGAUUCAGAGCGUUUUAAAGAGAUCAAUGUUUCUACUUGCCAGACCUUUCAAGUUAGGUUUUCUAUCUCCCUCACUCCUCUCUACACGAGCUGUGUCUAGCCUUGUGCUCGCUCUUAAUGUGGAUGUGCACCAUUAGUCUUUCCUUAUCUAAUAAUCCAGUCUAUCUAGUGGGAAUGCAAAGCAAUGGGCUUGUAUGGGCGCAGACUUGUGCAGUUUGGUCCUCCCACGCUCCCGGAGCAGCAAAAGUGAGUCCAGCACAGACACUGCUGAGGAUGAUGACACAACAUGAUGAAGCUGGAGCAUGAUCCAGUACAGUAACAAACACCUCAAUCUUAGUCUUUAUGGAUGUCAGAUUUGCCAUUUUUACUUUUCGACUUUCACAUGGCAGACGUUUUUCUCUGACGCUAAAACACAUUUGAGAACCUGUUAGCUGUUUGUCAUCAAGUCAUAUUUUUAAACCUAAUUUUAAUCGCUCACUUUACAUUAGUAACAAAGUUUUAAGUUCGCAAAUAGGCUGUGAUGUUAGUCCCACAAUGUCAGUCCAUAUAUCUCACAACGGGCUCAAAUGCAGGCAUGCUGUUUUUAUUCAUUCUUCAUAUUCGUCGCCAUUUAACAGUUUUGUAUAGCUUUGUUUUGCCUAAAGCAUAAAAUCAAAUUAUUUGAGGUUUCUACAACAAACCAGUGCCACAUCUCGACAGCAUUUACGCUUUCCACCCUGAUCAUGACACAAGAUGACAGUGGUGGCAGUGUGGAUGUGGUCAAUUGCUACAAGUUAAGUCAGGUUUUGGACAUGUGAUGCAUUAGGAGUGACAUUAGCUUGACGUGCGACAUGAGGAAAUUUAAUUAACACACUUUUGUACUCUAGUCGUACAGCACUUGUUUCAGAUCACUGCUGCUGACAGCCUCUUACUCUCCACCCAUCCAUUUCCUUGCAGGCUUUUACAGCACUGGAGCGCACAUUUGGCCUUUUGUGGGUAUUGAUGUAGUUUCUGACAGUGUGAGAGUCAAAGAUGGAGAGGGGCGCUGAAAGGGGAAAGAAGAUUGACGGCAUUAAGUUGGUUAGAAGUUUAACGUCCUCCCAUUAUGUGCCCUGAGGUCAGAUUUUAGCAGGAGGUCCUCCCUAUCAUCCUUUAGUCUGUAGGUUGUGGUCACUCUUCAGAAGGUUAAAUCAAUAGGCAUCAGCAUUUUAGGAGAAAAAUGUUCUCUGGCAAAGAGAUUUUUUUAAACUUUGUGCUUAUUUGGUGAAAAGCCUGCCAACUGGACUCUGACCUUGCCUGUUGAAAUCAAAUUUUGAUGUUUUUAAGUCAGUUAUUGCAGUCAAGGUGAUACCCUGUUGCAGAGACAAGAGUAGCUCCUAGCUGCAGCACUAAGUAUUGUCGUGCAUUAUCUCAUUUGUUCUUUAGAGAGACAUCCGGAUGUACUACAGGAGAGGAGUUUUUUUCAUUUAGGAGGAGUGCACCUUCUGCAGUCUCCUGGUUACAUAAGCCUUCCUCCAGGCCUCUAAUCAGUACAGCCAAGCAUUUAGGCAGCAGCACCUAAAUCCUCUUUACCCCACAAUCAUAAUCAGAUAAGAGCGAACCUCCUAGAUUAUAGGUGACAUGAGUUCUUUUAGUACAUGGGUGGAGGAGGCUGUAUCUUUUAUCUGUAUGUUCCAUGACACAGUUAAAACAGAUCUCCCUGUGCUGUUUGCUGUGUUAUCAAUCAAACUAAACACCUGCAAAAUAAGGAUUACACUUAAUAGAAAUGAUUCCUCCAGUUAUCAUGUUUAAAUAUUGAAUAAUUAAGGUUAAAGAGGAGGUAGGAGCUUUUAAGAAAACAGGCAAUUUAGCUGCUAAUUCAAAAUCACUUCUUUUCUUGGGCAUAUUUUACUCUUUCUGGUUGCCUAAAGCUUUUUUUUGUCCCUUGUGUACAUUAGUUUUUCAUUCAUUUAAAGCAAACGUAAUAAUACCUUCCAUUUUUUUUCACGAAAACAGCUGAUUUGUUGUAUAUACAGUGGAUACUUACGAGUUCGCUCUGCUAUAUACACACCAUGUGCAUGAAUUUCCUCAUAAGGACAACCAUCUGCACAAGUGGUGUAAGCAAAUAAAGCACUCUCGACUCUCUCCCCUCUUCUACUGCUGCUGUUUGAAUUUAUGAUUUUGUUUCCAAGAAUAAAAAUAUUAUUUUUUUUACCACAGUAAAAGUUCCAUGUUUAAUAUUAUCAAACCGUGAAGUAGAGAGAUGGUUUUAGACAAACUGUACAGGAAAGUCUGCAGUGUGGAUGUGUUUACAUUGUAUCCAGGGAGCUUAUACUCAUGUAAUGGGUGCAUGAUCGCGCUGAUGCAAAAAUAAAGAGGAAAUUAACACUCAAGGGGGACAUAGCACAUCUUUUAAUUUUGAAUGCACUGAAAAUGGUGCUUUUGAGACUUUUCGUGAUCGCCUCCUGGUAAGAAUCUGACUGGAUGUCAUGGGUUUUCCAGCAGAGGUAUCCCUGGGUUAUAUUUCAACUGAAGAGCAGGAUGGGACACUGCAGCCCUUUAUUGAUUUAACUAAAGCGUUGAAACUGUGAAUCCCACCCGCAGGGUUGAGAGGGAACAUCUAAAGUGAGGCCGGGGCAAGUUGUUGGAGACAAAGUACAAGGAGGCUAUUGAUGCAGCUUGAUUCCCAGAAUUGAUCUGUAGAAACCAUUUUUAAUUAUUUCAGAAAUACCCAUACAUCAAUGUCUGCAGUAACAGGAAAACACACCUCCAUCCUCGUCUGAUUUUGCUUUGCUUUGCACAAAUAACCUGCCGCUGCUUUCUUCCAUUUCCAUUAUUACUAGGAGGGACUCGCAUGCAGAGGAAUUACAGUCAGGAUGCAGCUCAGUGGCAGUGGUGUCCUGGCAGAGCUACAGGCACGUCUUUAGGCAUAUUACUGUGCGGUUAAACAUGCAUGCACUGAAUCCCGAGUGGAGAUAUCAUGAAAUGAAAGUCAAGAGGCAGGACUGGCAACUCGGUUAUUUGCACACAUAAAGGGGGAGGAAGCAAAACUAAAUCCAGGGAAAGGAAUAAACUUGCUUUGAAACAAGUCUAGUACAAACAACAUGCCCAGUACAAGCCAGGGCUAAUGAGCGGCCAGAUGGUGUGAGAGGCCUGAUGGCUGACGUCUUAUUAGUAAUUCUACUGUCAUCCCCGGAAAACACCCUCACAUUUCCUAAGAACAAAUCUGUUAUGACUCCAAGUGCCGCUACUGAGGGCUUUUUUCAUAAUCAAUUACUCUGUUUUGUGGAAAAUGUUCAUUUCCCAGAGGGGUGAUCUUCAGAAUGCUUGCUUUGUCAAACCAGUGGAUUCAAGACUGAAAAAUGUGAAACUGGAACAAAAGUAGAGGCAAUUCUAUAGAUUUCACCAGCUGUAAAAAUGAAAAGUUUAGAUCUGAUUUUAUGGUUAAUAGUGAUUAUGAAGCCUUUUAUAUUUUGGUAAAAAAUGGUUUGAUCUUUGGCUCCAAAUUGGAAAGCUUGACACCACAGUAUCGUUACGUUCAUUUUGACUUGUGGUCUUGAACACAAGCCCAGUAAUUCAUCUCCUUUUAGCUCUGUUUUGGUCUUCUUAAGCCUCUGAGGGAAGUGCCCGGCUCUUUGGAGUCUGAAAGCUUCACUGUUUUACAUAUCUGUUACUAAAAUAGCGUUUUCUGUCCAUUAAGGGUGGGAAAAAAAUUUGCUACAGCACAGUAUUGCGAUAUUUUGUCUGGUGAUAUAUCGUAUCGCCACAUGAACCAAGAAUUGAUUUUUUUCAAAUUGGCGUAAGUAGCACUUAUGAAGUCAAAUAAAAUAGUAUUUGUUGUUUGAAACAAAGUUUCGGCUCAGUUUGCUCAGUAUCCUCAUUUAAAACAACUUGGGUUUUUGACUGAUCAACAAUGUUAAAUACCAUGAUAUAUUAUUACUUUACUGUGAUAUGUCUUGUAUCAUGAGGUUCUUGCAAAUAUACAGCCGUAUUGUAUUGUAUCGUAUCGAAUCGUGACACGUAUCGUGAUAUGUAUUGUAACAUGAGGUCCUUACCAAUACCCACCCCUACUGUCCACUAUUUGUUGCUUGUCAGGUUUUACUGUAAAUACAGUUUGUUGCAGCCAAAAACAAGGCUAAAGCUAAGCUAAUUGUGACUCCAGAGUCAAGGGUUUGUUAUUGUAGCCUCUCACACCUUUACUGCUUCUUCUCCACCAUUUGGCCACCAUUUCUUGUUACACACUCUAUAUGAGCUGAACACUUCAUGCUUGUUCACCCUGCAAGAAGUUCAGAGGUAUAAACUGGCCGAAAGCCCCACGUCUUAGCAGCAUCAGAGCGAGACAUAAAUCCCAUUGAAGGCGGGGAGUGGCUGUGGACCAGCAGCGAGCGUCAGCUCUGGCUGGCACUGCCAGCUUGAGUGACACUGUGGGAAAGAGGCUAAUGUGUUUCUUCCUUCUUCCUGCCUGGGUUGUAUCCUCCCUGUCUUCCUUCUUAUUGCCUCCACUGCUGCCCCCUGUGAGGUGUGCUCAACCUGUCUUCUGCUGUUUUCCUCAACUCGGAAGGCGUCAGAAAAUAGGGGGAGACGGGGUGGGGACGGGCAGAGAAGAGUCAUCAUUCUAAACGCUACGAACACCAGGUCUCUAUUACGUGCUUCAGUAAACCCACUUCACACACAAGCACACAAAACACACACUAUGAACUCACAGCUAACAGCCAGUCUUCCACAUCCCUGCACAUACGUUAACUUUAAUACACACAAUAUGCCCUCAGUGGUUCGGCACACAAACAGAGGUGCCUGUGCGCGCACACACAUACACACACCUCUUUAUCAGUGAGCUUUCAAAUAACUGCUGAGCCAGCUUCCUCUGAGUGCCACUGUUGUCUCCGUCGCUCCCCUCUGUGCCAUCUCCCUUUCAUUAUCCCUCACCUUUUUUUGCAUUCCCUGUUUGCCACCCAAGCUGCCUUCAGAGCCUCAUAUGUGUUUGAUUUUCCUAUCCUCCAUUUCCUCUUAAACCUCAGACUUCCUGCGUCCUCUCGUCUCCGUUUUCCUUCUCCUUCACACCUCUGUUUUUAUUUACUCUUGGGCUGAAAAAAGCUGAUUUGUGAUCCUGCUCACCGCUCCAUCAUGGAGGCAGUGAUAUGAGAGUGCAUUGGUAUUCAUUGUGGGUGUUUCUACAUUUGGCUCUCUAUCAGUCAUGUUUAUGAUUUACCAGCACAGGUCAGAGAAGUGCUUCCUCAGGUGUUUCCACUUUCUGCUGCACUGAGGUGCCCUGCUGCCUCUUUAUAAAUCAGGUGGAUUUACAUGCAGUAAAUACACAAACAAUGUAGACACUUUGAUAAAUGACACAUUGAGAAUCCUUAAUAACCAAAUGGAAAAUCCUCUGAGGGCUUUCCUUCUUAUCUAACUGAGAAAAACCCCUUUAAGAAAAAAAAGGGCAUGUGUAAACAACUUAAUUUCACUUGUGUCUUCUGAAACACAGUGUUUGCGUAGUUUCCAUGGUGACCAUGGUGCGCCAUGGUGACUUAUCGACACCCAGGGAGCAAUUCAUCUCUAUACAGGCUGUGUGAGAGGCAGAGCAGCUGGUCGCUCAGCCCCCACAAACCAACCCCGAAUGCAAAUGUGAGGGGAAACGCUUGUGCAGUUCAGCCCUCGCUGGGAGGAUUUUCUCUCUCCCUGUUGAAGUGUUUUUGCUAAUUUUUCUGUUUGUGUCACUCCUAACAAUGCUUCAAUAGUUCUCGCUGACACUGAAAUUACCUCCCAUUGUGUGGCAGAGUGUUCAGAUGAGCUCACACAGUCAUACUCUUUACAGUCGCUGCUGUGAUAUGAUGAGCGUGGAAAUGCCGUCAUCUUUAAUUGCGCCAAGGAGGAAUAAUCUGCUCUCCUCUGUUUGAGCAUAAAGACAGGAAAGAGGCAGAUUUCCACAGUUGGGUUUGUUUUGAUGUGAAAGGAGAAGAAGGAUAUUGUCUCUGCUUUUUCUUGAGGCUGAUCACAGAGGCCUCCAGAGCCAAAGCAGCAGAACGGGGACUUGGUUUUGUUGGGAUAUAAGAGAUUAAUUAAGAAUCUUUGCUUUAAGAAGGGGUCUCUGAGGAUGAGUAAGAAAAAGAGACAGAUAGUGUGCAUCUGUGGGGGGUUGAAGAUGGCUGAAGCUGCGUGUUAGCCUUUGCAUCACAAAAACUAAAGGAACAUUCUUAAGUUUUCUGAUUGGACAAAGCAUUUUUAUCAUUUCCUCUCUCAUUACCGACCUCUUACUCCUCCUCCUCCUCCUCCUCCUCCUUCUUUGAGCUUUCCUACUGUAUCUCCUCUGUGAAACGGCCUCCAACUUCACCACUUCUCUCUUGUGUCAUCACACUCUUGGCGUCACUGCUACCAGCUGUUUGCUGUCUCCUCACACCCCGGGAAGUGACAGAAGAAAAUAUAAGAUAUUUUUUGCUUCUUUUUGCUCAUGUGUGUGUGUUUGUGUGUGUCUCCUGCAAAGCCACAGGGCUCCUUCAGUGCUGACCACAGUAACUCUGCUCUGUCUCAAAUGCUUCGAUGCACCUUAAAUUUCAGUUUAUCUGACAUCCAUCCAGAAAAAAGUUCAUCUGGGAUAGUGUAUCAGCACACUUGGUCAUAAAAGUUUGAGCACAAUAUUAAAGUAUUUAUUUCCAUGGCAGAAGAUACAAUAUUUUUGCUUUUUCAAGGGUUUCUUUGCUUGAAUUUUCUUGAGAUAUGAGCCAAAUAAUGUUUUUUAUUGCUGCUGCUAGUGACCUGGCUCAGAGACGAAAGGUCAAUGAAGUCCAAAGUCUCAGUUGUUUCAUCGAGCACUACCAGUGGGGUCAAUAACCUGGCUAAGGUUUUGUUUUGCUGUGGUCCACUUUGACUUGACCAAAAACCAGCCAAUCUUACAUCCUCUUUAACCUCUUUUAAUUAUCAGAUGUUUGCUUCCUUGUUGACAGAAAUGAAAAAUCCUUCAGUUACAUCUACAAGAAGAGGAAAAUGUGUGAUCUGAUUUUAAUUGGUGCUUCACAAAUGCUGUGACCAUCUCUGACACUCAUAUCCAGAACUGAGUACAUCUGAAGAGUAGGAAAGUGCUAUGUAAUUGACUAUCAAUUAAGAGUACAGUCCAUUUUCUUCUUGCUUAGAGAAAUCAGCUGCAGUAUAGUCUAAAGGUCCUUACACACCGGGACCGACGCAAAUAUAAGAUGCGAAAUUACGAAAUAUUCAGAGGCGAAUUUUGUCACACCUGACUAUAGACAUGAAGCCCGAUGCGAUUUUGCAACUUUCCGGGUGGAAACAUCAGACUGACUGUUUUUCAGUUCUGAUUAGAGACUAGUGCUGAGAUGACUGUCUGUCAUGAUAGCAUGUACUGAGUCGGGGCCAGAUAAGAACAUUAAACUAUAAUCCAUAAAUGUAAGGUAACCUGAGACCUAAUGGUGCUGUGACACACAGUCUGCGAAACUUGAGAAAAAUCGACCGUAAUCCCCCAUAAAAUAAAUGCUGCAAUAUCGCAGGACUGGAAAACGUCGCUGAUGUGAACGAUUGUAUUGACAGGAUACAGGUUCGAAAAAAAAUAUUGACGUCUGAAAUAAUCGCAGAAAAAAAUGCUCCAGGGUGAAAGGACCUUAAGUCUUUCUAUAGUCUCUCUCGUGACUAUUCGUCUGAUCUAGAUUCUGUGAAAACGACCCAAAAAUAUCCACAUCAACUGAGCAGAAGAAAAACAUGACUGAACAAAUUUGUUAAUUAGAGCGGUUUCUUUGGACAGCGGGAUCCCAACCAUACACUGAAACCUCUCUGUAACCCGAAGAUCAGAGGUUUAAUUCCCCCAACAGCUGCUGUGUGGACUAUUUCACAGGACUGACAACCUUUAACUGCUCUUUCCAGCCCUGCUCUACCCCUCUCAUUCAGUUUAUAUCCAAGCCAUUCAUGAAAACAGGAAAUAAGUCAAAUGCAUCUCCAAAUGGGGGCCUUAAUUGGAAAGGUCCAUCUGUGUGUCUGGUCGGCAGAGGUGACAAGAGGCAUUGAUACAGUCAUUUAGCUCCCUAGAGUGAUUGUAAUCAGCUUACUGCCAUUGGAGGAAAAGGACCUGGCUAGCUUGAGGGCACAGAGUGACGACAACAUACACCCACACCAUGUGACCCUGUGUCAAUGACAGGAAGCUCGGCAGUGGGCCAAAGAACUUGCGUGCGAGACAUCUGAAAUGUCACACAGGUUUAUAUCUUUUCGGACGUACGUAUGUGCAGGUUAAGGGAUAAUGAGAGUUUAAAAAAUAGCUGAGUGUGUGUUUCUGUCAAAUGUAAAAGAACUGUGGGUGUCCUUGUCCCUGAGGUUUUGUCAGACACAUCACAGCACACAUUUCCUUGUGUUUUACUGUGUUGCUGUCACUGCUCGUGGGAUCUGCCCUCCAUCACUGCAGGAUCAGAGCACAUUUGGGUCUACUGGGUGAUGACAUUUGGUUGAAGCCUUGCCAAUCGAUAGGAUAACUCCCAGGUAUUGACUGGUGCGCUGAAAUCUCCACCUGUCUCUUUGUAUUUCAGAGUGCAGGGCCGUGAAGCAUGUACACUUAACUGUUGACCAACACUCACCGCUGACUGAGCACACUUGCCUGUGUCUGAUAUUUGCUCUCUCGCUCCCUCUGCUUCCCCUCCACCAGAUAUCAUGCAUUUAUGUCUAGAUUCUUUUAUGUAGUUUUCUGAACUUUGCACUUCUUUUACAGCAGUUCAGCUCUUUUCUUUAAGCCUGUUUAUGAUUCACCUUCAGUGACUCACUGUAAAGUUGACUCUCUUUAUGCCCUUCUUCUAUUAUCUGCAUCUGUUAGGAGAAAUAUGCUUGUUUGCCUCCUCUUUUCUGCCCUUCAUCAUCUUCCCUUGGUGUCUUUUAAUCACUCACCCUUGCUCCUAAAUCGCUAGUUUCCUCUUUUAGGUUUCCUUUCUUUCUAUAUAUAUGCAUCUACUGAACUUCACCUACUUGUGUUUAAUUUGUUGUAUGUGCUUGCAAAUGAUUCAGCCAGACCCCCUCAAAUUCCAGACUAAAUGAUGCUGGCUUCUGUAUCUGGCACUGAGCGUCGCUAAAGAUUUUUAAAGUAUACUUGUUUUGCAAUAAAUCCUCCUUUAAGUAGUGUGACGGUAUCUAAGGGCUGCCUGUUAGGUAGCACUGUUUAGCAUCCUUAGUUUCACUUCCUGUGCCUAAGUAUUGAAUAAGGUGUCUAAAAGGAAAUAACACUACUAAUGUUGAUGGAUUACUGUAGAUUCAAGACAAAGUGGUGCUCGCCUCUGUCACGUUUCCAGUGUUGCUUUUCCUUUCUUUUGAGCAGCUGCUUCCAGCCACUGUAACAAGCAUUCCUGCUCUAUUUGGAUCGCAUUUAUAUCGUGUAAAAAGUGCAUUAAUGCUGCUAUAAAAGUCAUCUUUUGCAACAGACAGGCAUCAUAAAGCUUAGUAUUAAAAAGGCCUAACACUUAAGGCAGCUUUGCAGGGACUCUCACUUCUAAAAAUACCGACUAGACACCCAGUCUGGCCACAGUACAACAUGUUAAGUAAGCAACAAUGUGUAAUCAUGCGGAGAAUAAAACCUGGAAAUCGAGAUUUUCUCCUCAGCGCUUAGUCUCGGGGGAAUACAAUGAGAGAUUAGGAGGUUUCAUUUUUACAUAUAUCUGCUUUGUGAAUGGAUAAAAGCUAAUGCGGAUUAUAACGUGAGGCAUUAAAUCGGGUACGGCUGUGAUUCAUCCAUCCAGGAUGCGUGAUUCAUCUCCGCUGUUAUUACUUCAAUAUGUAUUUAUUCCCUUUCUUCACGUGUCACAUCUGAAGAAGCCCUGGUCUUUAAUCUCUGUUGAAUUCAGCUUUCAGGAUGACCUUUUUGGCUUUGUGUGAUGCUGUAUGUAUGAAUGUGUGUUUAAGGAGGAAUAGGAGUUGGAAUAUUAAGUAGUCUUAAGCGAAAAAGUACACUCAUAUAUGCAUGGACAGUGCUUACAGAGGAAUAGUCAAAGCAAAGAUGACAAAGACAACAUUAUGUCUGAUAAAUUUUCAUGAGGAUGUAAAGUACACGCAUCAAAUGACUGAUAGUGACCUGUAAAUCUGUAUUCUAUCAAUCUUUCACUUUAACCUUAUUUUGUAGUACUUUUGCGCUGCUGGAUCUCUCUGUAUUUGGAGGAAUGUGUUUGGACAUACAGCACAGUCUGAAGCAGUGGAAAGUAGAGGAAUCUGUUUAUGUUAAAUAGUUUGAAAGUUCAAUAAAUAUUAAUUUAAAAGGUUUACCAUUUAGGCCUAUUUGAGAGGAGCACUGAUUUAAUCACGGUGGUGUAAUCUAUCUUCCUCAACGCAAGAAAAUUCCACAAAUUACUCUUUCCUAAUUGAACGCCUGAGUCUGUCCUCCUGCUGGGAUUAACUGUGGUGUGGAGAGGUAUAAAUCCGGCCUCCUGUCCGUCUGACUGACAGGCGGACACACCCCCAACCUGAUGUGCUGCUCCCUAAUCCCCUCUGACGACACUACAGAGUCUGAGGACAGAAAUUAACAGCCCUGUGUCAGCUGUGACAUCCUGCCUGCCUGUCAUCGCAACAAUCACAUGCUCAUGACGAUGGCGAAUCAAUUAGCAUUGCUGCCAUAUAUCAGAUUAAGACUAAACAAGUCCAGAGGCGGGCUCAUUAAAACGGUUGUCUGUUUAGCUUGUCUAAUAGAAAGCCAAGCACAGGCUUAAUGGGGGAGGGCUAAACUUGUUGAGGGACACUGUGGAUUGCCGGGGUUCACAUCCUAAUCCAGAGGGAUUGGCUCUCUCUGACCAGACUCUGAGAAAAGACAGGAAUAGAGGGGAAGGAACGAGUGGAGGUGGAUUUGGUUUAAAAUGUAUGUUGUUUGGAUGGAAGACAAUCAAUAUUUCAAUACUAUUUGAUCACAUGACUGCCAACAAUUUUUCACUGUUUAAGUUGGCUUUUAUCAGUGUUGUGUCAAAGCAGUGGGCACCGAUUUACACAGCUGUCUAAUACCAGCAGGGGGAGACUCCACCGGUUGCAAUCAUACGUCCACUAAGAAGAAUUUAGACGUAGAAUAGGUACCUUCUCACAUAAUUUAGUCAUAAUUUGAAGUUCCCAGAUUUUUUCAAUACGAUAUGACAUUCAUUUCAGUCAGGACAGGUCCUAAAAUCUUCACUUACAGCCAAAAUGCUCAACUGGACAUCUGCGUAAAAGUUGCACAAACCAAUAAAUGACGCCACAGUGCCUGUGUUUUCUUCUUUUAUGUAGCACAAACUUAAUUCCAUUCAAGAAAUGCACAAAAUGAGACAUUUUUAGUCUGUGUUCAUAGGAGGAGGAAACUUUUUGUGUAUCAAAACAAUCUAAAAUAGCCUGAUAUGGUUAGCAAAUGACAUCAUGCACACAUCUUAACUACACUACAGCAGAAGAUGACGUUAAACAUGAGGGAUCUAAAAACAACCAGGUUGUUUACAAGAAAGCUGUAAUAAGCUGCUCCACAGCAGUGUGCGCACCUGUCACAGUGAGGAGCAGAGCAAGAAGAGAGUUAGCGCUCUGAUCUGGGUUUGUGUCCCAUCUCCAAAAAAAUGAAUUAAUAAAAUGACAGCUGAUAUACCUGGGAGUGAUGCCAAGGUACAGUCUAUGUAUGGAUGUUUGUUAUCUUUUUUAUAUUUCUCGUAGAGACAGCAGCCUGCCGAGUCGAAGAAAAAUAAAACUUUUAUUCGCGGAGAUCCAACAGGUGUGGUUGUGGUUUUUAGCACCUAUUCAGCAGACUAAGGUAGCUAGUUAAAGCUACAGAAGAGCCAAGCUUCCUGCAGUAAAGUCGGAUCGGGGUCCGUUUUUGUUCGUUAACAAACAGAGUCCAACAAAACAAAUCGAAACCUACCUUUCUUAGGGAUAGGGAUCAGUUGGGUCCAUUAAAUACCCAGUUUGACGGCACAGCCAGACUUAAGAGCAAGUGCUGUUAGUUAAAAACCCUAAUUCAGUGUUGAAUUUGAUGUUGAGAUCCAUGUCGACAUCAGCAGAAUAAAAGCUAGUUCUGUAAUUAUAGAGGUAACGUACGAUUUCAUUGUCAAAGUUGGGCUGGAAAAAGAAGAACUUGGCAAAAAUAAAUUUUACGUUACCAUGAUGUGUUCAAAUGCCGUGUCGUGAAUGUUUUUUUUUGCAAUGAAAACUGUAAAAGUACUAUUGUUUAAAGAAAAAGACAAGACAGUGGUACCAGUGAGAACUUGAAUCAUAACAGUCUUGUUAAUGGUAUUCAUAUGGCUAAAAAUAACAAUCCCAUUAUCUAAACUUCCCUAGCAGACUCAAUGCAGUUGUUUGGUCUCCACCAGGGUUUAUUCUGCAGCUUUUACAGCAGCACAAACAAACCUCAUUAACUUGGCAAAUGGGCUGGAGUUCGUUUUAACAGAACCAAACAGGUUAGAUGUGAAAGCACCCAAGACAUUAACUAAACGAAGAAUAGUGUGCAUCCAACAACAGACUGUUUUUCAAUGAAACCAACAUCUUUGUUUAACUUAAAGAAAGUGUCCAAGUUGCCUAAACUUAACUUAUCGUUAAACAAAAUACACAUCUAUAUUCAAGAAUAAAUACACAUCUACCGGAAGGUGUUGGUGUAUUUAUAUGAGAGAAUGUGCGUUAGCGUGUGUGCCUACAAUUCUCUCGGUUUCAGGUGGGCAGCACACAUGCCUGCAGACAGAAACGGAGUAUUAGAGCCUUCCCAUUGGUCCCCACAGGUCCAUGCACUGAAAGAUGCAGAGUACACAUCCUGCAGAUUACAUUAGUGCACACCGAAUACAUGUGUGUGCAGAGCGUGUGCAUGUGUGCAUGACUGUGUAAGAGUGCAAAUGCAGCACAGUGAAGCCAGCCAUGCAGAACAUUGCAUGGACAGCAUCAUGCAAAGACCGCUGCAGCUCCGGUGCUCUGCAGUUCCAUUCACAAGAAUAUAUUUAAUACCAUCUCAAGAGUGAAUGUCAAAGAAAUUCUCAUUCUUUUAGAUUAAACAUGAGCUCUGGUUGAAUGGCCAUUUUACCGAGACAGUUUUUUUCAUAUACUACAAUGGUAUGGUAAUGAAAUCUCCAAUCUUAUCAGCCUCAUAUCUACGCUGUGCUCUGACAAAGCACCCAGAUGUAUCCGGUAGCAACAGUGAAUCGCAUCUAAAGGAGCAGUCAGUAAGGGAGAUGUACUUUGAUAUGAAAUAUUGAUAGCCGUGGCUGUGUACUUGAAUUGCAACAAAGUGGUUGUAGACAGAAACAGGGAGUUUUGAAUGGAGGAAAUGUAUCACAGAGAAUGUACAGUGGAAGACAGAGAGGAGAGAGGGAGAGAGAGGGGUGAGCUACAGUGUGUCAAAGAAACAGACUGCAGAGGCAUAAAAAAAAUAAAAGCGUGGUAGUUCCAGCUUCGCCGGGCAUAGCACUUUGGUGUGGGUUGUGACUCUGUGACCAGGACAGCGACAUGGCUGCAAUCCAAAAGAUUUUACAGAUAGCCUCAGGGCUCUCCCCUCCUCUCCUCCGUUCCUGCUUCCUUCUCCCUCCCAGAGUUUUUGUUCCUUAGCCACGCACAUAGAAGCCUGAACAAGGGAGGAAAAACACACCACUGAGGCGCAAUCAAUAGUCCCUAAAUAAUUUCCUAACUCUAUUUAUUUGAUGUUUGCUUCGAUCCAAGGCUUUCAUCAAUAUUGCUGUCAAAUGAAAUAAUGUUGUAUUUGGCUCUCCCCUCCCUGUUUCUCCUGGUCACAGCAGAUUGGGGUAAAUGUUUAAUGACCAUGUGUGUUUAGCCCACGCCUUGAGGUGCACAGCUCCCUACAAAGCACAUUACACUCUGAAAAGAGCAGGAGCACAAAACAAAGGCUGGGUGUUUCCCAAGCACGCGGUGGAUGUUGAGGAAUCCCCCCAUCUCCUUUGGGUCUCCCUUUCUCUUAGACAUAUUCUACUGCCCAUUUUAAUAACACUUAAACCCUGACUUCAGUUUGCUUUUACCCUUUGAUUCCAUUGCAAUGAGAAUGAUCAUAAUGUUGCUGAAAAAAAUGUCGCUGAUGAAAUAAUGCUUUGACUUUUAUAACGCUUGCUGGCACCACACUGGUGUUGAUGGUAAAUGCUAUUAUUUGAUUUAUAGGGGCCAACCUAUGACUGUUUAGAAAGAUGGACGAUGCGUCUUCACCUUCUCCAAUUGUACAAAAAUGAAGCCAAGGUGCUGACAUUUACGACUUCCAAUGUUUAGGUGAGAGGCUGCGCAGUGGGAGUGCACCACAGACUGAGUAUAACUAUGGACGACACUCCUCCAUCUCCCCCUGUUGUUCAAAAUUGAAGCCACUAUGCAUUUGAUAACAAUGCUUACGUACUGUGCUGACGAUGCUGAGCCGGAGUCCGUGUAGGCGGGAUCAGCUGGUGCAGCCUCAGUAUUGACGCCCGUCUCUUUCCACUCACCAAAACACAAAUGUAAAUUAUUGAUAAAACUGCUCAGGUUCCCUAAGUUGGAAGUACACAUAUGGAAAGCCUAAUGACUUAUGCACCACUGCAUACACCCAAUCGACAGUUACGCAUAAGUACCAUGUGCAAACAGAGCUGUCAAUCAGGGUGUUUUAACCUAUUUUGUAUCAUCAAAUGCGUGAAUAAAACUUACAUAGCAUAGGAUGAUAAAAACUAACUUUAAUGAUGGUAACCUUGAUUUGGAAAAACACGUUUGAUAUGAAAUUGAUACGUCCUAUUUGCUGACCUCCCAUUAAUUAUUGAUAAGUAGGCUUAAAGUCUCAUGUGAUGCAUGUUGACUCAGAGAGACGGAAGGAGGGCAUACAGAAAUGCAGGUUCAUGAUACCCAACCUUAAGGCGGGAGGAGAACUCCAAAUGUCUUGGCUUCUCUUUUGGGUUGCUGUCACGUCAUCCAUCUAUUUAUAUAGACUUAGGGUUUAACUAGUCACAGUAUCCAGUUAGUUCAUUGACUCAACUCGUCACCAAUAACAAUCAAAUGUGUUUAGGCAAUGCUGGAGGUUGAUUCCGACACUGUUACUGAGUAUUGCAACUCCUCCUACUCUACUCAAACCGUCCUUCCCCUGAGUAGUCAUGGCCUAUCUCAUUUUGAAGUUCAAAGCUUAUAUCUGUGUUUGUAUACAGUAUGAGACAUAUUUGCAUUUAGCUGACUGGGCUGAAAUUGUGACGGGGGAUAAUGUGCAGCAGUACAAACAGAAAAACACAGCAAAGUCAAGGUGUUAAGUUCAUUUGGGGACUUUAUAGACAGAAAUUUCUUCUCACAAAGGAGCAUGUAAUCAGGAAUUCAUGGCGGUGAUCCACUUUACCUGCGCCCAGUCCAUUAUUGAUGCUGUAAAACACCAGGGCAUCAAUUCUUCAAAUCCUGUUUCAAUUCCUCUCUUUUCAUUCCGGUCUGCUACUUUAUCUAUUUUUCUCGUCUCUUUUCCUCCCUUGAUGUCAAUCCCUUUUUUUCUGGCUUCUAUUUGCUUCCACCCACACACCCACCCACCAUCCUCAGCUCCUGUUUCCAGCAGAGAAAACUGCCCUGUGUUUUACUCCUCCCCUGUCGUGGACACACCAUGCAACCUCGAUCAUCCAAAAUAAUAGUUUACUCUGCUUUUUAGAAUUACAUGCCAAUGUGUUCAGCUAUUUUUUGCAAUAGAUCAAGACCUGAAGGUCCAGCUUUUGUGUCUCCCCUCAUUGAACUCUGUGCAACAAGCCCACAGGCCCGUGCAGGGAGAGUGCAAGUCAUCACACCACAUAAUCUGACGCCACCGGGUAAGACAAUUUAGGCAAAUUAGCAAGAGAGCCAUCCAUGCCCUGCUACUAAUCUGGCAUAAACACAGAGUGGGCUAUUUAAAGUGCAGUUUCCACUGUGACAAGUCAAAUUUAGCGCAGCUCCAGAAGUGCAUGGAUAUCACUUUAUCAUCCUGAUAGCUUAAUCCCUUCUUUGUGUGGUCAUGCAGGAGGCAGAGAUAGAGGGUAUGCAGCUUGAGGUUGGGUCGUGAAUAGUGUGAGUUUGUGUUCGCAAGCUUGUUGAGCUCUGACUGGAGCACAGAAAUAAAAAGGAAAUGCCAAAUAUUUCUAGAGAUAUGGAAAGGUAGCGGAGAGGGAGUGACCAUGAUGGAUUGCAAUGUGUGUUUAUGCUUCUAGGAAUAAGAGAGAAAAAUGUUCAGAGAGAAUGUGAAACUUGUCUGGGGUUAAAGUUGAAGCAGCUUCAAAAAGAGGCAGCAGGAGUGUUUGCUUCAGAUAGUGGGGUGUUUAAACACAGCGAACUCCCACACAACUGCUUCCAAGACACUGAGAAACCCAGUGAGAGGGAUGUUUACCUCAUUCCAAAACACACACAUGCCACAGUGAGUUUGUGAAUGUGGUCUGCACAUUUCCUAUCCAUACUUCAAGUUCCACUGACGAAAUCAGGACUAUUUGAUGUAGUUUUUAUUUGACUGUAAUGUAAAGAUGUGCCUCUGCAAACAGGGUGGAGCAUACUUAUUACAGGCCUGGAAAGUAUGUGAGGUAUUGAUGGGCUGAGAUAUGGAAAAAGCUGAUGGACUGUAGCCGAGGAAACAGAAUGUAAAUGUGAGAAGGGUAGCUAUACAGAGGAGGCGUGGAGAGAAAGAUCAGAGGAAGCAGCGAGAAGUAAAAGAGCGAGAUGAGAGAAACAAACGAGAGAUGGUGGGAUGAAGGGCGGGGAGUGGUUGGGAGGGGGACUAAUGUGUCCUUCAUGGGGUGAGGCUGGACAGAAAUGGCUCAGCAUGAAGCUAAAUUGACUCCAUUACAGGAGCAGUGCACCGGAAAGCAUCGGUGACAUCACCCGCCCAUCCUAGACAAGCAGUUACAUCUCCCAGAGGGAACAAUGGAGGCAGCCUCCCUGCAGGAUGCAGCAAUCCCUGCGGUCGACGCAUGUGUACUGCUGCUUUGCAUGUUUUUGUAUGCAAAGCAGCAACAAAAUGAAAGAAACAGAAAAACAACAGGUCAAUUCUGUGAACUUUGGAACAAGUACCAUGAAGGCAUUAAGGAUGCAGAAGGGUGCACCAAAAAAUAUAUACAUAUGUACAGUGUAUAUAAAUUUAAUUUCCUCAUAUUUUCAUAUCUGAAAUGCAAAACCUUUGUGUGGUCUAUGCCUUCAAUGGUUCAAUGCCUUUCAACAGCAGAAGAGGGCAUUUAAUGUUUGUUUUUAUUCUUAUUUUUGUCGGAGGGAGCACUCUCUCAUGCCUUAAGCUAGAGGACAGCACAGUGGACAGCCGGAAACUGGGGGAGAGUCGGGGUGACACGCAGCAAAAGAGCCGCAGGUUGGAUUUGAACCCAGGUCCCCCGCUUCAAGGACUCCUUCCUCUGUGUAUAGGGCACACGAUUCAACUGCUGGGCUAAAUCAGUGCCCCACUUUAUGUUUGAUGUAUGAAAGAGUAGCAGGUCUUCCUUUUUCCCCUCAAAAAUUAAUGUCUUAAAUGUUCAUUUCUGGUCCACAAUGUUCGUGCAUGAAAUGUUAUUAAGAAAUAUAUCAAGAAAUAUCCUGGAGAGGCAGUUUCAAGGCCUGGGUUGAAACUUUUUUUUUGAGCACUCAGCUUCAGUUAACCCUUGUUUAUAUUUGGAUAUAAGUAGCCCGGUUAGGUUGGCAGACACAGUACCUUUAAACUAAACCUAUAAGCCUGUAAGAAAGCUGCCUUGAGUGUAUCCAUGUCACAUCGUCACCUGGACUGACGAUCACAAUAUAGCUGCUAAAUCUCUCUUAGCUACUCUUGUUUAACCUCAAACAAGCUUACAACAAAUUCAGCAUCAAUAUCAACAACUCCACUAAAAACAGAAUAACUUGAGUUAAAAAAAAAUGCAGUUAAAAUUCUGCCUUUAAUCCUACCUGCCAGCCAGGAUCAACAGCAACACCCUGGAAUCCAUAUCGGCUGGUUUCCAGUGUCAGUGCUCAUGCAGAGGCUUAAGAGAAGGUCAGGCCACCACAAGUAUGAGAAUCACAUGCCAAUGUGUCAUGCCGCUCUGUGUAUUUGUUUACUAACGCACUCGAAGUUUUAGUUUAUUCACCAAGCCUCGUUACUGAUACAGUAUCAGACUGGGAGGUUCGGAUUAACCUCGUGUGUCCAAACUUCACCUUCAGAUCUGAUCCAUACACUUUUCGAGACAAUGUUCUCUCCACCAGGUCCUUUUUUCUGCUCUGCCAUUCAUUCCUGUUACUUGCCGCUUUACACAGUGUUCCAACUGUUGACUCAUACCAACAGGGGCUUCCUCUGAGUUCAGAGCCCUCGGUGUUAUUUAUAGAGGCAGAAAAGACAAGAAGGAAGAUGUAACCAAGACAACAGUGGAUACUUUCACACUUCCCACUGAACUGGGCUGAAUGAAACCGAAAGCAUACAAUUAUGUCUGUUUCCUGCGACACAGCUGCCUGAUUAUAGAGACAAGAGCGUGCACCAGCUGGAGAACACAUCCAAACAAAAGCAACUGUGGAGCUGGGUCUGCGGCGUGUAAACACCUUUCCCCACAGUAGCAUCUUGUAAAAAAAUUCCAGUAGUGUUUGUCUGCGACUCAAAUCGGCUCGUGUUUCAAGUUACUGCCAAAGUUAGACAAAGCGGGGCUUCACUCGCUCUCCCUAUUGUCUGAAACAGUAAGCGCUGAGUUGUCUGUUGGCUUUCCAUAAAGGGAUGUAUUCAGAUAAUGAACACUGAACAAGGGCAGAAAAAUAUGGUAUGCACCAGCAAGCGACUGAUUAGGGAAGGUUAGAGCAGUAAUUAUGCAGCGGUAUAGAGUAGUUAAUUAAAAAGGAGCACUUGGCAAAUCAAGCGUGUUAGACACGUAGAGCGCAAGAUGGAGGCGCCUCGCCACCAGACCUGGCAAGGACAGUGGGAAUUGUGCAGCUGCGUCCGCUCUGGCCAAUGGCCCAGACCUAGGUUAGUGCCCACAGCCUCCUCUCCAUUUCCCCCGAUCAAUCCCUGGCCUUUCUGCGAUGCCAGAGCACCUGCUUUCUGUCCCUACCCCGACUGAUUUCCAUCUAUUCCUGUUUCCUAUGGGAAGCAGGCCAGUGAGGACAAAGCAGGGAGACCCUCUCAUGGUUAAUGCAAUAUAACUAGGUUGUCUACUCGUCUCAUCUCUCUGGCCCUUUCCAUAAUUGAUGGCUUUUUCCAGAGGAAUUGUACGGCUACUGGUUUUGGCCAGAUGGUUUCUAAUCCAUGUUCAACACUCAUAGAUCAGAGGUCUUCCAAAAGGUCCAGUUAUGCCUGUCGCAGGAGGACGAGCAUGUCUUGUGUAUCAUAUUUCAAAUUUGAUCUGGCUUCACAUUAAGUAUUCCCUUGAAUCUUUUGUUCCCGCCUGGCAUUUGAUACCUCUCAGAUCCUGAUCCUCGUGUUUGUCUUGCUCUUCACUUUUGUGCUGGAAAGCUCCACAACAAUAGGGAUCAUGAUACGGCUUUGUGUUUGCAAUGCUGAGCAGUAAUUAGUGCAUCAAAAGAAUACAGGCGGACAUUGUGGUCUUUACAAUUCACUUAACCCCCAUUAUCUGGACUGAUUUGAUCUGGUUUCCCCCCUUACUCUCAUUAGCAGGGUAAUUAUCAAACAGAGCCCCGAGACACUGAGCUGGAGCACAACAUUUGGUAGAGCAGGAUAGCUCUGUUAUCCUACUCCUAUUAAGUAGACACAUCCUGACUCAGCAUUUAGUAACUGCUUAAACAUUGCCUAAGUCCAGAACUUUGAAUCCCCAAACUCCGAAGAAUGGACUGAUUGGUCUUAAUCCUGACUAGAAACAGCAGUUACUGGCAGAUCGCACACCAAGAACUGUGCUGUGCAAGAGAUAAAAAUGAUAUGAAUCAAUACGAUAAUGGCUAAAACAUACAGUAUGCAUAUUUGGAGUGUGGCAGCAGUGUCGCGUAUCACUCAGCAUAUAGGUUGCUAUUCUGAUCAAUGCAGCAAAGCAUACAGGACACGUAUCAGCUCUGUCGCAGCAUUGUAUCAAGAGCAGCACUGCUAAAAUACGCUGCGAGUCUAUUUUUGCUGCUCUACGCUUCCAAUGCGCUUCAAUCCGCACAGGGAAGAUCAUUCCAGACAGCAAGUCAAACACGAAAAGCAUGCAUGUCAUCCGGUAUUUCAAAAUAAAACGCCAUAUGCGAACUCCCAACUGUGUAUCAGUUCAUGUAGAUGAGAAAUACUUCCUGGUUAUGGAUUUAUUAGUUAUACAGAACAAUUGGAUGGUCAAUCCCUGAUCCAUGUGGACCCCAACAGGACUUUGAACAGGACUUUGAACAGCUACUCUGUCUGAAGGUAACAGCACAGCAUACAGGAACAUAGUUUACUUUAUGAAACACGAGUAAACCUGCAAAAACCGAAACUGAAAAAUCAUGUUGUUUUUUUACAUACAGUAAAGGCUCAACAGUCACUGAAUUAUACCAAAUUCAAUAGUCUGUAUUGAUUUUGGCGCCCCCUGUGGACAAAGCAAUACAUCAUAUCUCAAGGCCUGCGUGUGAGAAGUAUUUUCCACUGAAAAGUCAAAAUAAAGCUGUUUCCACAGUUUUUGAUCAGCAGGUCUGACACCUACCCCCACAGUUAGAUUUCAGGCCAAUCAAAAAUUAUAUCUGAAAAUAUUUCUACCAUGUUGCUGUUGGUCUCAUUUGCUGCUGAAGGUCAUAAAAAGGCAUCAUGAUCAGUUUUUCUAGACUUGUUAAAAACUCAUACAGGUAUUUGUAUAUUAAUAUUUGGUUUUAAAUUGACCUACCCAGGGAUACUGAUCCACAAGAACUGCUUUGUCUCAUCCUUUAUAGCAGAAAUAGUCUUUUUUUAAAUUCCCAUUCCUGUUAUAAACCUUGAGUCUAGCAAUUGGUAUGAAAAGUCAGAUUUCCAAGCACCAUUGAAAUCAGUAAAAAAGAGGCAAUUUCGCACCAGAGAUAACAGAGUGCCAAGUGGACAGUUCUGCUUGAUAUUACCCUAGCUCUUAAGUUCACUUAGAAAGUCAUAAGAACAAUCUGGAACUUUUCACAGUAGCUUCGCUGUGUCUCUGUUGCUAUGCUUUCAGUGUGCCUCCAUCUCCUCAUUGGCUAAUAGCAGAGUGACCCUGCUGUGAGAGCGAUUCCUGUGGCCCCUGUCAUCACAGGGCAGCACUCAAUCACCACAAUUAAAGCUUUAUGUUUCAGGUCGCCAGGUCUAUCAUUCCACAGGAGGUGAAAUGAAAGACACUGUGUGUAAUGUAUGUGUAAAUAUGUAUGACACAGACUGUGGAAGUGGGCCCAUGGGAAGCAGUCAUUCAUAGAAAAAGGGAAGGAGAGCUGGAUUGAAAUAGUAGGGGGUUUAACCUGUCCUUGCAUUUAUGCUAAUAAAUAAGUUUCACACUUAGCAGUUGUCAACACAGGGGGAUAAAGGUUUAUAUAGAAACAGCUGAUCAAGGCAAAGUUAAGGGUGUGAUAGAGAGUGAAAGAGGGAGCAAAGAAGAAAGAGUGUCUUUGGACGGGACAGAGGACUUUUGAUGUAGAGCUGGCUCGGCUUUGGUGAGCGUCCCUCCGCUUUUGUUCAGGUGCACUCUGGCCAGAUCUGAAACAGGCUGACUCGGGCAGCUCUUUGGAGGCUUAUUUCCUUAUCAAAGCGUGCUACCUCUUAGAAACCAUGACUGUGAGGCUGCCUUACUGUCCGCCCUGUCAGUUUAUUUAAAUGAAUCCAGUUUUUAUGCAACCAAGUCAGAAGGGCAGGGCAGGCGUUUCAUCCAUUUCCAUUUCUGUCGGAGGAACGCCUCGCUCUGCUCGCGCUGAUUUGUUGCCAGUGAAACUUUUAAAGUUUGCAUUUAAAUUAUUCAUUUGCAACUGCCGAAAAUAAUAAUCUUCUGAAUAUUUUCAGGGUUUGUGUCACAGUCCAGCAUCACUACAUUUCAUUAAUACCCAAAAAGGAUUUACAAGACACCGUGCACUCUGGUAGUCUUGCCUUGUGUUGCUGUUAAUGUGUCAUGUGGCUGCCACCAGCCUCCCCGUUCAAUCUCUGAAGCUAUAUUAGAGCUCUGUUAAGUCCCUGCAAGCAUUUCUUUCUGCUAUUUGUUCAUGUUCAGUGUGCAAGUAGAAAAACAUCCAAAUUUAUUUGUGGCUUUGGUUGUCUGACAGCAAAAUGUGUCAACAAAAGAGGUCGAUUUCUGCAUUUUUUAAACAGUUAUAAAUUAAGCUGAAAGUUUGAAAUGGGAGGCUGUCAGAUGAAGAAACGCAAGGACACUGACUUCUUGGGUGUCUGCAGCAGUGGUGCUAACUAUUCAUGCUGUGUGCACCCCAAAAUCCAAUUUAUAUCUCUCUAGAACAAAUUAUUUUUUCACUGAGUUCCAUAAAAAAUAAAAAAUCACUGAGUUUGUUUGGCUCCAAAAAGAUACUCAAUUUCGUUCUGGGUUUAUUCCUGAAAAAGCGGCUUCAAAAGGAGCUUUUUUAUAAAAACAAUUUUUUGGUACGCACUUCUGAAGACUCCAGUCACAGGAAAUGUUGCCAAAUCAAUCCUGACUGAAGUCUAACAGGAUUUUAAAUGCAAGAUGUGGAUUGACAUGAAGCUGACUGUAAAAGGAAAGCUGUUCAGAGAUUUUUGGCUCUUAUUCACUGGGCUCACCAUUCACAGUUUAUAGCAGAAGUACAAGACGGAGACACAUGAACAAGACUGUCUAAAUAUAUCCAUAUGCAGGUUGGGUAUAUUCUAAGGUGGAAUCAGACAAGGCUCUCCCUGUGGGCGCUCUCUCUCUCUCUCUCUCUCUCAGGCUUUAUUUUUAUGUCUCGACAGCAGGACUGACUCCGCUGUGCUGACUCUGCUGUGCUCUACCUGUCCUACGAAUGUGGCACACUCCCCCUCAUCCUUCUGUGAUCCCGCCCACACAACAGCAAGCCGACAUGGCCGUUGGCAAAGUUAGCUUUUUCUGCACACAUCAGAGAAAUGUACACACAAGAUAAAAAAAAAAAAAACAGUGAGAGGAAAAGAGACUGAAAGGGAGUAGAAAUGAUUGACAUGAACUCGUACAUGCAAGAUUAAUAAAGAAAAAAAGGCAAAAAAAAUCAAAGAAGGGGAAAGAACCAAGAGGUUGAGGAGACAUGCAGGAAAGAAGAGAAAGAGGGGCUUAGAUGAUGGAAUACAGUAGAGAUAGCUGAGUCACUUGGCUUCUGUCUGAAUAAUCAGAUAUUGUUAUUCAUGUGAAGCAAGCUGCUCCACACUGCCACGGGCCAUGUGCAAAAGCUGAAUGACUGUAAAGAAAGCGAAUGACAAACUAAUGGACUUCUGGGGGAGUGUGAGGAAGCACUCUAUGGGAAGCUACGUGGAUGUGCACACUGUUUACUUUGUGACAUUUGAAACAUCACUCUGGCUUAUUAUUGGUUUGUUUUCUUAUUUUGUAUGAGGAUCAUUGAGCUGGACCCUAAUAACAGAGGGGCAAUGAAAGAGUAAGAGAAAGGUUAGCUAUAUGUUUUCUGCUAUACUUAACCCGACUGGGAACCUGUUUUCAGUGAGAUUGUGUUGGCAGUUUGAAAAGCAAUUUCGCUUGGAUUAUUUUCUUCUCUUGUAUUUACUUCAAAGAGAACAAUAACUCUAUAUUACAUGACCUGACCAAAGCUGGGGCACACAUACACACACACACAUAUAUAUAUAUACACACACCCACACCUCAGUGUAGAAAUACAUAAAAGCUCCCACAUUAUGCUCCACAGAGGAUGCUAGUUAAGCUAUAAGCAGAUCAUGUAACUGCACUUUAUGCAUAAAUGCACAUGCCCCCGUUACUGUACAUUUGUUCUCUCUCUUUCAUGUUCACACACAAAAGGUGAAGACACACAUAUGUCCCCUCACCUCAUCAAACCUCAUAACACUCUGACAUUUCAUCUAAACCCACAGGAAGGGCAGAACUGGGGGCUGCGAAACCAUGAGUGAAGCUACAGUAAUAGCUCUCACUUUCUCAUCCAAUACAGAGUCCAAUCUGUAUUCUGUUUCUCUCUCUCUCCCCUCCUCUCAGGGCUGUUAACUCGUGUUUGUACCCCUCCAAACACUAUGUCUCAUGUUUAAACCAAACAAUGAGACAUCAUUGCGGCCCCCUGUUCAGGUCCCCACAAUGCAUCAUACCAUCAAUUAUGAACAAAUGGAGGGGUUUGAUGCAGCGCUCAACAGCUGGAUAUGAUUCGCGGAGAGGCAAGUUGGUAAAUUUGUUAUUCUUUGUGUAGUGCCGAUGAAUCACUUUGCCCCAGACACUAGAUAUCUUUGCUAAACCAUGGAGGCAGACGGAGGGCACGUAAAAUACUAUUUGUCUGUCAGAACGCUUGGACCCAUGAUAAACACCACAAACAUACAGGUAUACAGCAAACUGAUAGGCAGUGCUGGACAAACAGCUGGAAAAACAGACCAGUUCUUUAUCAAAAACUGCUCAUUCAUAUGACAUUUGGGCUACAGGAUAUGUUAACACAGGAUUUUUUACAUUUAGCCUGUAGUUUUUAGAGUUUUCACUUCCUUCAGCUUUGAACAAAAGCAUCUUUAGAUCAGUUUACAAUUUAACUUCUUCACCCAAACACUAAUUCUGUGUUUAAUACGACCAAGAAAUAAAAAAAGAUGUUAGCUUUAGGCUAUUUAAAGAUUAGUUAUUUUUAGGGUUUUUUUUCUAGCUGUUUACUAGCUAAAUGUUUGCUCAAGGGCUGAUGAGACAGUUGUGGAUAAGUACCUUGACUUUUUAAAUGUUUUAAAAAGAUCAUAAAUCACCAACUUCAAUCUUGAAGGUGAAGUUCAGAGUAAGUUUGAGUUAAAACUUGUUGUUAUAUAAUAUUUCAGAGUUUAAGUUUUCUUGUAUUUUAAAGCAGUCCUUUCUUUAGUGUGGAUUUUUGUGUUUUAUUUAUUUAUUUUUUUAGCUUUUUGCCUACGGGCAUAACAUCAUUAAUACCACGAUCCUUUCUGUAUCUCUUAAGACCUCUCACAAUUCAGUGAACUGUAUGAAUUUAAGUACAACCUAUCUCUCAGCCAUAAUAGUUUCCUGUCCCGGUGCUCCCUGGAAAAGCCAGGUGCAUUCAUCGAGGGAUACGUUAUCAUGAUGAUGCUAAAUCAGUCACUUGUGUUCGGGGUGUAAAUGCAGUCUUAGGUAGAGGCUGAAAACUACAGCAUGAGGCUCUCUUCAUGCCAUAUUUUCCUCCGCAUAGAAACCAUUAUUCUGUUUCAUUUGUCACAUGAGGCAUGCAGGACAGCGCUGUGAUUAAUGGGGGUUUUAUGUUCAUGUGCACAUCUCAUUCUUCUCCCCUCUUACAGUCUUGUCUUCAUUUCAUUACCCUGUUUCUAUAUUUCCUCUUUCCUAUUCCUCCGCGCUUGAAAAUGUUGAAUGAUACGUCUUUUCCUCUUUUUUUUGAUGACACAUAAUGAGCAUCAGUGCUUGACGAAUUUGAUCAAGGGUGGGCGUGAGCAGAUGGAUGUCAGUCACCUUGCAUAGACAUGAUAGAUAGCUGGUUAAAUAGAUAUGUUAGGUUUGAUGUAUAGGCCGGUAAAUGAUCUGUUAUGCUCUAUUUUAGACUUCAGGGUAAUUUGUCAGUGAAAUUUGACAUUUUGGGAACACUAUAGUGCCCAAGGUUUGGCAAAAUUCAAAUACAAUACAUUAUGUUUGUCAGGUGGAUCUAUACUCCCUUUUUCAAUUUAUUUUAAAGGAAGACAAAGUUCCACUCCUUUCAAAGUCCUUAAACUUUGUUGUUCUGUAGGAGAACCCCCUCUGGAGACAUUGGCUGCUUUCCCUGACCCUCCCUCUGACCUCCCAUGUCCAGGGGGACAAGAAGAUGGGUGACAGUAAUUAGCUACCCUGUGGAGAUCGGGGUGACAUUACCCGAGUCUAAUUUAACGCGAGCUGAUUAUAUGACACACUGACACACCUGAAGGGUUUCAUCACCGUAUAAAAGGAUGUGAGAGGAAUUUUGUGGUAUCCUCCCAUAGGCUAGUCGUAAUGAAAGCAUCGAUCGAAUCUUAUGACGAAACCGUUUCUGAGGUCUGGCGCUGUUGGCAAUCGAAAUAAGAGCUUGGGAGAUGUAAUGGGGUCCAAUAUGAACCAACACAUUAAAAGGAAAUUCCCCAAACUGUCAUCCCAUCAAACUGCAGGAUGUUAAGGGAGACAGCAUCCUUUCUGUGGUGGUUUUUAAAUGGGUGAUAAAUUUGUGUACUGUGUGUUUGGCGGACCCACUAAUGGUCAAGAUGCCCUGCAGCGAUCUCCUGCUACAAGUGAAUGUUGUAAUUUGCUGCAUGAAAGCCGUCAUUAGCUCGAGCAGCUGAAUAAUGCUAGGCUGUUGAUUGCAGGAAGCUGACGUAAUGCUCCUUUUAAUAGCAAAAGCCUACAUAGCAUGUGUGCCAUGUGUUCAUCAGGUCACUAUCAUGCAGGAUUAUCACAAUACAAUGAAGACACAGAUUACACAGAUGAUGUUCGAGCACACAGCGAGGCUUGUCCCCAUCUCGGCAAUGUGUCCCGGGAAAUAUUGACUUUAUUACUGCACCACUGACGGCUCCACCCACUGAUAACCAUCGGCUGCAUCAGCCGCUGGUCUCAAGCACGUCUCACUUCAUUAACAAGGCCAUUAUCACUGACGAUGCUUAUCGGGAUGGGGCGGACACUGAGCAUGGACCUGUGUGUACGUGGAAGUCUAUAGGGGAAAUUAUUUUUGCAACUGUCAAGGACUUGAUGACUUUCCUCUAACCCACAUCCGGCGUGUCUAGAAUGUGUGUGUGUGGUCCUCUCAUUGUAUGACAUAUAGGAUCUGCCAGCCCAUUCAACACACAGCGCAGCAGGUUUGACACCACAUGAAAGGAUCUGUUAACGGAGACAAAGAGUUUGUCCGUGUCCUAUGAUGAGACCCAUUUUGAGAAGUUACAGAAGCAAGCCAUCAUCAUAACCCCGCACCAUUGUCCAUCUCUGCAGCAAUUUGUACAUCCAGUCUAGUAGCCGCCACCAGCGCAUGACUCAGUGCAAGCCAAUUAUGAUUUAUCUGUGGCUUUUGCCAUGUGAAAAUGAUUCAUGCCCCUAUUUUAUCCCAAACCAUGCAGCGUGCAUGGAGUCUGGCACACUCCCUUUAACUGCCUGCAUUCAUAAAUCUCAUUCUGAAUAAGUAUCGAUUUGCUUUUAUGGUGGAACUUCAUAUUGUUUACAUCCUACAGUUUAGCUCAGCAUCACCCCCUGAGUAUACCACAUCAUAUACUGGCAUUGACACACAUUUUUGUAGCAUCGCAUACUCUAAAGUGUGCUUUUUAAUUGUCUUUUUAAAUCACGGUGGUUGUAACUUCUGUACAAUGGAACGUUAGACUAUACAACCCGUAAUGUAUCAUCUUUGCAUUAUACAGCAUGCUGUGGCUGGCCAGAAUGUUUUUGUGGACAUUAAUGAUACACUCUGCUGCUAAUUGUUGGAUAUCAGAGCCUCCCUUAAGUCUGUUAUGGGAAAUAGAGAUGGUAAAAGCUCUUAGAGAUCACGGCAUCACCAGGGAAUGCUUUCUCACCACAUUCAGCCUCUUCACUCACCAACAUUACUGUACAGUGUGUCAACUAGGCAAAAGCUUUAUACACUUGUAGGAAGAGAGGCAUAAUGGGCUGGAAGGCAAUCCUUUAUUACCAUGCUAUGCUUACAGUAAAUAUAUGCUGCUUCAUUAUCAUCUUAAGAUGCAUUUCCUGAUUUCACCUCAUUAUGUUGGUUAAAGAGUACUUCAACAUACUUACACUCAUGAAUACAUUUAUGCUUAUCAUAGUGGAAAUACUACUGUAGCAUGCCUCUUUUUCUUAGUCCAGCCCUGUUUUUGUUUUGUUUUUUUGCACCACAUCAAAUCUCAUGUGCCUACUUUGCAACAAACCCUGAUUCUCAAAUUGAGCGAUUAUUUCAGCAACACAGGACAGCAAAUAUUGUGUUUUUGUGGUGAUACUUCCAGGAUAAAUUGCAGACAAGAAUGUCACCGCUAACUUUUUGUGUUCGCACACGAUACUGUGACUCACCGUUUGAGGGAGAUGCAGUGAAGCGUGGCGUCCCCCGAGUUCAUCGUGUCUUCUGUGCGUAUUCCCAGAAUGCCCUCCUGGAAAAGACAACAAUGACAGCUAAUAAGUGGAUGGUUGUUGGCAGCCAGCCUACCUGUUACUUUAUUGAGGCCUAACAUAAAACGACAUCCAACAUGUGCGAACAGUGAGGGAAGGUCACCAAAACUACCACCGAGUUUAAAGCACUCAUUUAUCCAUGCAUGCACAAAAACACCAAGUACACACACCUCUGCUUAUGUAUGCAUAUGCACGUACUUGCACAUUAUAGAAAGGCAGGGAUAGGGUAGAAAAUUUAAAGUUGAGUUAAACCACCUUUGCUGAGAUGACACACCAGUUGGCACUGCAUUGCCUUUUCCACCUUCUCCACAGACAAUGGUGCAGCACAUCCAUAAUUCAUAACAUCAUUACACAUGUACUGAAGGAUACUCACUCUGAUUUCUCUUUUCACUAUGUGUGUGUGUGCGUAUUUGGGGGAGGUGAGUGCGUGUGAGGGAGAGUUGGGUCAUGUUUAACAAGCACCAUGGUCAGAGUUGCUGUACAACCUGUCUGAGUCAGUGUUGCAUGUUCGCUAAGCAUUUGGCUGAGGUUAAUCUAGUUAAAAGGGAUUGCACCACACGGUGUGUAUAACUGUGUGCACUCUGGGAUUGUCUGUUUCAUCACAGUUUGAUAUAAAACCUCUCUAAGAAGGAAGUAGAGAUAUGAGAAGAGGCUAAAUUGCCCUGACAGAGAGGCCUGAGCAGAACAGAGUCUCAUUUAUAAACGUUGAAUAUGCAGGAAACACCAGCUCAGGACACGAGUGCAUCAUUGACGUAAUAGUUUGUUUAUUUCAGCAAACACAGCCAAGGGGGAACUCGUGAAGCCUUACUGUUAAGGAAAAUCCGGUUUAAACUGUUUUUUGUGUAUUUCAGAAGCUAUUUAAAAGCAUCAAUUAACCUGUAAAGUGUGUAAAGUGUGUAAUUACGUGCUUUUUAGCUUUUACAGCACAACAAAGGAGCCGGUCAUGUUUAUUGGCAGCUACUUCAUCCAUUUAAAGGUCUGUAAACUCCAGCCUUUACAGCCACAAAACCUAAGAUGAGACUGUCUCUGAUUUUAGCACUGAACAUCACCGAGAGAGACCGAGUUUAGGUGUCCUCUGAACCUCACUACCAGCAGAAGCUAUGCUUUGUCGGUGAGAAGCAAAGCUCUUCUUGGCACCAACUUUGACAUCCUACCACUUCUUGUAGAUUUGCAAAAUGCUUCAGCUCGGUGACCUGAAAGUGUCAGUGCUGCUUUGACAGCCUGUCACCUAAUAAACAUUCUCUCAUGACAAGUAGCCUAAAGUAAGACGUGCUCGCUGUGACCUGUAAGCAGGUUCACCUCUGCGACAACCACCUCUGUUUCUCUUUCAACAUUCACACUUGAACAAAUUAAGAGAAGAAAAGCUGAGGUGUCCUGAAUUAACACACACAUUAUUGGCUGUUAAGUUUAUGUAAGAGGUUGCAUGCACAGUAAGCAGGGGUGUGUCCAAAAGGGGUGCCAUGGCUUUCCUCUUCAAAUCUGAUUAGUCAUCUUAGGUGCCGGCCCAAAACCGUGAACUACGAUUGGCUAUUUGACUUGUAAGAGGUAAGACUUGUGUAAAAAUCCACUAUUUGGGCUGCUUGACAGGCCAUUUGUAGCUGACUUUCAAAAUAAGAAAAUACUUAAACUGUUACGAGAAGUCGAAGAGAAAUACUUAACACAUUUAUCCCGGUCAGAAAGUCUGGACCCAUCCCUGACUGUAAGGGAAAGUGAGACAUUGAGCAAUGUCCCACGGGAAGGAGUGCUGCAGUACUUAACGCUAGCUCAGCAAUAGUGCUAAGAGGAUUCCAAUAUAAUCAGAGCUGUGCUAAUAUUAAAUACAACGACACAACCUCCAGUCCUGUAAAGUCUUCAUACCGUAAAACAGCUCUAAAAUUAGCUCACAGUGUUACAAGUAAUAAAAAGUGGACCCAGACAUCUGCCCACAAACGUUUUAUGACACUUUUGCUACCUGACUAUGUUGGUGUGAUGUUAACUGUGUCCAAAGCACCUAAAGCACAGCAGAAGUCCCUGUGCUGUUAUAUUGUAAAUCUGUACUUAUGGAGAGGCUCUUUUGUUUUCAGUGUUGAUCCUAACUUAAGAUAAACAUUCACUUUUUUAGCUCCAUGAAGCUGAAAGACCUCCACAAUUAAAAAGGACAUACAUUAAAGCUCUAUUCAAAUAGAGAGGAAAAGCAGCGAGAAAGAUAGUCUGAUAUUAAAAGACAAAAAUGUGUUUCAGAGGCAGAGGUGAUUUGUGCAGCAUGGGAUUUUGUGAGUGAAAAAAAAGGUGCGUGCAAAGGAGGAAUCAUUUUUGGCCUUUGCAAAUGCAAGAACUCAAAUCCAUCUGUUUCAUCUUGAACUCUAAACCUCUUUCUUUGUCUAUCUCUCACUUUCUUUUCCCAUGCCUUCAAACUCAUUCUACACAACUCUAAUCUUGUGUUCCGAGGGGAGAUUAGCCCAAAAUCCAGACUGUCCUUAAAUCCUGGCAUUGCUGCCUUGCCUCAGCAGCCAGAACUACGCACAUUAUGUCCCAAAGAUUAAGAUGUGUCUUAUAAACUUUAUUCUCACAGCCCAAAACCAAAUUCAAUUAAAGAACAAUCGCUGCACAAACUGCACUCUAAUUGCUAUUGCAUCACUGGCUUGUUGGCGUAGUCGCUAAGAUGUCUUGGUGUGUUUUUCCGGAAAGCUUCCCCACCCGCAUAACAAGAAAGGAUUGUACCGGAAGUUUUGAGUGGAUAGAGAAAGGCCCACUCAGAUUGAAUUACUUCGCCAUUACUGACCACUUAACAGUGGAGACUUAGGCUCCCUCCCUCCUACCCCAACCACCACAUACAGCUGCAUCUAGGUUAUGAAAGUCUAGAUGAUAGACACUCCAUUUCAUCCACUUUCCGGAGACAGAGGUUGGAGACAGAUCAACUAGGGAACACACAUCAAGCUGCCAAAGUCUGCUGUUGGGACUUGAAAUUCUCUAAUGUAACAUAAAAGUCAGACCUGCAGGAAACAUUGCAUUGGAAAGUAUUAGGGUUAGAUUCAUAUCGGGACUUAAUUGCCCUCUCAGCAGAUAUUGGGUUGCAGAUCUGUGGCUCACGGUGGAUUGGCGGUAAUGAUAGAGGUCGAUUUCAUUGGGAUCCAUGUGACAUUCGUCAGUCAAUUCAAUCACUGGGACUUAGACGUAAACAGACAAUGUGAAAAGUGGAUGACUUGACAGCUCCCAAAAGUGAAGCCAAAACAUUAGAGCUUCUUCAACAGAAUGACUGUGGCACGCCUCUAACUCGGUUCUUUAAUGUUAAAAGAUGGUACAUGGAUAAAAUGCACUUUUCUCAACAUGGCCUCUGUCAGUAUGAUUUAUCUGUUUUGUGACCCUUAACCUGCUGAACCCACCUGCUUUAACUCUGGUUCAAACCCAUCACCAGCACUUCCUAAUGGGAAUGUAGAAAAGUACAUUUGGUUGAACUGCAAAUCAUUUCCUUGUAGUCCUUUUUUAUCUGAAGUACGUCACAACUAAUGGCAAAACCACGUCUCAUUAAACCACUGAAUUAUGCUAAGAAUUGGUGUAAUUUACUCAACAUAAUACUGCUUUCAAUUGUAUCCAGUCAUUUUUCAUCAGUCUGAAUUAUCUAUGAAGGAAGGAGCUUUUAUUUGACAGAUUUCACACUCUCAUAUCCGGCCGGGGGCUCUUGUCCUGGAUUAGUGUCUUUCUGCUAAGAUGACAUCGCCUCACAGGUCAAACCCGCAGGAAGAAUUGAGGUCAAUUGAGAAAUAACAAAGGCGUCAGUGGUGUCCGCUGAUAAGGCUAGUUACCAUGGUGACAGAAUGUAAUGGCCAUCGAGCUCUGCUGUUGUUGUAAUGAGUGGGACUGUGAUAAGAUUAGAUCACUUGAGUACAACACUGUAAGGGACGAGGGACAAGGUGGUGCAGGAGAUGUGUGACACCCAGGAAGGACUGAUCGGAUCAUUUCAGGGUUGUGAACAUUAAUGUAUCAUGAGACGUGAACCUCUGUUGACCUCCUCGCUGUCGGGCACAGAGGUUCACCAGUAGAGUCUUUGCACGGAUUAAUGGGAUAAUCUAAGGCUGAUUUAAUUAUGAUAUACACAACUAGUUUACAAACAGUUUAAAAAAAAAAAGAGUGUGAAAUUCUGACAAUAUCAAAAGUGAUUUGGUGUUUUUUGAGGAAAAUUGUAAACGACAUGACUAUUUUGGUGUCACUUAAAGGCACUAUAAGGAGUUUUUAAAUGGUAAAGAAAUAGACUGAAACUGAUGCCUCUAUGAGUUUCAAAUAAAUGAGAGCAUCAGAACCAAGGCUCAUCAUUUCACUGUUGCAAUUUUCAAUAAUUAAAACAGCUGUGAAGGGGUGGUGUCUGAUCAAAUGAUUGACAGCAAACAGCAUUUUUGAUUUGGACAUAAUUAAUACUUACAGUUUGUUUUAUAUUCCACUGUUUAAAGAUUACAAGAUGAGGUUUGCAUCCCAAAAUACUGCUUUUAUAUGUAUAGGAGGAGACAAAUGAUAUUAGUGUGUCCACAAGGGGGCACCAAUAUCAACACAACUCAAAAGUUUAGCACAAAUGAGUUUCAGUAUCAUGUGAACUCAGUUAUUGUCAGUUUGCUGCAAUCCCACACGAAAAGAGUGGCUAAGCACAAGAGAGAGGCACAAGAAAAAACGACUGCUGCAAAGAAGCAUGGAUGUAAUCGAUCAAGGAUUAAAACUGCAUGAACAGCUUAAGAUUGAAGUGUUUAAGAGUGACAUGUUAUCACCUCCACAAAACGUCUGUCGUCUUCUCAUUUAUUUAGAGCUUUCAUUGAAAAAUGUUUUGCACUCAUUAUAAGAGCAAACAAAGCAACCUGGGCAUCUCUGUGCGUGCCUGGUACUCGGCAUAAUGAUGGAAGCCUCCCACUUUUCCUCUGAAGUGAUUUAUUCAUUAAUUAGCUGCAGCAGUGCACUCCAGAGCCACAGCUUGUUAGCUGCUUUGCCAGAAUAUCAUCUAUUCUGAGUUUGCUGGCACUGCUGACCCUCUGCUCUCUGCACAGAUGAUUGUUUGCUCCUCGCUUGGUGUUACACAUUGUUCUGCUCGGUCGGGUCAGCAUGGAGACACACUUGUUGUAUUGGUUAUAUAAGUGCUGGUUUUGGAGAAUGAAUAUUUGAUUGGGGCGCUUAAUGCAGAGUGAGCGUUCAGAUGAGGAGGCGGUCAGUGGGCGGAGAGCAGCGAGCGGCAUCUCUGUCCAGAGGCUGGCAGGGAGCCAGCAUAGAGGAGAGCUUUUACUGUACCCACUCCUCUGCUCUUCUAUCUGCUUGCCAGUGUUCUUUUCCACUCCUCUAUCCCUCUCCUCUCCUCUUCUCGCCUUCAUUCCCCAGCCCGUCAUCUUUCUUUGCACUUUAGCUGUCAGUUUUCACUCUUCUUUGCCUUUUGAUUCCUCUUUAGUGCUGAUUUUCAUCUUCGUUACCUGCUUUAAAAAAAGCUCGGGCAUAGUCAACACAAAGUCCGGGGGCAUUUGAGUGUUUUCCAAAACACUGACAAAUUUGGACUGAAGAGGGAGUGAAAUCCAAUGUGGGAUGUGUUUUUGUGUAUGUCUGCACAUGGCUGGCCAAGUGCUCAUAUUUAUGUAUUUGACUACAUGUGCAUCACAGCGCAGGAGAGACAUGGGGGUGGUUCAGUCACAUGUAUGAAUAGUGAGGGAUACACAUGUCAGUAAAGGUUGUAAAUGAGUAAUCUGAAGCCUAAUUACAAUGCUAUGUAAAUGAGAAGAGUUAUGCAAACAUGGAUAACAUAACAAUGCAGCAGUGCCAGUGAUACCAGAUCUCAAUUGAUAGCAAUAAAAGAUUUCAGACUGCAGUGGAGUUAGAGUUGGAGAGAAACCUCAUUCAAACCCUGAAGUAAUAACUGGGGAAAGCUUUCCUCUGUAAAUAUCUUUUGAUGCUGUUUAAAUCCUGCUCAAAUCAUAGAGGGGUGAACCAUGCAGUGAAGGAAAAUGAGCCUCGGGGCCACUUUCAGUUAUAGAAUACCAAGUAACUUCUCACCUUGUACUGACAGAGCGCCUCGAACUUUAUUAACAGAGAGACGAGCUGAACCUGCAUUGGUUAUGGUGAUUAUGCUUUAUAGCACUUACUUAAUGAGAGGGUAAAACAUUUUUUUUCACAUAAAGUUGUCUUUUUUGCUUUAAAUCAGUGAGAAUGUGAUAAUUUGUUACUGCUGAAGACGUUGACUUUGACUCCUCCAACUUCAGAUGCUGUUUUUACUAUUUCCAAUUAUCUGUAGACUUAAAAAGCUUCAUCAUAAGAUGGAUUUUUAUACCUUUUUUGUUAUCAAAUAUGUGUAAUGGUAUAAAAUGCAGAGAGAGCUGUUAUUUUACUGUGUAAAGAUGACAUUUGAAGAAGCAAGCAACUGCCUGAGUAUGUAAAAUACACAUCUGCACAAAUCUGCUGAUCCUUUUCUCUCUCGCUGGGUUGUAUGCGUGUUAUCUGGUAAAAUAUUGUAUGAAAACAGGCAUGUGUUAUGGAGUAAAUUAACCCGUUAGAGUACUGGUGUGACUGACAGAGUGAGGUGGCGUGAGAUUUUGCAAACUGGUCAGUAUGCCGAUCUGUAUCUCUUAACUACUGACGAUACCAUUCAUUGUGCACAGCUACCACAUGAGUAGCUGUGUGGAUAGCAAUAACCUACAGUACUAGACAGAGCUACACAUCUGCAUAAAAACUGCUCAUUGCAGACUUGGCUGAAUGCAAUUAAAGUCUUCACUGCAGGAAGACAGUUCAUUCAGUUUUUCUCUCUGAAACAGACUGUCUUAAGAAAUGGUGUGAAUUACAUGUCAGAUUUUACAAUAAUAGUCAAGUUAAAGCUCCUGUGAAGAGUUUUACAAUGUUUAUGAAACAGACUGACAUUCUUAAUGAUGUUUUUCUUUGUUCUAAAAAAAAGUAAACAAGACUAUUAGUGACAAGAUUGGCAAUUUUUAUAUUGUGAGUUUUUAUGCCUGAAACUGAUGCAAGAGAGUAGUUGUCUGCAGAGACGUGUAAGAAAAGGCAUUACAUUCUUCUCUCAUCAUUUUUUGGGGAAAAAGAGGAUACAUUUGAGAAUCAAAGGUCAGAGGACAUUUCUUAACUAGAAGACAUGAUAAGCAAAGACACAGGGGGCGCCAAAAUGGACACAAACUCAAAGUUCCUCACAGGAGCUUUAAACUGUAAUAACAAAAAACUCUGACAUGAAUGUUCAUUGAGUUUGUUUUUUUUUGUUGAGUCCAAGUUGGUUUGGAAAGCAGCCAUAUUCCUCUUUUAGUUGGAUUGGUCGAAUUCAGGGGGAAAAUACAGAACUAAUCUCAAGCAAACAGCCGAAAAUGAUAAUCUUCUAUCAGAUUGUAUUUAAACAUUUAUAUUAACUGUGUAACUGCGGUACUUGACAUUUGAAUUUAAGUGUCACUCCAUAAUUGGUGUUAAAGUAAAAGUUGAAUUUUCACCACAGCUACUUCUGUAGAUCUAAAACCGAAGUAAGCCUGAAGUGCUGCAUCCUCCAAAGGGCGAACUUGAGGACUGAUUGCAUCACAGCAGUGCUUAAAAAGCCGAGCCAUUUCGAAGGCUCCUUUAAAAUGCUGCCGACAAAUGCAUCCUACUUUCCCCAGGUUGCUGUUUGAGGCAGUGAAAGGAACAGCAGGUGAAACCCUUAUAGCCCAAUAUAUCCUGUGAUUUUUCAUGCUCCAAUUCAAACUCAAAACAAUUACCGACUCUCAAGCAGCUGAGUAAUACGCUUUAAAUACUGGCAAUUGGUUUUAAGGGGCAGGAACCUUCAAACUUGUGAUCAUUUUUAACAGCUAACUAUCUGUUGCUGAGUGAAAAUAGAGGAGAAAGUUAAUUCAGUAUGAAUUGAAAAAUCUGUUUCAGUAAUUUGAUGGAAACUUGUUGAAUCAAUAUUGAAUUAUUUGGAGUGAAUCAUCACUGAGUGGUUAAAAGUUCAGUCAUGUUUGUUUUAGUGUCCUACCAUAACUUUAAUUCAUCUUUUAAACCAUUUAAUUCACAACAAACUUUUCCCCCAAAGUCUCAAAUUACACACAGUACUCUUCCUGAUGACCCGAGGAUAAAGGGUUUUUUAAAAAAAGCAGGAGUCAGACAGGUGAGGUUGCAGCUGCAGCUGGUGUACUACCAGACAAGCGAGGCACCUCCAUGAAUUAUGUGACUCCCUUGACCUCAUCUCUCACCUUCCACCGUGGACACAGUCGGACGAUUGGACCGCCACUGUGUCACAGUCUGAUGAUUGGACUGCCACUGUGUCGCACAUCCUUCCCUCUCUCUCUCUCUCUCUCUCUCUUUCUUUCUCUCUCUCUCUUUCCAGCCUCUCCCUGCUCUGUUCAUCUGGGUGUUAUUUUCUGGAGGUUACAGCCUUUGAGGACAGGGUGCAGCUGUGUGCUGUUGGCACCUUUUCAGCACUCUGUUCUCUCCUGACUCGCCCGCCUUCCCCAUGGGGGAGGUCGUGUAGAAAAAGGCGGUUUGGCCCACCAGUCUAAUGCCUCUCUAAUUGUCCCUCCCUUGUGAGUGAAUGUGGGCGAGAGAAUGAUCCGGGAGCAGAGAGGAGGGAAGGGUAAAGGAGGGGAGGAAAAAGGAUACAAGGAUUAGCUGGAUGAUUACAGCUGAGGACGCACAGGGAGAGCCAGGUACUCUGCCCAUCUAGUCCAAUCAGACGGUUCCAUACAGGAUUUAUACUCGACUGUCAAUCCACAUCAGUCACAUUCAAAUUUAAUUCCUUGUCAUUUUUAAAUAAAUUUUCCAAAUAUUUUUAGACUUUAUGUUCAGCUUUUACCAUCAAUAUUGACUAUGUUUGUCAAUAUUGUCAAACAAAGAGCUCUGCAGGUUAGCUCAUUCACAUGAUGAAUGUCCAGGAUACACUUCAAUAAUAAAAGCAUUGUGUGAAAAUGAGGGCAGUCAAUAAACAGAAAAAGAGGUCAGUCUCUUACUUUGAAAAGUACUCAAGAACUGUAAUUGCAUUUUACAUCUCCUGCCUGGUAAGUUUUUCACUGUAGCUGACACAAAUAUUUUUUAUACAAGUAGAAAAACUGGCGAGUUUGGAGAAGAGAUGUGCACGACUCAGGGUGAAAAAAAAAGGUUGAGCCCUUUAGUCUCCAAGUUCUCACCGACAGUCUGAAAGUUCUAGUUCUAGUUAUCGCUGCCAAAGAGAAAAUCAAGCCUUUGCUGUUUGUGAAGCAUGAAUGAGCAGACAUUGUUUGACGCAACAAAACUCAUGGAUCUUCCUGUCGCUGAACCAAAAUGAUUGCACAUGAGUUACAGACAUUUAAUGAAUAAAUAUUCUGUGUUUCUUUUAGAACAGUGGAAGGUAGUGUUGGGCAGCAUGACGGUAUAUGUCGGUAUAAAAGUGUUUACUGAUAGAAAUUUUGCUAUAUUGUUAAUACUGCAAAGAGAGCGAGCACAUGUCUGCUGCAUCUCUCUGAGUAAGUGUGUAGCUGUCUGCACUCGCGAACAGGAAAGCCGGAGUGCAUCCGUUUGGGUGGGUUUCCGUAUAUUUUCCAGCGUGUUGUGUGGAGUUUGUUCACUUCAUUUGAUUGGUCAGGUUUGGGUGCGCUCCCUGUAAUCACCAGCAUGUCUAGCAGACUGCAUGGCAUAGUUUAGAUAAAGAAGAAACAGCUUCACUGAUGGUGGUCAUGGUGGAUGCAGAGAUUAGUGGCAGUACCAACAUCGUUGUCUGGAGAUUCUUCAGAUUUAGAAAUUCCAACAAUGAUCAAAAACCAGUACUAUGCAAAGAGUGUUGUGUGGCUGACAUUGCUGGAGGAGGAAACGCCAGCAACUUCUUCCACCACCUAAAGAUGAAACACACCAAGUUCUAUUAUGAGAGCCAAAAGAUGCGUGGCGCACCCGCUGCACCAAAAACUAAAGUUGCAGCAGCUCCUCUCAUAUAAAAGAGCUUGGCAGAGUCUUUCACUAAAGGUACGCCAUAUGAUAAAAAAAAUUGCCAGACUGUUCUGGCAUUUUGUUUGCAUUUGUAAACAAGUCCGAUUUUAAAAAUGAAAGGAAAAUGAGCAAAUGCGACAGUAUGGUUAUUUUUGAGCCAUUAAUUGAAUUUACAGGGGGAAAAAACAUACCGUGAUAUAUACUGUUUCUGUGAUUUGAAAUCACUCAUACUUGAUAUAAGGUUUUGCUCAUACCACCAAACACUAGUGGAAGGUGACAAGAAAUAGGGCUUGGGAACUGUUAAAUGUAUGGAGAUCAAAGUUCAACCAUGUUCCAUCUGCUUACAUGGAGAAGAUGGGCUUUAUGGUCUGUACUGCAGCUAGUCAAAAGGGACUCUCUUCAUCUUUUGGCUCCACCUUUGGAGAGCUCUUAUAUCUGUUUUUUUUAUGUAGUAUGUGGGUCCAAUUGCAACAGCCAUGGUCAUGCAGACCCUCACUGAGCUGAAUGCUGACACCUACAUUGGAAGUCAGCACAACUACGGUUAAACAUACAAAGACAGGAAAGAGGGAGGAAAAAAAGAAAGGUCAGGUAGGAAAGUGAGGGAAAAAACAUGACAGAUGGCAAAAGGUCAGCAGCAUCAGUGCUUAAAUGGACUUAUGCUUUUCAUACCACGCUGGCUGUAGUUGUUGUUACGACAUGUCUUAAAGUAACAGUAUUUGGUGUAAAGGUGUUUUCUCUGAUACAACCGCUGUAAAGACAAAAGCUUCUUGAUGCAACCUCCUAAAUCUCCAGAUUUAUUAAAGCCGGCGAGAAAGGACACAGGUGUUUGCUUUAUUUCCCCAGACUUAUGAGACACUUUAUUGGAGAAUUCUUUUGACAUUUAGCUGGAUUUGUGGUUGUGAGUCCCCACCGGGUAAAAUGUGCUGUGGCAUUUAGCUGUUGCCAUGGUCGUGUACCUACUGCAGGCCAGAGUGAGUUCUUGACAGCUCUGUACGUGUGUUUGUGAGCCUUGAAGUUAUUCUUAUAUUCGAGCAGGAACUCCUCAGAAUCAGCUUUUUAAAGCGUGCAAUCAAUUUUCAGGAGUUUGAUGUUGAAGUUAAAGUGUAAAAUGUUCACUCUCCUUCUUUGCCCUUUGUAUUCUGUGCCAUCAACUGCUCCCACCUCCUGCAUAAAUAAGAAAAUUAACAUAAAGAUAAGGAAAGGAAAUGACUUUCUGAUAUCCUAAUUAGGAGUGAUUGAUACUCUGCAUCAUUGUUAUUAAUUUUGUUGAGAAGGGAUCAUUAUGUAAAUUAAAAGGACUGCAUUUCAUUAAAAUUAACUGUCAGCGUGAGAGCAGAGACUCAUUAAGUGGAACUGCAAAGGUUUCUUGUGAAUGGUUUUUCUGAAGCACAAAAUUGAGUUAUUCUUAGCUUUGGUAGCUCUGGGCAACUGUUGCUAUGCAUACAUAUCCGUAGAUACACUUGGUGAUGUGGACUUGUUUUUUUUUUUUCAGCAAUGGGGAGUUACAGUGAUAAGGAGGGUGAAAAAAGGGGACCAGUGAAAUGGGCCCAGGGGACCAUUGAUUCCUGUAGAGUGGGAUAUAUUGCAGUUUGUUCCACAGUAGGUUAUAGAACCAUGAAACGUCCAUAGUUAUGGUCCCUGGAUGUAAAAUAAAGUAUGGGAAAAUUUAUGGGGUUGUAGUAGGUGGUUCAAGAGGUUCGGUUGUGCAUAAUCAAAUACUUUUCUCGUGUUUUCCUCAUCUGUAUGCAUGUAUGCCUUUGCACAUGUGAGUACAUCAAGCAUCGGUGGCUUAGCUGUUCCUCCUGGCCUGGUGUGGGCAGAUGUUUGUGGAAAGCUUCCCAGAAAAGAAAGCCGUCCCCCUGUAAACAUGUCAGCUAUACCUUAAGCUUCUUAUAGACUUAUAUGUCAUAGCUGUGUUUGACCCGCAUGGCUUUAAUUUACUUUUGUUCAUCUGCCAUGUUAAACUCCAUGAGCUCAACGCCUCUGACAUUUCAAUGAUAGGGAAAUGCAGACACGGUAAUUGCAGUUUAAAGAGGAAAUUAGUGAUGAGUGGAUGUAAGAGAUGCAGUGUGUAAUAAGCUCUUUGGUACAUUUAUUCUUCCUUGAAUAGAAAGUGGUUGGAUUAGCAUUAUUCAUCUGAAACUGAACUCUGAUACUGAAGAUAUGACACGGCAUGUAAUGAAACUGAUAGUGCCUCUCUUCUAUCAUAAAUUGUUUUCAGCUUCAGGAAACCAUUUGGAUGAAAUAUGUUAUUGGUGAUUCAAAGUUUGAGCCAGAAGUCAACGAGACAUGGUUGAAAUACUGAAGAGAUUUUUCUUCUUUUCUGCAAGAUAAAACUCAAAAUUUUAUGGAGAAUGGUGAAAUUAGGACUGAAUGUCCGAGAUCCAAUGAAAUCAGUUUCAACCAACAUCAAAAAUUGACAUUUUUAAGGGUGGAGGGAAGGCAGAACUUAGUAUUGUGACAACAUUUCUUCAUUUUAUAGCUUAUCUAUGCAAAUACAUGAUUUCAACUUAUUUUAUUUUUGUCUAAAAUCAGUUUGAUGUCAACUAAAAACGUCAGAAUCAUCAUAAAGAGAGCAGUUUUAAACAUUUGCCACAGAAGACCAGAAAGGAAGACUGCGCCAAGCUGGUACUUUGGCUGUCAAUGGUGCACUCAGGAUGGGGCGAAAAAAUUGAAAGGACACCAGCUGAAUGCCAAGAAAGGCUUUAAAAGUGCCAUUCUUGAGAUGCAAACCUUGCAUAACAAUCAAACAGUUUCCUCUCCUUGCCCACUGGGUGGGGAAAUUUUGUUUACACUUUCUAUACACUGGAAGGACAUCCAGAGGGCCCUUGUGGUUACAUUUAAUUACUUAAAAAAGCCAACAGAUUGAACUUGAUUCGCGUUUUAAAUAGAGGAAGGGCAACCAGAGAGCACCUUAUUGACAUUUUAUGCAUUAAAGACGCAUCUAAUGGGGUUUUUUAACCUGCAAUGGCACCAGAGUGGACCUUUGAACAGUGUUUUAUCCACUACAAAGACAUUUAAGAGUGUGCUUUUAAGGCAUUUUUUCAGACACAAGGACAGCAGGAGGGAAUAUCAUCCCCCUGACACCACUGUUGGCUGUACAUCUCUGACUCUGAUGGUAGUAAGACCCUGAAUGCUGAUGUAGUUUUUUUUUUAUACCUCACAAACUGCAAGGGCAGUGAGAGCUAAACGGUGAUAAGAGGCUGACUGUCAUUCACACGUCGAAUUUGAAUACCCUCCUUGAGGGGAUGCACUGUAAUCUACUUAUUGAUGCUCCAAUAUAUAUGUAGAUGGGACUUAAAAAUCACUGUUAAUGAAUGUGAAUGUGAGAUGAAUUAUUUAAGGAAAGCAGAUGUCUCAGAGAGAACUGGUCCAAAUGUAGACAUUUGAUCAAUGUCUUCAAUUAGAUAAUGAAAAAUCUAAUUGAGUUUUCUUUUUGUUUAUACAGUUUUAAAAACUCUCUCUCUAGAAAGUUCUUCAGCUAGGGAACCAAUGGAGCAUUUGGGAUCAGACAUAAUACGUCUUCAAGAAUUCAACCGAGUCAAGUCGUCUUUUGGAUUUCAUUUAAUUACCGUGACCUGGAUGACUGAGCGCCUGCACAGAAAUUCCUUUUUUUUACAGCGUACAGUUGAAGUUUUGAACUGAAUGAGAUAUAGUGCAAACCUUUGACUGUACAAUCAUUAAAAGUAUGCUGUAUGCUCCCACUCUUGAAGUGCAAAUCAAUGUUGGACUUGUUGACUUCCAGCGUGUCACUUAUAUAAGAGCUUACCACACAACCUGAAGCUCUUGACCUGCAAUCUAGAAAGUAAAAGGCAGGAGGAUUAUAUUUCCUAUUUCAUCUUUCCCUAUUGCUUUUCUAUCAAUGAUAACUCACCAUAACACUGUGAUUACAACAAUAAAGAUGAUAAUGGGGGCGUGUCCCAUGUAAGCCUCCUUAAGCCAGUCUGAAGACAUUAAGAUUAGGCUGAAGUAGUUUUUUGGUCGGUUGCUCUCCUUCAAAAACUUGGUCAGUCUUGAUGGAUAGAAGCUGUAUUGGCUAAACUCUUCAAUGUUCGAUAGCCACCAGUGAUCACAAAUGAGAAAGGGUGGAGAGGAGAGCUUGUGUGGUAGUGUGAGUUAGCCUCAGCGGAAAAGGUUAGGACAACAGAUUGAAUUCCCCCUGCUUUGCUUCAUCUAUACAUGGAUUUAUCCCAUGCAAGCCUUAAGCUGGCAUUCUUACCUCAUUAAUUCUGUUCUAGUAGAGAGAGAGUGUGUGUGUGUGUGUGUGUGUGCGCGUGUGUGUUUGUGUGUCCCGGCGCUUACUGAUAUCAUGAUGUUCCUGUUCCUUUUUCACUUCAACGCGCAGGAGCGGCGAUAGAUAAAAGGUGAUGGUGUGGGAAGUGAAGGAAACUUGUCUCUGCCAACUUUUCAUCGUAUUGACUGGAUUCUAAUCAAUUUAAUUAGAUAUCUUUCGAUUUCAUGGAGUGUGAGCUGAGAUAAGACCAAAUGCUGCCUGAAUUACAAACUUGGAAGGAAGGCGAGGCGGAGAGGCGUCCCGUUCCUUGUGUACGUCUUCCUAUUUAACCUUCUCCUAAAACGUUCGCAAAGAUAAUCAACUCUUGUGAUUCAAAAGAGUAAAUGUUUGUUCUGUAAUUGUGAAAAGGAGGAUUGUUGUCUCCUCCAGGAAAAGAAAAUUACACUCGGCUAAUUUGAGUCUCAUGGGAAACUGCAUGGACGUUCGGCAACUUGCAAUAGCAGCAAUCGCCUCUUAAGUGAAUCACACACUGUACAUGAGAGGCUGUAAAGUAGGAGUGUGAAAACUGAUUUAAAGAGGAGAGAACUGCUGGGUGUGACAGCAGAUUAUUGUUUGUUUAUUAGGUUUGCUCUUCAGGUUAUGAACUUAAAGAUUUCUGGAGGUUUUAAACUAAAAGAAUGAGAGGCAGGGAGACUUAACGCCAAUGUUAAAAAUGUUUGUAAUUUCUAAAGGAAUCACCACAAGUAGACUGUGGACUUUACAAGGAGGUGAAAUAAGAGGUCAACACAAGCAACGUCAUAAUCCCAUUUGCCAAAUUGUCCUCAUACACAGACUACAGGAGAGGUUGUUUGUCAUUUUCACCAAUAAAUCAACUUUUAUGACUCUCCAUAAAACUAUGCAUGUACACUGAAGGACACAAGCCCCCUUAACGCACCCCUGGUCCCUACAUGCUGGACCAGAUUAUCAGUUGCAAAGAACUUUAUAAGGACAAACAAGCUACAUCUAUCCUGCUUAUUUGACCGAGCAUGUCUUUCCCACCCUGAACCCUUCAUUUACUCCUGGUGUUCGACCAUAGCUGCAAUAGCUACCAUCAUUUUCCCUAACAGCUUUUCUGUUCCCAGAUAUUCUCCCUCUCUCUUCACCUCUAGACUGCUCUUGCCUCACCUAAAGACACGUAACAAGCACGGAUCGACAUCCCAGUCUUUUUCCCAUUUCCAUAUUGCUGACGGUCUCUCCUUAAUCACUUCCCUGCAGCUCUGUCCCUGACAAAACGACCCGCCUCGACCUCCUCCUUUGUCAUGUUCUCUUUGGCUGGAGGGUUAAUUUCACCUCUGAAUUACUCUACUACAAAAUGUCUUCCAUUUUUCUGUAACUGUCACUGACUAGGCCUCCACAGGCGGUGUUUUUGCACUCACAUAAGUACACUUCCCACUACACACCUUUUUUGCAGAAUCAUAUCAGAGAGCUGCAACCUGUAUUGUGUUCUUGAAGACGGGAAGGCCAUUAGGAUUAUUUUUCUUUGUGUUUAACACCCACUCUCUGCUCAGAAAUGCCUCUGCUGCCUUUUUCACACUUCUAAGGAGUUGCAUCUGAAAUAGAAGUUUUGUUUUCCACAGUAAGGGCUAAUUUUAAUCUUCACAUUUCAAACUCGGUUUGACAGGUUCGUAGAAGUAAAACAAGACAGAUUUAUGAAGCGUUUCAUGAAGAGUCAAUGCUUUGUCUACGUGUUCUAUUUAUGCAGCAGGACAAGUCUGUAAUAUGUGUAACCUAUCACUUUUGAUUUAAGCUCACACAACACAGUGCCAAAUUGAAAUAGACAGUAAAGACCUCUACAUGAAAACAAUAAGAUCACUUAUAGCACUGUGUUUAACUCUACUGUGUGAGAAAUGCCACUGGUGUAAGCAUGACCUGGGGAGUAACUAAAAAUUGAUGCUACAAUUCUAUAUUUAUGAGUGUAAUCAUUUCUGUUAUGAUUGUCUUGUGCAGGAGUUUGAGGGUCUGUCCAUAUGCUAACAAAAAUUAACGAAACCAGGGAGACUAAUAGGUAUUGGCACUCUGCUCAGAUAUUAAAAGCCGCAUUGAGCUGUAUUUCUCAAUCAAGUUUGAGUAAAAGGAUUCCUUAUAAAAGUCAACAAACCCUGUCAAUGCCAGCUCCAAUGAAACUCAGGGCCGCUACUCUCAGAGAAAAAAAAGCAUACUUAAACGAGAUGAUCAUUACAUAGGCUGAUGCAACAUGAGUGUUGGUGUUACUUUAUUUUUCUGAGAGAAGUUGAAGAUUUUACCCUCAAAACUAAAUCUUUGAACAACUCGACUUCAUUUUGAAAGACCUGGCGAUGCAAUACAUGGGUAAUAAAACGAUUCAAUAUCAGGAUAAAGAAGUCUUUGCAUUAUUUCAGCGUUUCUAUUCCUGAUUAAUAGUCUUGUUUUUAUGUAAGUAAAAGAAGUGUCAUCCAUGAGUGUGAAACGCUAAUGCUUUCACAGCUCAAUUGGCAUCUGCUGCCAACAGUGAAGUCUGUUGUUUGCUAAAGACAUUAGAGUCGUAAUAACGCUGAGGGGAGAUAGUGCCCCCUGCUGUUUACAUCGCACUGAUUACGAUCAUGCCUUAUAGCUACUGAUUUUUCACCGACUUGUGAGAAACUGAAGACAAUGUCUGCCUGAAAUCAAUAUCAAUCAAUAUAGUAACAUGUGGGUUAUCAUAUAGUACAGUAAUAUAUUGUAUCCCGUCUAAUUGUACACAUCUUAUCGCAUCUUAUCCUAUCGUUGCAUUGCGUAUUGCACUGUUAUGUAUCAUAUAUCCUUUCGUAUCAUGACUAACGGCACUGUAUCGCGUUGUGUAAGACAAAAUUGUGACUCAAUCGUCUGAAAUUUUUCAUGAAUCUCUAAAACAUAUUAAUACAGUUUCAAGUUGAGUGAGCUGAGAAGAACAAAAUAAUAUGCUGUCUGUUGGAGCUCGUACUCAAAGCUACCUGAACUAGACUGAUAAAACAUAUUCCAGCUGAAUCAUUAUUCGCAGGCUACAGGGGAUUGCUGGAAAGAGUAUUUUUUGCUUUUAGGAUAGAUGUCUAUCCCUUGUGAUGGCUGCAGAGUCCUAUUUCAAAAUCUGUUACUAUCAUUAAAUUGAUGAAUAAAAUAUUAAAUGCGUUGUGGAAAUCAGUAGGGUUGGAUAAGAGUGGGUAACUGAGCUUAAAGGGUAGAUCCAGUACCCAUGAAUUGAUGGGUAACUUUGCACGGCCAAAAGACACCCCAAAGUGGAGCUAAUGUGUUUAACUUUUCCUCCAAUCAGCUGAAGUAUAAAAAAGACGAGGGUAUAUGGAGACAAAUUCCCCAACCUUACAGCCCAUUACCUCAUUUUCAUUUUGCAGAAAUAUGUAGAAUGAGGCAAAGGAAAUCUAACUCUAAAAAUGAGUUUGACUUGCAGAACCUAUCUUCCAGUUAUUUGGUCAUCCUUACAGGCUGUAAUGAUGAACUCCAGCCCCCAGUUCAUGAGAUAUGAUGGAUCUUAUAUUGAUACCUUAUCCAUCCUCCUGCUAUGGGGCCUGCAAAAGCUUGUAACCAUGGACACUUCAUUAAAAGAGUAGAGGAAGGGAAAGAAAAACCAUAGCGAGAGAGACAGGAUUAUAGCUCUACAAACCACCGCACACACUUCCUCAUACUCACGGGUAUACACCUACACACUCCCGAGCAGAGAGUUAAAUCUGAUGUACUUAAAGUUAGUUGGAGGAAAUAAAAGUGGUGAUGUCAGCUUCAUGUUACACUGCGAGACUUCAGGUCAGAGAUUCUUCGGCUGAUAUGUGAGGGCUUUUUGAUACAUUUAUUACAUAUGGCGGGCGCUGUUUUGACAUUAUGGGAGGGAGAGAAAUGAGCUUGCUGAGUUAGUUGUGUAAUUCUCUAGCACUGCCGUUUCAGAAAGCACAUCAAGAGAAUUGCUCCUCUGAACGGUCCUAGGUAACACUUUAAAGUUUUCUCCAAUAAUAUCAUCUUCCUCGGACCAAAAUGUGGAAAAUUCAAUAGAACCACUUCGUCAGUGUCCCUGGAAUAGCUGUGGCAGAAUCGAUUGUGGUAUUCUUCUCUUUUUGGCAAGGAGCACUGGCCUCUCAUUCUGGAGGACACAGCACUCAAAAUGUGUUCCCCCCCCUAAAAUACACCAGCCUUCAGCCUCUGGGUCGCUGAAUCGGACAUCAUUCUCCAGUUUUGAUAAGGGAUACGGAAUAAAAUCUUGUACUGUGAUCAUACUAUUUGAUAUAAACCACAAUAACUGGUUGAAUAUGCACAAAACACUAGGACUAUCACUGUUGAGGGCUUGUCGGGGGGGUCUUACAUCACAUUGUGAGGUCAAAGUUCAUGGGUUUUUAUUUUAAUCUUAAGCUCUUGCCCCCGAGUUAGCUAACAUUUUCAGAAAACAGCUGCCUAACUGUUAUUCUACUACUUUAAAAAAACCAAAUAAAACCAACACAUGAUUUUUAACGAAUGGUGAACCAAGUGGCAAAAUCUGACAUGUAGUAUAUUGAAAUAUAUUCAAACAAUAUCCAGCAGCUGUUUUAUUUCUAUUUACAACAAGGGCUUUAAAAGCCAAAUAACUUUCAAUAACAAAGAUAUCUGCGCAGACACAGUUCCUCAAAGUAGCAUAUUGUCACUGUACAUUAAAACCACGACUUUAUCUCAAAGAUUUUGUUUAGACAGAGUGCAACGCGAAUUAGAGGAAGCACUAUUGCAUGAAGUGGAAAGAUGCCGGUGGGUACGAAAUGAGGCAAAGAAACGUCCAGACACAUUAGAAAAAGUUUCAGUUUUUGCACAAAGAUAAUGCUUGUCCUUGGGCUUUAAAAAUCGCUAAAAAUAAAGAGAUGUGAGAAACAAGAGCAGUCGGAGAAUAGCGACAAAGUAGGACUGGGGUUCUUGGUGAAAACACACAGACAUCAAUCUUCUGCAAGCUAGCUGAAGGGCAGCUAACAACUUGGGCGAGUUAAAAAAUACUGAAAGUCUUGUGACACCAUCAAGCCCACUGGAGUGUUUUUUAACUCUGCAAGACUGGUAACACUUGCAGUGACACAAAUAAUUGCUUUGCAGAAACAAAAAGAAAAAUCUGAACAAAUGCUCUGAGCAACUUAAACUAAGCUAUGAGGGCUGGUUGCACUGACAGUGGAUUGAAUCCAGUGUGCUAUCAAGUUCUUGUGUAAAAAAGGGAAAUUCUGGUGUGUAGGGGACAAAGUGAUAUACUCCAAAAAUAGCACAAAAUACACAGAAGCACAGUUUAAUCUAUAGAAGCUCCCGUCGGCAGCACAGGUAUUUAUCACUUCACUCCCCUGACAAAAGGUUGUCUCCUGUUGAGCCCCUCAGAUCUGUCAUUCCCCCUGGAGGGAUUAUAAAGUCGUGAUUCAAACCCCUGCCAGAGCAUAGGUCAAGGAGAGAGAUGUACUUCAUCUCUCUUUUAUCCCUUUCCAUCUGGAAACGGGCCAUGUUAGCCUCUAGAGCUGCACAAAUAUGUCAAGGAUUGUAUGUUUUUGUGUCUUUUUUUGGCAGCAGACAUCGAUUUUAUAUAUAGUGGCACAUAGACUUUAAAUUCAGUGGUCGGGUGCAUCGCAGCAUCUUGUUCCACUUUGACUCCGUGCCUCACAGUGUGGGAGAAGAACCAGAUAACUCUGCAGGAGAGAUAAAUUCAAAAUGUAUACGUAAUUAUGCAUAAGCCAUAUGGUCAUUUGAAAGUACAAGAGAGGAGGUCGCUGAGCAAAAAUGUUCAGCCCUCCUGCAGGAGCGAGCUAAUGAUGUUAUUUUAUGCCAUUUGUUGUCCAAGGAUGUUGUAUAGACAAGCUGUUCAGUCCAUAAGGUAUAACACACUAAUGUGGCUAAACAGGAGAUCGGAAAGUCUUUGGAUCUCCAUUUUCAAGAUCAAAAUACUGUCAAACUGUUCAAUGCUUUGAGCUGUCAUCUGUCAUCUAUGCUUGUUUACAUCUAUACAUGUCAUACCUUAAAAGACUGGUAAUAGUAGCAAUGCAUAGAUACAAAAGAAGGCUUUUCAGUGUACAUGCAUAUGCAAGUACAGACUGCACACACAGCUAAACUGUAAAACACACAUUGUCUCCGUCUUUGCAACUAAUUGCAACAGGCUUGACCAUGAGGCAGUAAAGUGAAGGUCACCUUCUGUUUGGCCCCAGCUGAUAAGCUCUAAUGUGGUCUUUUAUGUGAUGCCAUGCUCUCCAAGGACCCUCUGCAGCUUGCAGUGGCUGAUCAAUACACUAAAUCAGACGCUCUCAUUAUGGCACCCAUGGGCAUGUGUGCGUUUGUGUGUAACUGUUCGUGUGUGCUGUGCCGAAUUUAAUUACGCAGGAUGUAGUUUAUUGUGUGUGUGCUUGUGGGCAUUUUGUUUAAUAGCAGUUGAGGUUUAAUGCAUUACUGCGAUUACUAAUGCAUGCUGAUAUCUCAUUUUGGUAAUGCAAUUAUUUGCAGUCAUUAGCUUGAACAGAACAUAUCAAAUUAGAGGCAGUUUAAGGGUGCUGAUCUGGAUUUGCCUCAGUUGACAUUUAAAGACAUUUAACGCUGCUAAUAUGGUAUGAAAUUAGGAUUCUCUGGCAAAAUGUCAUUUUUAUAAGCUGUAACAUUUGACAUUCUUUGAGACUGUUCAUCAGUUCUUCUGGAAAUUUAAGUCGAAGCCCUCUAAUGUUGAAUGAAUGACAAUCAAUUAACUCGCAAACUGUAGCAAGCAACUUGACCUUUUCAUGGAGAGUGGAAAGUUUUUUCUUGUAGAGAUUUUUUUUCCCCCCUCUGUGAUGGUGUGUACGUGCAGACGUGUGUGCAAAUCUGCAUGCACUUGCAUUUGUGUAUGUGUGCGUGAGCUUGUGAACACACAGGAACACGUGUGAGCUGAAGAAUGGAGUUGUGCCAAAGUGCCCAGAGCCUGUAAUAGCUACCUUGAAGGUUCACCUUCAAAACUCCAGAUUACAAGCUGUACCUACCUCUCCUCCCAUAUAAUUUCCUCAGCUCCCUUUAUUCCCCUGUCCCCUAGCUUUUACAUCUACUUUUUGGUGUAAUUCAUGCAUGUCCCCAAAACCCAUCACCUCCCUGUCUGGGAAUAUCACAGCAAUGAAAGCGGGAAUUGCUCCUAAAAACUGUGUCCUUCAGUCUCAUUGGAGGGUGUGCAUCUGUGUGUGAUAUGCUGUUGUUAAGAGCCACACAGAUAUGAAUAAUGAGAGUGUUUUGCAGAAUUACUAAUGCUAUUGUAUAAAACCUCAUUUCCACAUUUGCACUGUGCAAAACUUGCUUUUCAUUGCACUGUGGGGACAUUAGGAUUGAUUGCAAGUUUAUGUCCCCAGAAUUUUUUAUUUGCCUCAUUGUGUCCUCAUCUUACACACACAGGCACACGGGCUGAAAAUUUCUCCUGCCAGCAUGUUUUUAUCUCCUCUUUAAAUGAUAAACACAAAUCUCCCAGCUCAAGGCAGAGGAGGACCUCCAAAUCAGCACAGAUAAGUUGCCAUAAACAAUCCUGUGAUGGAAUUUUUCGGGUUUCUUCACCGUCUGAGCGAUGAUACAUGUAGCUGGAGGAGGUGGUGAGAGGUCGUAAAAGAAAAGGUCGAAAAAAUUGAGAGCAAGCAGAGAAGGAGGGAAAGACUUAGAGACAGCCAGGCCAAACGAAGAGAAUCCAAAUCUUUCAAUUAAUCUGCUUAGCUCCCCUGUGGGCAGAUGUUGGAGAGACGGCAGCAGAGCACAGGUCAGUGAAAUAAAUAGACAAGGGCUGUAGAGAGCAUGGAGGAAGAAAUCAGAACUUCAUCGCUGAUGUAGAGCCGUGUAUCCCACUAACAGACCCCCUACAUAAUCUGCUCUAUCUAUACAGCCAAUUUCGUGAACAUUUUUGCUUCUGUUUUGUUUCUUAUCUUUAUUCUCUAGAGAUAAAUUCAUCAUUUUUAAGCUUCGAGCUUUUCACCAAAAAGAGAUUGUGAUCUAACAAGGUGGACAACCCCUCCUGUUUUACAAAAGUGAAGCCAAAAUUCGUAGCACUGACAUUUACUGACAUUUAACGGUGAGGUUUUUGUAUCAAAAGCAUGUCUGUAAUUCAAAUUGGCUGUUUGAGCCACUUUUUCCACAAUCUUCCCCUUACACCAUGAAAAUCACACAUUUGACUUCCUGCAGAGAUCACUUUGGUCGGCACAGCUGACAGUCUAACAGAUAACUGAUUCAAUUCAAGGUGGAUACUUACAGUUAUGGAAAGUGUAAUGACUUUAGUGUUGGUUAAAGUAUAUUUCCCCUUGCAGUUCUGCUUCUACUUUGCAAGUUCAGUCUCCCAGAAGCUGUGUUUGUCACCAAUGCUGCCAACGAUGGCGUUUUAUACCAUUUUUAGUCUUAAAUGAACUGUUACAAUUAAAAUUCUUUGACAAAUAAACACUUGAAUAUCAAUUGUCAGGAUAAGGGCACUUAAAAAUGACAGAAAACAUGUUAAACAAAAAAUAAUCUGGUGUGUAUUUUAAAUUUUGAUUCAUGUGUGAUCUGUUAUCAUGGAGGAGGCGGGGUCUUUAUGACCUAUACUGCUGCCGGUCAGUAGAGGGAGCCCUGAAUCUUUUGGCUUUGCUUUUAGGAAGCUGUAAGGUUGCGCAUCAUUUUAGAAAAACCUUGAAUUUAAUAACAUUGCAAAUAUCUAUGAGCUUAUGGUGGAUGGUUUGCUCACUGAAAUGGGUAAGUUAAAUACUGGAAACCAUGAUUUGCAACAUGUAGGGGCUUUUUUAUUACUAAGAAUUAGCAGCUGUUGUUCACUUACAAUCAAAGAGAAAUACAUGGUAGAGGCAUGUGCAGAUUUAGGUGUUGUGCCACUAAAACAGCUUUUUUAUUUGCCAUUAAUGUCAGCGUGCAUUUGUAGUAUGGGCAUUUUGUAAUGGAUGUCCAUGGAGAAUGUAUUUCUUGCGUUCUUUGUGUUGGGAUAUUGCUUAAACGUCUCCCUGGAAGAGAAUGGUGUGGUUAACGCCAUGGUGAGAUAGGAAAACCAUAAACUUGAACAUCCAUGAAAGACAGGCGGUGAAGACAGAGUGUGCAGCCUGGGGGAUUAGUUUAACUCUUGGAUUUUAUAGUACCUGCAGCUUAUAAAAGGAAAAAAGACCUUCUUCCUCCCCCUCUGUUACCAGGAGAUACAGAGGUGAACUCAGUCUUCCAAUUAACCACCUCGCACACACAGGCAGUAGAGUCCAUUUCCUCACCUCGCAAAGAUUGUCUCACUUUAAUCAGCGAGAGGAAACUAAAAUUAUACAAGUAAUGAUGAAUACAAAAUUAUACCAGCACAGUGCGUUGAGAUGGGAGAGUCCUAACCUCUUUUUUUCCGUUGAGCAGUCCAUUAAAAAACAGAAGUGGUUUUAGAAACUUCUGUCUCUUCAUAAGGUGGCCUCGCUGCUACCUAUGGCGCAAUAUGUAUUCCUGAGUUAUAGAGAUAGUACUGCCAAGCUUUAAUCAGCACUGACAUGCUCUCCUCUGUCUAUCUGAUAAACACACUAACUUUAUUUCAGGUGGACAGCGCUGACAGGGACAUCGCACUGAACAAAUGGGAAAAGGACAGGAGGCACAAGUGGGUGGGAUGAGAAGGCAUACAGAAUCUACAACCAGGCCAAACACUCAGUCUGCAUGGACUCUCACAAUACUGAGGGAUUAAAUGGCUUCACUUCAGGGGGGUUUUCCAGUUUAUUCAACCUAUAAGCUGAGUUUUGUUUCAAAGAAUCGCUCUGCACAUGCAGCAGUUUACAUCCCCAUUCUUGAAUUAAGCUCAUCUUCAGUACAGCAAGGUGAAUUGAGCUGCACAAACGCUGCUUUUUGCUCAAUCGAGCACACGGGAGCUUAUACUUUAGUCUACUGUAAGGGAUUUCAGUUCUUCUCUCAUAAGCAAUAAAAUUGUGAUAGGUGUAUGAAACGGCUUUUCCUAAGGCAUAUAUCUGCUGAGAGAUUGCCUCAUAUGGAUUAUCUCUCUCUGAAUGCACCGGAGUAAUACCCUCCAUGGUAAUGUGCCUCUAUAGGAUGGCCUAGGUGUGACAUUAGGAUCGCCUCCACGGGAAAUAUUCGUAGAUCUAUUUUCAUAAAGCACAAACUAUACUCUGUGCCUGAAAAUGUGUCUUGAAUAAAAAGCUUUUAGCCCUAAGGAGAGAUAGAUUAAACCUCUAUUUUUUCCCCCACACAGCAAAUGGAAAUGAUUGAUUUGGCCAUUAUAUCUUUAAGGACAUAAAAUUAUAUUUUUCCGGCUUAUGGGGUAAAUUCCCCCCUUUCAGGUUCUCGUUAACAGUUUCAGAAUGUGUGCUGCAUUUUCAUUUCAGACCAUAAUAAGGAUUGAAGAAAAUCUCAUUGUACAUAAAUCUUCUCAUCAAGGCUUUCCUGUCUGCAUCUCAGUGUAAUCUCAAAUCAGCCGUAUGCAUUCUUUAUCCCGUGGCAUCCUUGUUGUACUCUAUUGUAUUUCCUGUCUCUGUAAUCGCUCUCUUUAUCCACUUUAUCACACUACAUAGUUCACUUAGGCUGAUCAGUCCUAUCUUUCACCUCUGAUAAGAUUCUUGCAACUUCAUUUCUGUACAUGUUUCGAAAAGACCUUUGUAGCCAAUCUUGCCUGAUGGAAGAUGCAGUGGAUUUAGUGUCUCGUCAUGAAUUUCCAGUCUUUCUCUGCAUACAGAGAAUCCCCGGGGAUAGGAUUGUGUUUUUAUGUGUACACAAAGAGAAUACCGGCUACAAAUACAAACACAAGACACAUCAACAGUCACAGUAGUUGUGCGAUUGGCAGCACAGCAUAAGUCUCAAGUUUUUUGUUUUUUUUUGGAGUUGAUACGUGGGUGUGUUUGAGAGAAGCUCAUGUCAGCAGUUUUUCUGUCUUAUCAUAAAACAAGCUCAAAGAAGAAAAGUUGAAACUUUUGCUGGAUGAUGGUGUACAAAGAAAUCUAAAAGGAACCAACAAAAAUCAUUUAAAUUCAUCCUUAUGGGCACAUGAAUGCUUAGUCUGUCUGACUCAUCCUCUGGGGAUCACUACUCACUAAAUAUAGUACCAAAUAGUACCAAAGUAGCACAACUAACAACUGGAAAUGUCAAACCACUGAUGACAUAAGAAGAAUAUGAAAGGGCUCACAAAUAUCCAUGAGUUCAUCCUCUGGAGACCAAAGAUUGUGGUGCAAAAUGUAAUGGCAGUCAAACCAAUAGUUGUUUGGAUAUUUUAGUCAAAAUUCAUGAAUAUGUAAAUUCUAUGAUGGUUCAAGGUCGAAGAAAGACAGCAAGAGUCAGUCCGGUUCAGCCUCUGGGAACCAUAAUUGUCUGUUCUGCUUCAUGAGUCGAACCAUCGAACUCAAAGCAAGAAAUGACAAGCCACAGUUGACUCCAGAGGAAUGGUUGAAGGAGUCACAAAUGGUUGAAUUCAUCCUCUGGGGAUUAUGAAUGACUGUACAAAACGUCACAGAAUUUUUUCAAGUUGUUGAGACAUUUCAGUUCAGAUAAAAGUGUGGAAAAAGUCUAGCAGACUCAAACUUUUACAGCAAUGUCGCCACUCUGAGCUAAAAUUAGCAUGCAAGGCUGAAAUUUUAUUGCACGUCCUCAAAUUCUAUCUCCCCGGUCUACCAAUCAAUCAGCCAGCAGUUGCUACAUCUGGUCCCUCUGCUCUGUGUGUAACCAUGUUGUGCUUGCUAGCACCACAGCUUGCAGCCUUAUUAGCACCAACAAAUUUGUUCCUGACACUAAUUACAGCUUCACAGUAAGCACCGCAGUGGGUUCAACAAAUGAAAGGCAGCAAUCUCCCUGUCACCGUGGCCUUUUCGUAGCAUGAGCAGCGACAGAAGUGUGUGUGUGUGUGUGAGGGGGGUGUCAAUGGGUCCCUCUCUUCUUGCUGGGUUAUAGGUGGUCUCUUUAAAGGAGGAGGAAUGAGGAGUAAAAGAUGGGUGGAUAACAGAAGUGGGGUCAUGCACAGGGGAUUUCUUUUUGUCUUUAUUGAGAGUUGAAGGCAGUCGAGAGGAGUUGCCCUGGGCUUUGGUGCUCCAUGCAUCACUGGCGAGGCGAUAUGUCCAUGUCAGGUUCUGUCCUCCCCCUGCCGCAGCCCUGCUGCUACAGCUCCCCAACUUCCACUUCAUGUUUUCCACCGAGCAGGCUUUUGUAACAGCAACAGCAACAGGAGAUCACAUCUCAGGAUGCUUUUCAUUGCUGAUGUGUGAGAGCAGUCUGCAUUUCCUGUUAUAGGUUUCCGAUCCAGUCUGUAUAGCUGUAUCCCUAUGUGAAUUGAUGGCUUGCUCAGAGCAUUAUGAGCGGCAGUGAUGGCCCGCGAAUAUGCAAGCACCUAAAAAUGGAACAGUUCCCCUGAUGUCAAGUUACUCUCAACCCUACAACCAUGCACAGUGAAGGCUUACGGUGGCAAAAUGUUGGCAUUAGUAAUGGACUCACUCACAGGACUUACUACCUGAGAGGAGUCAGGAAGCAACUGAUGAUGCGGGAGGUGUGUAGGUGGCCCCCCCACCAACGCUGCUGUGGAUCAGUAGAGACAGCAGCAGGUAGUUUUCGCAGUAUGCAAAAAUACUGUUAUGUUUUCUCCAAGCUCUGAAGAGGAAAACAGUGGGAGCCAGACGGAUGAGGGUUUGUGUGUGAGCGUAAAAAAAGUGUGUUCUCAGGAGUGUAGAUCAUAAAGGGGAUAGCUGGGAUUGUGCUUGUCACUGGUCAGGGAUCUGAACCAGGCUUCAGAGCUUACUUUGAGCAGCUGAGGGGACACCGGCUCUCUCGGCUCGUACUAUUUACGGCUGAGGGUGGUUUAAUGUCCAGCAAGGGGUGUCAGGGUUUGUUUGAGCUGACUUUAUUGUGUUUUAGGUGCCAAACAGGUUGCACUGGUCACACAGGCACAAAGCAACAGCUUGGAUGCAAGUUUUUGCGAGUGACCACUGGCAAAUUGGAAAAGAGCUGAUCCAGAAGAUGCCAACUUUAGGCGAAAAACAUUCGAAAUUAGUUGGAAAGACUUCUUUUUUUUUUUGUCCGGGGUGCACCAGAUGUACAAACUGUACUUGGCUCGACUGACAGUGAAACUCUCAACACCAAAUAUGGCGUAGACCAGGCACCAAUUCUCAGGGAGAUUCCUCCUUCCUCCCACUUGUAUUCUCAUCUGCAGUAUUUUCUGGUAACAAUGACUCUCUACUCCUUGGUGCCAUUACUCACACAUUUGUGUAGAGACCAAGAAAGUAUCUCGUCUAUCACACCUGCUGCAGGAUUUUGAUCAUGCAGCUGGACUUCCAUGAUUUUUCCAGAGAUGUAAAUCCAAAAUGAGCGGCUGAGGACAUUUGCUUGAAAAGGAGACCCUAUUUUUGUCCAAGUGUGUGCAGCUCAUUUGUCAAGAGAGGGAUAUUUAUACUCAUUUCCUCAGACAGCUAAGCAAGUGAGCUCUUCUUUUCUCCUCCAUCUUUCCUUGAUUCACCCUCUUGACAUGCUCUUUUGUGAUUUUCUUCGCACCCUCAUCUCAUUCAAGGAGACAUUCAAGAGAUUUGAGAUGAUUUAUUCUCUUUUCAAGUAAUCUUUUCAUGCUUCAUUCAUAAAUCUGUGCAGUGUUACUCUUCUUAAAAGGAUGCACAUCAUCCUGGAGAACUUAACAAGUGCAAACUCAUCCAUACCUGUGCAUUGCAAUGCUCCUUUAUGAAUGUGUCCGUGUUGGUAACAGUUAUGAUCUUUCUUUGUUUGUCCCUUAAGUAUCCAUCCGAUCCGCACAUCCGGCCUCCCUUUGGGAACCACGAAGAGUCUCUGAAUCUUUAACUUCCCAUAAAUCGCAAAUCUGCCCAAAGUGCUGAUUCAGAAUAGGCCGUACCAAAUAAAGAUAAGACAGCCAAUACGGGGGUUAUUUGUAGCAUUUCCUUACAGGAGGAUCAGCGAUAUAUAUGUCUGUGAAUCCAUUAAGGCCAAAGUAAUGGCACACAUGGGAGACGAAGAAGCAAAGCUGCUUCUGUUUUCUCCUCAUAUUAAUAAUUGAGAGAGAUUGAUUAGAAAGAAGGGAAAGCUUCGCCAAACUGUGUCAUAUGGUCUAUUUUAAGUGAUCUUUUUUUUCUCCUCAGACCAUCGGGGUCUGAUCCCUCAAAGGUCUUUAGGGUUAUCUUCAAGAUCAUUACAUGGAAGAAGGAAGGGGGUCAUUUAGCUAAUUAGAGAAUAUGGCAGAAGAAAUGAAUGCUUCAGCACAUUUUCUGUGUUACAGUGUUUUGCGUGCAUGCUUGCGUGCUUAUUUGUGUGUUUUUGCACACACAUGCAAUAUGCAAGCAUUCAAGUGCUUAAAAUGCUCCAAUCCCCCCUUCACCCUGAAGGCACCCACAUGGUCCAUCUUCUCUGGCUUCUUUCAUUUCCAGGCAUAGUCUCACACAUCAGCGCACAGACCUAAGAGAGAAGAAUAUUGCUUGUUUACCCAGCAGCCCCCAGAAGCCAUAUGCUCUGGCACAAUGCAGCACAUGAGCGGCGCCAUUUACUAUCAUUAAUAUCUGCCUUGUUCACUCUCAUAAAUUUGACUGUAAUGGGGUAUGAGCAUGUCAGGCAGGGAUUAUUUUGAUCCUCGUACAGAUGGCUGCUGCAACUUGUCCCUUUUCUUGUCCCCAACAGAGACGUCAGAGAAGACAAAGAUGUUGUCAGACUGUGUUGAUUCCUUAUUCAAUCAGACACACACAAGAGAUGAUGUGUCAGCUGGAUGCCAGACACCGCUGUUGGUCGUCAGAGUGUAAUGAGGACUUAAAUUGAGGAGGGGAAGCAAAGGACAUAUUACAGGAGGAGCAAAUGGCUAUUAAAGUAGGACUAUUAAAAGUUAUGAGUAAUUCAAAGGGCAUUAUCAUAUCAGAAGAUGGAUCAGGUAGUUGGAUCAGAUUUUGUGUGGCGUUUUAGGACAGCAGUUGUUCACCUUCUGUACCACUUACUGCUCCAUAUUCCCAAGAAAUGAAUUAAAAAACAAGCUCCAGCAUUCAGACUUGAAUCACAGCCAACAGUAUCAUACAAGGAGCAAAUGGCCACUUGGUUUUACUGAUUGGUUUUACUUUCACCUCUGUUUAAUAACUUUCUCUGCAGGAAUUACAGGCCUUGUAUUUCUUUUCUCCAUUUGAUUAUUCCAUAAAUGACAUUUCCACAUCUUACAAUUUGCUCGUCCUGGAGAAAAGUGGGGAAGCAAUGAAAAAAUGGGCAUAAACUUGUAAGAAUUUCUCACUCCCAAGAACAGAUUCACUUAGGAGUUCAACUUCCCUUUAACUACAGUCUUAGUCUUUCUUGAAUCUAUAGCCGUAUCCAUUCAAUAGCCUAUUUGCAAAAAAGAAAAGAAAAAAAAACAAUCUUCCCCCCAAUCUCGGACAUACUAAAGUUUUUGAGAAAAGUUUCAAACUGCUGGCACUGGAUAAAAAGCUCGGUAUUGAACCCUUUCCAGUUUCCCUAAGCACUAUUGACUCUCUCGUUGACCAACUAAAGUGUAUUUUAUUCUCCACAUCACUCAGAUACAAAUUGAGCUCUUAAUUUAGCCUAACUAUAGCACUGAGUCAUUACAGGAUACAUUAUGGCACAGUAUUGAGUGUAGGUGCAAACGUUUGGCAGCACUCAGAGCCCAACACAAUAAUGCCGUUUGUUGUUUGUUUAAGAUGGAAGAAAUAGACUUGGCACUUCAAUACGGUCUGGGUUUUGUCUUCUAGAGGUAAUACAAUAAAUUUAAACACUUACAAGUUCUCUUAAAGGCAGUGGCAUAGUUUAAGGCUCAUUUUCUUCCCUUGAUACAUGUGACACAGACACUGGAAACCAAGCAGCAUCUCCCCUGUGCUGAGAACAAAAGGUGUAAGAAAAGACUUUGACCCCAACUCCCGCUAGUUAGGUAAGCGAGGAUUUGAUGAUGACACAGUUGCAUUAUUUGUGAUCAUUGCAACAAGGUAAAGCAGGUAAAAGCACAGUCCAAUGCAGGACUGAAAAUAAAGACAAAGAUCUGAGACCAGCUUGGCCAAAGUGGGUUGGACGAUCCGGACAAAGGUCUCGGACUAACCCAGUUGUUGAUCCGGUAGAUGUUUGUGAGCUCUCCACGCUGAUGUUGAACUGGGUGAAAACUGAGAGGUAGUUAUCUUAUCGUUAUCUUUGUGCUCUCUCACCUCCUAUAGGAGUGUGAUGAGACGAGCAGCUAUUUGCUCCAGUAGCCGGGUUGAUUGCACUGCCACUGCAAUCUCGGCUCGCUCGUUCUGUUUUGCAUCAGAGUGCAAAUCGCUGCAUUCAGAUAUUUCCAAACAGGCAGAGGAAGAAAAUGCCUCCAUUUUGGAACGACCUCCCCGAACAAUCCAGGUGUGAAAACACCCUGUCUUUUAUAAAGCCAGCAGGAGUUCAGAGCAGGACUCUUGUCUUCUAGUCUUCCAUGUUGUCAAAGUCACCCAAACUAGAAAAGACAGGGGGCUGGUGAAUCAGGGACAGUAUUAGGAGUGCAAGUGAGGUUUCUCUCCGAGGUUGUAGGGGGAAACUUGAAUGAGAAAGUGAGGGGAAAGCUCCGCAGGGAAUGUGCUGAUGGAACGCAAUGUAAACCAGGUGCCAAGGUUAAAGCCACUGUUGUUCAUGCGACAACUGUUCUUAGACCCCGAGUGACAUCAGAGUGUGGUCGUCUGUCCCUGGGCUUAAUUUAGCCACAUACACUGGCAGCCAUGAGAUCCACUGUUCCUGUUUGUCAAGCAGGAGCCACUGAUGCCAGCGAUGACAUCAUCAUCUGGAUUCACAGCAAAGCUUUUAAACCGAAGACACUCCCGCACUGAGGUGUUUAGUAUCCCAACAGGAAUAUCAUCUUUACAAGCUACAAGUGCAGAUAAUGUUACACUGGUGUCAUGUCACGGUCAGUCCCUGUUUACCAGAGGAAAAGUGGAUUGGAUGCAAACAAAACAAACAAUAAUUUGUUUAUUUUGCAAAAAACGUAAUCAUGAGGAGUAAAUUAUGAUUUGUGGAAGAGAUUAAAAAGGGAUAUUCCAGUGUAAAAUUAAUUUAGGGUCAAACACACCGAAACACUGAGUGAGAUACCCCGUCGAGAGAUGAAUGUUGCCGACCGUUUGCUUCUCUAGUUAUACCAACUUUAGUAAAACCGCAGAUAGCAAUACAGAGAGCCACACCCUUGACCAAUAAUGCUCAGAACAUCAUCUAACUUCAUCAACAGUACAUAUAGGGUCACAGCCAUAAUAAUAGCCACCAAACAUCUUUUUAACUUUGCCUAAUUUCUUGAGCAAAGAGACAGAACACAACUCACCCACUCUCUCUCAGCAGCCGCUUGUUUGUAGCGAGACCUCAGGCCAGUCUGUUACGGACUGCUGCAGGGUGACACAGCUCAAGGAAGAACAUUUAUGAUAAUUUCUUCAUGGAAAUGCAAUCAGACCGAGACGCUAAGGCAGAAGAACUACCGUGUCUGCAGAGCAAAAUGAUUAAUAUGGUGAUUAUUACUUCAAGGAAAUGAUAAAGAAAUGAUCAUAAAUGUUCUUCCUUGAGCUGCUUCCUCAACCACAGUCAAUGAACUGGCCUGAGGUCUCACUACAAACAAGCGGCUGCUGGAAGAGAGUAGGUGAGUUGUGUUUAGUCUCUUUGCUAAAGAAAUUAGGCAAAGCUAAAAAGAUGUUUGGUGGCUAGAGCUGUGGCUGGGACCCUAUAUGUACUGUUGAUGAAGUUAGGUGCUGUUCUGAGCAUUAUUUGUGGCUAUAGAGCGGCGUUUUGGUUGAGGUUUGUUUAUGGCUCCUCAGACCAUUGUGUAUUGCUAUCUGCGGUCAUUACUAAAGUUGGUAUAACUAGAGAAGCAAACGGUCGGCAACAUUCAUCUCUCAAGGGGGGUGUCUAACUCGGUGUUAUGGUGAGUUUGACCCUAACUUAAUUUUACGCCAGAAUAUCCCUUUAAGCAAUAAUUUUAUUUCAAGCUACAUCCAUCAUCCAUAUGAACACAAACCUCCCAGUUACUGUGAACACAUCUCCCCACCAUCCCACUCCAGUUGAGUCAGAUGGAAAUUUCCACUGCGAAAUACCCUAACACACUGGGAGGGCCUGUGACUGGACUUAAUGAAUAAGAAUCAAUAUUUGACAUUGAUUGAGGGAUUUUCUGAGCGUGUGAUGUGCCUCAGCGGGCCGUUCUGGCAGCAUGAAUUUUGUAUUUGAACUCAGCUGUGAAGCUGAACAGUCUGGCGAGGUCAUGACAGGAAGUAAGAGGUUACUUAUACUGGUACUUAUACUGGUCAUUAGUGCUGGUUUGUAAUGGGGCUGUAAGGAAGAGCUGCAGUCAGACGCAGUGCGUAUACGCUUGUUUUAGUCUCACAUAAACAGUGUGAAUCUGCUUUAACAUUUUAAAAUAGUUAAAUAAUGCCAGAGUUUUGGGAUCCUGAAGCAAAUAUCCUUGAAAAAUAUUAAUGUAAUGACGUGCAUAAUUUGAAUGUCCUUUUUGCUAUGCUAUUUCUCAUAAUAAAAAGUGGAUGUAUUCAACCUUGUAAGCCAGGGGCAUGAGUUUACACUCAUUAUAUUGUGCAUUAUUCAAUUUUUGUGUGUGUUUUGUGUGCUGUUCGCUAAGACUUGCCCUCCAGUGUAUCAAUCUUGGUAAGUUAAGCGUUGUAGAGAGUGGUUGUACUUGUUUGUUCAGCCGAGAAUCACUUUGUAGGGUGUUAGCUCGAUGUGCAUCACUAACAGAGCGAGACAGAAGGGACUUAAGAUCUUGUACCAGGGCUUAAAUUAUAAAGAGGAAGAGCUUCCCUGCUGUUUCGGGGCUACUGUUAUAAAUUGUUUACCUGCUGUUACACAGCCGAGGCAACAUAGCGGAAAAAAAGACUCCAAAACAGUGACACCAGAACAGACACUGCCAAUUAUCUUGACCCUAAGUUUGUACAGCUGAGACAGCUCAAGUUAAAUCACAAUGUGGAGUGUUGUCUGUGUUUUCUUUCGCAGGUUUCCAGAGCUGGAGCAAAUACAUGAAAAAACAGCAAGCCAAUUAUUGCAGGGCUAAAACUUUGGAAACUCUUACCCACAAUCUCAACUUUUUCACACACUCAGUAAGAACUAAAACCACAGUAAUAAAUAAUACAUAGCAAAGUUCACUUAACUUAUCCAUUAAACUUUUCAUGAAGGCAAAAAAAAUCCUUUUUUUUUUUUAAAAGAAUGACUAACAGGUUUCACACAGAGCUCUGGCCUCCUUCACGAGAGCAUAUUUUCACAAAUAUAUUUAUUUUCUACAGCAUGUCUAGCCGCUCCAGCAGCAACAAACAAAGACGCCACUUGUUUGUGACUCGUAUGCAGAAUUUAUAAGCAAGCACAAGGUUUCCACUGGGAAUAACUUGUAUGGUUGUUAAGUAAGUUUUCACGGAUGCAUAAGAGUUUAAAAGGGGAGACCGGAUCAAAGGAGGGUAGUUUAGAGAUUUAUCAAGCCAGCCGAAAAAUGCUUAUGUCUUUCUCUUUAAGGCACUCUAAGGAACUUGAAUGUUGUGCUGACUCUGGUGACCCUUUUGGACAAAAUUUGUAGCGUUUUUUUCAGAAUGAAGACUACAUUUCCCAUGAGCAUCAUCACCCACAGACAAAAGGACUCUUGCCAAAGCGUGCAUUUGUUGUGGAAGAAAAUUAACGUAAUACAGAUCUUUUUAAUAAAACUUACAAACUAUGAAUGUGCAGGUUAUCUAAAUAACAAAAGGGUAUCGAAAGUGAAUCUCAUGCACCAACCUUUAUGCUACUUCUUAAUGCCGAACCUUCACAGCAGAGUACCUACAUAACCACUGACCGCUGAGACCUGAACACAGUCUCUAUCAGUAAGCACAAGAAAUAUCACCAACCUCGCUGCUAGUUACAUCUUUCUUGACAGAGUCAUAAUAUGGUAUCAGUGUGGGAGUAAAACUAUUUCAUAACCUGUCAAAAACUCCUCACAGUGCAUGUAAUCAAGAUGUCAUUCACUUUAAUCUUUCAUCACCCUGUUUUGAAGUGAUGCAUUAGAAUUAAUAGGCUCUCAGAAAUGUGAUUAUUCCCUGGCAGGUGAGAGUGUUAGCCUUUUGUCAGAUCAUGUAUCAAGAGAGAUUAUUUGACACUUUAAGCCCUGGCACUGCAUCAUCCCAUUAACGAAAUAUUUGACCACUUUACAAUGGAAAAAGAUAAAUGAUGCAGGUAAAUCUAGAUGUAACAGGGUUUUAGAUGACAGGACAUUUAAUAUCAAGGAUUAACUAAAGAAAAUAUUUUGAUUUAAAGCAGUGAUAAAGACUUUGAAGAAUCACCUUUACAGUGAUUUAAAUAAUGAUUAAAUAGAACAUCCUAUAGAGUCCUGCUUAUCUGGAAAACACACACUCCCUCCCUGUUCUCCUUUUCUCACCAUCAACAAACUUGAAUACUCCCUCCUGUGUCUCUAUCCUUGUUAUUUAGUGUAACCUUAUAAGAUCAUUCCUUAAGUUAACAUCAUGUUUGUCAACACUGCUGAUCCACUUCACAGCAUGUAGGCACUGCAGUUAUAUCAGUAAUAGGAUUAAGCAUCCAGCAAUGUCAGUGUGUGAAGGUUUAAUUGUUUGUUCACUCUUUAUUGGAUUGAAGUAUGAAUACCGAGUAUGGCCAUCCUGUAACUGUGUCUUCCUCGAGCACUUAAGAUUAUUAUUUACUCUGUUAUUCAGUGCACUUUGUACAGGAUGUUGCAGUGACAAAUAGAUGUGUUCUGUAUCUGAAGCGGUGAUACGAAUUGCUUUUGCUUUUUGUUCUGUUCUGCAAAUCUCAGCUGAAUCCGUUGUUUAGUCUACGGUGUCAGAAAUACUUAAACAUUUGGAAAAAUCGCAGACAUUUUAUCUAUAAUACAAAAAGAUGCAACUGUCAGUUUUAAGAAGCCAUUCUGACAUUUUUGUCUUAUUUUUUUCCUGUUCUAACCGUAAACUAAGAGAUAAACCAUCUCAAACUGUCAGUGUGCACAUAACUAUCCUCAUCAUCUUCAUUUAGACUCAUUUACAGAUCAUUGUGGGAAUUUACUUUAAUUAAUUAUUGUUUUAUAAAAGUAUAAGAGAGAUAUCCUCACUAACACUGUCUGAACUUUCCUCCACUGAGAGUUCAAAAGGUCGUGGUCGGCCACAGAGCUGCCUGGGAUUUGGUAUUUGCCGACAUGUGGGAUUAAAUUGAGUCUGCUCCGUGAAGGGCACACUCUUUUCCCACUAAACCACGUCAUUCCCCCUCACAUGUGAAUAUUUUAUGUGUUCUGAGACGUCCUUGCAGAUCUGCCAUGGGGCAUUAUGACUUUAUUAUUAUCAGUAAACGCUCAGCUGUAAUUUUUGUCUCUCGCCGUGUCUGCUCAUAAAUGUUGGAGCUCACACUGGGCUGAAAUAAGUGUUCAGCAGUGCGCUUAACUCAUGUUGUGCAAAGAAAACAUCUUCAGUGUGGAGAAUUCGCCGUCUGUGUUGACGCAACACCCGAGGCUCUCCUUUCACUCUUUCUCCCUCCUGAAGGGAACUGCAGUUUUGGUAGAGUGUAAUCCCCGGGGGAAUUCAUUACAUUCAAUCUGCGGAUGAUUCAGGAUAAUUGUAAUAGGAUUUGAAGUCUAUCUUUAGUAAGCGUAUAAAUACAGACGCACUCUCUUACCCUCAGAUGAGCGGAAAUAGACAAAUAAUCUCAUUGCACACCUCACUAUUCAUUUCCAGACGCCCCCCUCCCACCUGCAGGGAAACUCUUGCGGUGUUUGCGGAAAUGUUGUAGGGUCUUAUCUUCUUAAACACCAGAUUUGUUAAUCCAAUACCUGCUCUGACCUACUGUGCUGAUUACCUGAUCUGACAAGGCGGUAGACUGUAAUCCCUGACUCACUGUCACAUCACAGUCGAAGGUACAUGAAGGGUAUAUGACAUACAAGAGGCAGACACGGACAGCAGGUUUUUGAUGAAAAGGUAACUCUUGACUCAUGGUGAGGAUGUCAAUGAAACUUUAAAACAUAUCUGCUCACAAGCCGUCAUUUAAAUAUUUCAGACUCAAUUUUCUUGUGAUAUGUGGUGACACUUACUGGUUUGCAACUUUAGUACUAACAAAAAUGCCUGAAAAAAAAUCAAAUACCAGUCAUGAUUGUGAGAGGGUGAAGCCUAACCUAAGAGCCCAAGGCCUGGCUCACACUGGAAGAUUUCUAAUGUGGUGGCUGAUUUCAAACACGUGAGGGACCACACACAUGACAGCAAAUCGAGAUUUUACUCUUAAAGUGCAUGGACACAUUUGCCGGUACAGUUUAUCCCAGGACUUUGACAUUUGUAUGUGUGUGUGUGCUUGUGUGUGUGUGCACCAAAUGUGUGUGAGUCUGCCCUCAUUUGGAUUAAUUAAAGGAAAUCUCCCGUGAAGAGAGGGGGCGUCCCAAUCUGGCCUUCUCAAGGACAAGCAACCUAUCAAUAAUACCCUAGCCUCCCCUCGACCUAUGCACAAUACAACCACCCACUCAGAUACACACACACACACACACACAUACAGGCACACCUCAUUCUAACUCCAUGGAAACCGUCACCCAGUGCCGUUCCCAAGCCUGGUGAUCAUCGCUCUCAUUUGCAGUGGAACAAAGCCUGUGAAAUCUGGCCUGUUAUUAUGGCUCCCUUAUCAGCGUUCCCUGCUUGCCUCUGCCAUGAAGCAACACUCAGCUCAAUUGCUCAGUCAUUCAUAUCAGGUUUUUUUUUUUUUUUUCACCCCAAGACUCAUUUCUAUUGUGGUCUUUUCGGCUGUUCUUUUGUUGCUGACGACCACUGAGUCUGAUCCAGCAUGAGUCAUUACUGAAGUAAACAUCAUGGCACAUUGCGAGAGGAGAGAGCAGCAUGUGUUGCUCUGUAUAUAAAGGGGCUGCCCCGGCUAAGAUAAUUGCUGAAAUCACUCAGCUGAUCUGUAGCUUUAUUAAAACUGCAGAGUGUGUUUCACAGUGUGUGUGUGUAGAAGUGAGUGUGUUUCAUAAAGGCUGCGCUAGAAAGAAAAACAAACAGAAAAUCUCUUUCUGUCUUGUGAUGACAACAAAUCUUAAACCACUUGCUGUAACAACACACGGCCAGAUCCUACUAUUGUGUACAAAAGUGAAGCCAAAAUAUCAUCCUCCAAUCAUAGACUGUAUAUAAUAUGGACAACUUGGUUCCGUCUUCCACCAGUAUAUAGAUUUAAAACCGAGUAGCGUUGCACACACUCCACCACUUGGGCAGAAGCGUUGUAUGCAUUCGGCAGGAGAGCCGCCGCGAGUCACCAUGAUGACGCUCAGCUCAAACAGCAUAUCCUCCGAGUGAGCUACGCAAUCUUCAUACGCCCAUAGGCUGCAUCAAGUGUCAAUCAUAGAAAACAUAACGUUUAAAAACUGAGCUGUACAGAAGAAAAUAGGACUUGAGCAAGUUUGUCCACAGCUCCAUAAGGAUGGCUGGCAGAGGCGAGAUUUAUGACCUAUACUGCAGCCCGUCACCAGAGGGUGCUGUUCUCAGGUGGCUUCACCCAGUGAGGAGGCAGAUGGCGUUCAUUCUAUAUACAGUUUAUGCUUCCAAUGGGUGCCGAUAAAUCAAAGUCCCACCUCUUUUUUUUCUAACCAUAUUUUGCAUUAGACUCCAAAUAUUUUGGCUACUCUCUUGGGGAGCUGUCCAUCUUUUUACAGUCUAUGCUUAAAAUUUAACAAGGUGUGUAAAAGUGAAGAAAAGUUUUGUUUCUGUACAGUUCUCGACUUUGGAGUCAAGAUUUGGUUCAUUUUUUAGUACUGUCAUGGCAACAGACAACACAGGUUUUGUAGUACGCAUAGUUUAUUUCCUUAAUUUGGGACUUUUAAGAACCUUUACACGGAUUUGAAGGGUAACUUUUCAGGAGAUGACAUGAGAGCAUGAGCUCGCCCGACUCCUUCUGCUCCUCACUGCAGAGGACACACAAUCUGUGAUCACAAGUAACCACAGUUUGAGCUCAAGGGAUGAAACUGAAAAAGGAAACAAAACCUCAGUAUAGUCUAAGAGGAUUUGUUAAAAGUUACAAUACUGAAACAAGUGGUCUAGCAGCCUUCAUGACAGACUCUGCAUGGGGUACGCGCUCCUGUUUUCCAGUCUAUGCAGGCUCUUUGGUUCUGCUCUAAAAAAGUUCAGCACCUUUACACCCCUAAUGUGAACCGUGUUUCUUGUAUUAAUACAUCGAUUACAUCACUCCCUCUUCUCCCUGGGGCUGUCACGGGGAUGUCAAGAGGUUGCUUUAUAAUUGGGAUGAAGAGAACCAAAACAUAAAAUGGUACAAAAAAGCACCCGCAGUCAUGUCAAGGCCCUGAAAUAUCAAUUACCAUGAAGCGGGACGACAGUUUCAUUAAAAAGAGGGGUCUUUAUGCCUUUUUUGUAGCUUUAAUUAGUUUUUCUCUUUGGUCAGCUACUUGACUGUUGGUCUUGCUGUCUACCUCAUGACUCUUAAUUUACUUAUUCACUUAGUUGGCUGCUCUUGUGCCCGUCUUGUUUCUCCUCCCGUGUCACUCAUGAAUAUAUUCAUGCAAACAUUGUUGGGGUGAAUCUCAUUAGAAAGGAAAGCAUGUUGUCAGCUUGGUGUGUUUCUGGCAGUAAACAGAGUUUCGUUAACAUAUUUACCCCGGUAUCCCCUUGAGGGAAGACGGGAAAAGAUUCGCCAAAGCCAGGGGAAAGACUGAAUGUGAGAAUACAUGAAGAAGUGUUAAAGACGGACUGUGAUGGAGGCGGAGGCCUGUCCUUGAAAGAGGAGCUGAAUGACAAUAAAUCAGCACGGCACCGUUGGAGAGUUUUGCAAUGGCAGCACAUAACUUUAAAGACACUUAUAUAAAAGGUACAACUGAGAUUGACACAGCGUGCACUUCUGACGCCAGCAGUCAGACAGUCCACAUUUUUGGAGUGAUGAUGUUCGGGUGGAUGCUGGAUUCUGGUGUCGUGAGGAAUACAAAUAAAAGGGGGGAGUACCACACUGGGUUCAGGGUUGCACUUUAUUCCUUCUUCUUUACACUUGAUUAGGAUUAGCCAGCUCCUCGGUGACCAGCCCUCAUCCUGCAGUCCCAUCUGAGAGACAGUCAAGGAGACAUUGAGGGUGUGUUUUCUAUUCUCUGCAUGAAGGAUGUAGGGCAGAGCCCAGGGAGUCUUUACAACCUUGCCUUUGUGCAUUAAAAGCCAGUUUUCUCUCCACUUCCAAGUCGCCCCUUUGCCAAAAAGAGAGAAAGUCUAAUCACAAAGUCAGGAGAAAAGUUCUCUCUAGUUGAGGAUUUAGCUCCAAAAGGGGGUGGGGCUCCCUCUUGUGGAAGCAGAAACUCUUUGACCAGCUCUCACUAACCCAAAAGUGACCCCUCUAAUGUCAGCAAAGUCAUAUAAAGCUCAGAGAUGUCCCUACUUGAAGCACUCAAGUUUCCUCUAAAUUGUAUGUUGUUAGAAUCCAUGAUGAAGCAUCCGUUGCAGCUGACAGCUUCUGCUCAGAAUUUCAAUGUGCAAAGUAACCUCUCUUUACCCCGAGAUCUGUCUCUGUCAUCCCGGCUGCUCAAAAGGCCCUCUGCGGAUCACUCAGCUGAACAGCAAAGGCUCCGCAUCACAGAAAAAUAACAAUGUUUAAGUCAUAAAGCUCCUCGCUGCUCCACUUGCGCUGGGAGUGCUGCGAGAGACAUCGCCAUGGUUACGAAGUUUGACUCAGACGGAAAGGUGACGCGUAGCCAUUGAGGGGAACAGAUCGGGGUGCGAGGGGCGGGGAAGAGGAAAGACAGGAGUAAAGAGCGGUGAGCUACAGGUGCAGCCAGAAGUGACAGUGUGUGUUUUUGGAAAGAGAGAAAAUGAUGGUGAGAGAGCAAGAGGCUGUGAAGGGGCAUCCUACAAGAACUAGCAUUGCAUGUGUUCGUGUUUAGCGUGUGUGCGCACAAUGGCCUGUGUGCAUAUGUGUGUGGGAGGUGUAGAGAAGAGUUUUUCCUGUGAGGUUUUCCCAGUCUUAUCAGAGAAGAAAAAGAGGUGACAGCCGAGUCAUUCGUAUUCCAUGUAAACAUUUCUGGAAAGCCCCGCACACAUAUGUUCCCUAAAACUGCCGCUUCCCCCCACCUUUCUAUCCUCCAUCAGCCCCUGAGCUCGAAUGGAUGAUGCUAUCAGGAGGCCCGAUGCUGGAGGGAAGCGGGAAGCUUGUAAAAGAUCCUACCCGCGCUGUUAUCUACAUACGUACAGGCGAGCUGUGCAGCAGCCAAGUGCCUGGCGAGCUAUUUGCGGCUUUCAGUGUAUCAUGAAUAUUAACAGUGUCCAGGGUGCGUGUUUGUUUUCUUCUUCUCUCCACUGGUUGGAGCCUAGAGGAAGUGUUGAUUAUGGGGCCUUGGUCUGGUGAUUAACACGGAUAUUGCUACAUAAGCACAGGGGCUAGCACACUUAGUGGUAAUUACACUUAGCCCUUUCUGGCCUUUUGUUUCCGUCAUACAUGGAGCCGCAGCCAGUAAAACUUGAAAUCGAAAAAAAGGGAUUUAUUCUAGCAUUAUGUGUUUUCUUAAUACCAGAUUCAUUUUGCGCACAUGCCAAAAUAAGCAGAAUGUGCAUGUGUCGAAAUGUAAUUUGCACAUAUUUAAAUGAAUACUGGAAAAUCUCCUGUGCAUGUGCAUGUGCAUGAAUCUCUGUGUGUGGGUGUUGUGGCUCUAUCUCAGGGUUUGCCUGCUGUUCUCCGUUCUCCUGGGGGGACGAAAGGGAGGGGACAAAGUCAGAGGCAUACAGGUUAAUAAUGUUGUCACGGCAUUAGGGCCGAAGGCUUUUUCUACCCAGAAACACACAUAGAAGCAGCAUGCAGCAAGCAUACAGAGUGCGCAUGCAAGCUUUUGAUCAUGUCUCCUAGUCGGGAAAGGACAAAGAGAGAGGACAAUGUCUAAAUGGGUUUCUGAUAUAAAUAAAUAUACAGAAAUCUUAAUCAUCAUCAGAGAGAUUUAUAGUCAUGGGGCGGCAGUGGUGAAGCAGUCCCACAGCAACAAAAUAAGACAAAGGCAGUGGAAUAAGCAAACCUUCAGCUCUGCUUCUCUCAUAGCUCACGGCAAGCUCUUACAUAUUUUACCACCAGAAAAUUAGUUUUAUUGAAUUUUCUCCCACUCUGAGAAGUAUCUUGUUUAUUACAGCAGGCCUUAUAGUUGUUAUAAAUUACCUCGAUGUUUUAAAUGAAUUUUCCUCCUGUACAUUUUUAAUUAUUAAGGUGUUUGCCUUACUGUAAAUUCAGCCUCUCCUACAGUGCAUUUCCGACUGUACCUCCUUCCUCACUUACUCUGUUACUCUUAUUCUGGGGGGGAGGGGGGGGGUUCCGGACAUUGGUGAUGUAAAAGUCACAUGCAAUGACUUGCUGCAAGGUGGCUAAGAGGUCAGCGGUGAUGGACAGAUUACAGUGGGAGGUGAUAAAGAAAGCAGCAACGAUCGGCGCGAUUAGAAGUUUGCUAGGAGUGAAAAGAGCUAAAAGUGAUGAUCUCACUGAGACUUAUCACUAAAGAUGUCGUCCUGAAUCCCACAGUGUGCAUGACUUUCCUCCCUGCCCUUCCUUGGAGGCUUGGACUCAGCAGGAAACACUUAUAUAUCCAAGGCUUAAUUCACAAAACUGCUGAGCUGUGCAUGGAAAUAAUAUUUUUCUAAUACAGCGAUGAAGCAUUGUUGAACUGCAAUCAUAUCUCUCCUGAAGACCAUAGUGGGUGUAGAAAUCUGAUAUCAGACAGAAUGGGCUGUGUUACAGGAUAUAGAGUAGGAUAGGCGAAGCAUUAAGUAUCUAUUUCAGUCAGCGGAUGGUUCAAGGAUCCCAUCAGAGCUUUAAAUAAACUCAUCAAUACACUUGAUUGAGAAGGACAGAUGCAGAUUUUCUCUCAAGGUUGAGUACAGGAAUGGCCUUGCUUGCUUGCUUGUGUGUGCAGUUUUGUGUUUUAAGGAAUUGUUGUUGUUGGUGUGUGUGUGUUUAUUUAUUGUGAUGCAGCUUGCUCAUAAAUGUUGAAGUUUACCUGAGUAGUGUUGUGUUGUGUUGUGUUGCUGGGUAUUUAUAGCCUAAAAGCAAUGUACUGUUCAGGACUGCAAAUGUCCCUCUCAAAUCAACUAGGCCUCAAAGUUGCUUAUAAAUAUGAAUGACUCAAGGUUAUCAAACAUAAGAAGAUACAAGAUUUUUCUCUUUUAUGAACAUAUAGUGUAUGACCACUGUAUGUUUUUCAUAAAACUUCAAAACGCCAACAAUUGAGAGGAUCGAGUUUGUUUGUUUUUUCAUUUGAACUCAAACAACAUAAAAAUUGAUUUAUUGAUCACCAUUUAUCUUGUAAUCAUCGUUAGAAGUUGUUAAAAGUAAUCGGUAAUCAACAUAGAUUUACAUUCCUUGAAAACUAAAACUGCUUACAAGGCAAAUGCUCUUCUACCCAGGUGUUAGCAAGCACAGGUAACAGAUGAAAUCUUGUAGCUCUGAACUUUAAAGCAAUACUGUGAUGCAGAAAAUGGAGAUUUAGUUAUAUGUAGGAUGUGUUUGCUAACCUGGAAUAUGACCACUCGGCUACGGCAAAGUGAAGCAGCAAAAGACCAAAAGCUGUUGGUGCUAGCUCUGCUAGUGUUAGCUACACUCUGCAAACCAGUUUGUCAUUGCAUACUGACUUGCAGACUUAUAAUCUUGCAUUUGGCCGUAUUUAAUGUUGAGAGAGUUUCUUCCUAAAUUUCCAUUCAAACAUGAAGAAAUGCCUCCCAUAUCUGCAGAGGUAAAAAACUUUUAACUGUAUUUGAAUUGACGAUCCCCCAAAAAUAUCCCACCAAAAAUAUCCCACUUCAGUCUUUCACAGUGCAAGUGAACACAGGACCCUACGAUCAAAGGAAUGAUCCUUUUUGGAGAUUGGUGUAAUUAGCAAAUCCAUUUUGGGAUGCUGGGAAAUCCACUGUGUGGGAACCGAGAUGCUGCUACAAGAGAGGGCAGUGUCACAUGAAAGUGCUGACUAUGUGUUUAUAUGGUGUCUAGUUUGAGCUUUCUUUGUAUCAUGUCAUGUCAUUUUUUAGCAGAUAUCCAAUUUUAAAGUUAACUAGAAACAUUAAAAAGUCAGCUGUUAGGUGCUCAGCCAUCCCGAGGGGUUAAUAACAGUUAAUUUGUAAAUGUUAAGCAAAUUGAGCAAAACUAAAAUGUGAUAAGGACAGCUGAAAUAAGUUGAAGAGCAAAUUGACUUUAAAUGACAAGUCUUUAAACUUUUGACUUCAAUUAAACGCUGUUGUUUUAAAAGCUGCUUAGUCGUCCCUGGAAGAGAAAGAGGGGAGUUGUAAGGCAGUUGACAGUUUAUGCUUCAUGUUAGUUUUUGUGUUAGAGGCAAAGCUGAACCAAAGGCAAACCGCACUGAUUUUGCUGAACUUUUCAACUUCCUCUGUUUGUUAGGUUUAAUCCCUUUAUGACUGUGAAUUUUUAAAUUACAAUCAUUGUAAGUCUAUCAUUCCUCCCUUGAAAACAAGAAACUUUCUGGUUUGUUGCAGCACUGUUAGGAGCCAGAUUCCUCUCUGAGCUGUUUUUGCCAACUCCCAGAGCUCUCAGGGAUUCAUACACUGGCACAUUUCCCUCCCAGUGUUGUUUGUGUAUUGAAUUAGCAUCAGUCUUAAUUGGACCCCAGUAGUGUGUCAUUUGAAUAAAAGCCAGCAGGGGAAUUGCCAGUGCACUGUGUUUGCUUAUAGGUGUAUUAUAUUUGUCAUAUCACUCAACCUGAACUUAUCUGAGCUGCACUGGAGUGCCACAUGCGAACACACACACGCCUUUGUUUCCCAUCUCUGUGCAGACGUGUUUGUGUGAUUCCAAUGGACAAACGCACUCUAUAAAUAUUUGAUGCUAGCCCACUUUCUCCUCUGAAUCUUUGAAAUAAAAUAAGCUGCACACCAACAAAUAUCACCCCAAUGUGAAUGAAGCCUUUAAAAGGAUAUGGGGUGACGCAGUGGCAUUGCACAAACAUUAUGUUUAGAAUAAAAGGGGCCGUUUGGUGAAGACAUCAGAGAGAACAAAGCCACAAAAAGCAUCACACUCCAGCUGAAGAAUGGGAGGAUGGUGGAGGGACAAUCAUUAAUAAUGGAGAAGCAUCCCUUAAAACUGUAGUCUUUUAUUUAUCUGUGGGGUCUUCCUCUUUUUUCUUGCGUGUAGCACUGCGGUAUGAGAACAAGCACACUGGAAGCAGAGGGUGUGGAUUGCUUUCAAGCUGGUGGGAUCUGGUUAUUGAUUUCUCCCAAAUACUGUCAGCCUGUUCAGCCAAUUUUUGUGCUGCAGAGAAAGCUCCAAAAGUUCAGCAUACAGUGAUUAAACCCAAAGGAUACCUGCUGUUGCAUGCCUCCAGCAAGAGAGUUCUGCGAAAGCUUUUUGCCGCACAAAUAAAAAGUAAACAAAAGUAACUGACGUGCAAAAUUAGACAUGCAGACUGAUCGUGAGGCAGCAAGGGUGACCCCAGGACUCUAAUCACUUCAUGCCAGCACCCCUCACCAAGGUUGCCAAGCACAGAACGACAACUAAUGCAGUCUGAGAGAUUGAUGUUGGAUUGAAUUGGAGGUGGCACAAUAUAAUGCUUUGUUUUGCCAAGACAAAUGGGUCAUAUCCACUAAUGAUUAUUGACUGCUCUGAAAAAUAAAUGAAGAGCUAAAAAGUUUACCAUGAAAAAACAAAAAAACAAGCCUUCAUUAUGAUGCACUGAACUCCCACUGGAGCUGCUGAAAAUAGACGGCCAGAUGGACACCAAAGUGGUUUCUGUUAUCUAAUGUUGUUGCAAAGUUGUUUUAAAAAAAAAAAGAUAGCUUGGGACAUAUUUCAGUUGCACAUUUACUGUGCCAGUUUUGAGGAAUUUAGCUGAUUCAGUUUUGCACACAUCAGACUGACUGAAGCAUUCGUACAAACCUCUGAACCUCGGAGGAGCUGUGGGACAAAAACAGCGGAUGGCCACCAAAUGAGACAGCCCCUCUUUUUGCCUUUUCUCUCUCUCUGGAAACCAGCCAUAGCAAAAGGCACUUAAAAAGCAGAAAUUUGAUCGAGUGGGUGGGAAUAUGUCUUUCCCUUUUUGCUGAUUAAUGUGGAGUCUCUCUAUGGGCAAACCUAUUCAAGUCAUACCCUCACUAUCCCUGCCUGAUAAAUCUCUCUUUAAGUAAGAGUGCCAAGUUCUUUAACAAUGCCAUAUUUGCUCAGCGCAAUCAUUAAGGGCUAGUUAUGGGUGUCCAAUGCAAUUUGGGCACAUUUGGAAAUCAAACCUUUCUAUUUUUGUUCUCCAAACCUGUUCCAGCCUCUGAAAGCCGUGAAUACUGAGGUGAAAUCCUGCGCUGGUACGUGUAAACUUAGAGUUGAAAAUAAUGAGGAGGCUGGUUUAAUGUAUGAUCAAAGCUUUGUUGUCAUGUGACACCCAGCCCUCGUGCUUUGGCAGGGCCACUGCGUUGGAGGAGAUACAGUCCUAGAAGAUGAAAUAGCACACAAGUCUCAGGAUCAAUCCCCAUUACCAUAGCCAUAAUCGCCUGGAUUGAUUUCGCAGCAAAAAAUUAUCAUACCUGAGGAAUGGCUCAAUUUGUCCGGCACAAAUUAAUGACACAAGAGGAGGGGGUGAGCCAGGAUGGGAGGGGGGGUCAGUUGGGAUCUUAGAGGUGGAUCAUGGUCCAUAAGAGCUUUGAGCAGAGGGGAUCAAUAGGGACUCACUGGGCCAGGCUCAGUGUCCAUAAUGUGAUGUGUACACAAUCGAUAAACCUCCCACAAGCUGCCGGAUGAGCCACCAGUGUGGUGCGGGAUAUUUUUCUUCCCCACAGAAUCUCUCCCAUCCCCCUGGCUAAAGAUAAUGGAAAUCCAGGCAGGAGAAGUGAAUAAGGGUGUAACUGCGCAACCACAGGGCUGUCACUGAUGACAAGGCAUUAAGAGAGGAGUUAGCAGCUUAUUGACUACUUCCUGCUGGAACUAAAAGUAGACGGAGAAAGGCGAUUCUUUCUAUCUGAAGAGCAGUGGUUGAGAUGACAGGUGGGAGAUGACAGAAAGAGUGGCUCCAAAGAGGAGCUCUAGAGAGCUCUUAACUUCUUUGUACCUACUUCAUACUUCCUGUUCAGGCCUCCCCGAGGAGCUAAUGCUACCUCCCAGGAGCUGUUGGAUUGAAAUUCUGCGGCUGGGUGUUGUUGGCCAAAGCACAGUCACUCCCUUGAUACACAAGCAAAAAUCUCCUUAACUGUUGCCUACUCCAUUGCUGGCGCCACAUUUUAAGCUGUCCCCCGAGGAACUGAGCCAGCUGGUUUUUGUUUUUGUGACGACAUUCAUCAAGUGAUUUAUUUUCAAAGAUGUGUCCUACACCGUGCUCAGGAGUACAGACCAAAGUAUCCAAAGAAAUCCUCAGAGUAUUGUAUAAGAAUAAAAGUCAUGGGGUGCGCUGUGAUUCUCCCUCACUCGCUCUCUCUCUCUUUUACCAUCUGUCUUCUAUCUCACUGUAAAUCUUGAAGUGAUACAGCCGUUGUGGUAAAACUAGUGCAGGGAAAAGUAAAAAAGCACAGGUAGCUUUAGGUAGACACCUAAAGCUCAUGUCACCUGAUCAUCUGACGAGUUUACCCUUGUGUCUAAGCUAAUUAUGUCUCAUGACUGGCCUGACCAUGACCUGACAAGUCAAACCUUUCAGGGAUAUAAAACAAAAACGGAAAAGAAAAGACAGAAGCAGUUUUGUGGAUUAUUUUUUGGGGGGUCAUCUCAGACAUUGCUGUUACUGUGCACGAGUGGCAGCACUGAUUACUGAAAUGAUCUGGUUAAUUUAAAUGAAACCCAGUCGUCCAAGCUAUUAGAGUCCCUCUCUAAAGAAUCCCUUCAGGUAUUUGAAGGUGAUCAGUGGAGUGGAAUAUCUUCUUCAUUUUCCUGUCUCUGAUAGAUUCUUUCACUGGGUCACUUCCAGGCCAACAGGUCUGACUGCGCUUGUUUCCGUCUUUUAAUCCACCUUUCACGGCAUUUGGUGCUAUAUUUGAUGCCACCGCACAUGCAAAUCAGGGCCAAAGAAGACUGAAUCCAAGUAAUUGAUCUUCUUAACAACUCCCACUCAAUUACAGCAGGUUAAUGCAAGCCACCUCAGGAUUACUCAUCAUCAUGGCUCAAAUGUCAACUGCAAGUGUCCAGUAGCGGGGGGUGCACUGGUAUGUGGGAAGGUGAGAUCACAUGGGCGUGGGUCAGUGAAAACAUUAAUCACUUUUCCUCUCUGCGCAUGCAUGCCCAUAAGUCCGUCCAUUCAGCUGUUCAGAGUAAAGUUUUAAAGGGUUCACUUGCUCUAAAGUGCAGGACGAUAGAGGAUUAACUGUCUCCUCUGGAGUAUUUACUGUGGAACUAAAUAAAGAAUAGACUUCUAAAGAACAAGUGACCUUUCGCUUGUAUUUCAUGCAGUAAAUCAUUCUUACCUUUGUACUACAUCCAAAAAAUCAGCUGUGUCAGUAAGCACAAGUAAAGCCCAUAAUCUAAAGCAAAAUCAUUAGUUCAUGCACUAAUCUACCGUCCGUGCCAAGGUCUUCAUCAACAGGAGAACAAGCGCAGGCCUUGCAAUGGAGGGACUUGGCACCAGGUGUUGCGCUUUAAAUCUACAUGCCAAAAAGUUCAGGGGAAUGGAAGAAAUCUGUGUCCUUACUGUGCGUCUUCCUGCCCAGAUUGCCUUACUUAGCUGCUAAUAGGUUUAACGUAAUCAGCACCAGCAGUAAUUUAGUGAUAGCACUACCUCUGCUGAGCCAUGACACACCCUUGUCUUUAGCCUUUUUUUCCCACCAAAAGAAAGAUAUUCAGGCAGUCACAGGCAUCUUUUCUGAUUGUUUUCAGUGCUAGCUACGGGCUAGUGGGUAGUUCACAAAAACUAAACCCCGAAUCCUCCAAAAUCCAUGAGCCGUGACCCUGCAUGAGUGUCACCACUAUGUGAUAUUUGCUGAAUUAGGGAAAUCUCACAGGAGAUGAAGUCGGUCUCCAGACGGCACUGUGUAAAUCUGCGUGAGACAAGCAGCGUGUUCUGCGACUGUAUGCAGUUUGUGAUUAGUAUUCAGUGGGUCUUGUUUUCCUAUCUUCACUGAGACUCUUCAAUCUCUGUUCAUUAGAUUUUAAUAGGUUUUGUAUCACUGAGGUCAUGAAGGACAUUGCGGAAGAGAAUGCAAAUGUUUCUUUGCGCUGGGUUUUAGUUUGGUGUUGAUGUUAUGCAGCAGCAUUGAAGUGUAGAACAGAGACUUUUCACCUGUGCGAGUUAAAAUAUUGAUCCCAGCAGAAUCAUUGGUCUAUCUGUGGCUCUUGAGCUGAGGCAGAGGCUUAGAUCAAAUCUGGACAGAUGCUAUAGAAGAAGAGUCAAGGGAUGUGAUGAUGAAAGGGCCCGUAACACCUCUCACUCUAAAGUGACAAGGAACACUCAUUCAUCACACUUAUCACACAUUGUGUCACUGUCAAACACACACUUCUACUUCCACAUUAUGCUCACACAACCAUUUUAGAAAGAACUCUGUGUCAGAACACUGAAGGCCAGAUUUAAUCUACUGAGGUCUAUUAAUCCUGGCCAAAGUAAAGAUCCUCUGCCUGAAACGCAGCCUCAUGCUGUGCUGACCUCACAGGAUUAUGCAGGAUGUACUUACCAAUUCCCUUACUGAGCAAAAAGUACUGUAAGCAAUAUCAAAGCAUCCAGUUUCCAUCAUAGACUUCUGAAAGAUUAGAUAACAGUCUUCAAAAACUUUUUACUUCAAUUAAUGAAAGCAAUAGAUCAUACUUAAAGAUAGAAAGAAAGAGAGAGGUUCAGACUUCUGCCAACAGGUGGAGCCAAAGUCCUUUUAUCCUUUUAUCUAUUGUGGACAGAUCACACACACACAAACACACACUCACAAGCAGAUACACAAAUACACACACACUGCUUUCUCUCAAAAAUAGAUAUCUGGCCUAGUUAAUGUACCUUUUUUAGAUUUUCUCUUUACUUAUCUGUUGUGUAAUGCUGUAUUAGCUGCAUUUCUUAUUUUCUCUAAUGUGGUUUUGUACACUUUGAUGUUUGUUUUGGUUCAAGAGCAUAAACUGUAUAAUUCCCACAAGACAAAUAAAACUGGUACUAAUAAAGGCUUAGUCACUAUUUAUUUCCUUACACUAAAUUAGGUUUUUUAUUCAUCACUAACAAUUGAUCCAUAUAGCAGUACAUGAUUUAUGACAAAGAAGGUGAUAGCACUGACAAAUUACUGUGAACUUUUUCAAUCCAGCUAACAUGUUCUUCCUGUCUGUGCUUCCUUUCCAGAUUCUCGCCAUCAUCUCAAUCCUGUUCAUUGUCCUCUCCACCAUUGCUCUGUCUCUCAACACCUUACCAGAUCUCCAGGUCAUAGAUGAGUUUGGCCAACUUAAUGACAACCCCCAGCUGGCCCACGUGGAGGCCGUGUGUAUCGCCUGGUUUACCAUGGAGUACCUCCUUCGCUUCCUCUCUUCUCCGAAUAAGUGGAAGUUCUUCAAAGGCCCACUGAAUGUCAUUGACUUGCUGGCUAUUCUGCCAUACUAUGUCACCAUCUUCCUAACAGAGUCCAACAAGAGCGUACUACAAUUCCAAAAUGUGCGCCGUGUGGUGCAGAUAUUCAGGAUCAUGAGAAUACUGAGGAUCCUGAAGUUGGCCAGACACUCCACAGGACUUCAGUCUUUAGGGUUUACUUUGAGAAGGAGCUACAAUGAACUGGGGCUGCUUAUUUUGUUCCUUGCAAUGGGUAUUAUGAUAUUCUCCAGCUUGGUCUUCUUUGCUGAGAAAGAUGAAGAUGCCACAAAAUUCACCAGUAUCCCUGCCUCAUUCUGGUGGGCAACUAUUACAAUGACCACAGUGGGCUAUGGUGACAUUUACCCACAGACUUUACUUGGAAAAAUUGUGGGUGGGCUUUGUUGCAUUGCAGGAGUGCUGGUCAUUGCCCUACCCAUCCCUAUUAUUGUCAACAACUUUUCUGAGUUCUACAAGGAACAGAAGAGGCAGGAAAAGGCCAUCAAGAGGAGGGAGGCACUGGAGAGAGCCAAGAGGAAUGGCAGCAUUGUGUCAAUGAACUUAAAAGAUGCCUUUGCGCGCAGUAUGGAACUGAUGGAUGUGGUGGUAGAGAAAGGAGAGGACAAAUCUUCCAUGGACAACCACCUCACACCAAACCGUUGGGGUGGCUCAAGCAGGCACUUGUCAGAUACUAAUCUGAGAUCCCCAGAUAAAAGAAACCCAGAGUCUCUUCUGCAAAGCUCCCCUCAACGCAUAACCAUCACCACCACUGGAAGUCCACAGCGGACAAACAGGCCCCCACAGCACCUUAGUGCUCAAAAACUGGAGGAGAUGUACAACCAGAUGACCAAGUCACAGUCUUUCACCAACCUCAACACUACAAGCUCCAUGAGCACCCUGAGCACAACUGUGACUGGCCUUGGCUCGCCUAAGAAAACACACAGCUCUGAAUUUGCAUUAAAAGAGGAAGUAGAACUGGAGAUGAAGGAGGUGCAACCCCCAUCACCAGACAACUUUGCAAGUUGCUCCUCAGACUUUAGAAGAAAGAGCACAGACUCAGGUGAGGCAGACAGUGGCUCGAAUCAAAUCAGACACCCCAAGGCACCACCCAACUUGGAUCUGGGCCUGCUGGGGACCAUUGAUGAACAAAGCUCUCCUGGCAUCAAACUCAAAGAUGGCCUCUAUGAAACCAGAGAUGGAUCUGAGCUCCAAAUAGAGGAAAGGGAGAAUUUUGACGGCGCUGGAGAGGACAUCCCAAGCUCUCCCAGAGCGAAUAACCCUCUGAAAAUGAAAGGGUUGAAGGCUAACUUCAGCAAAACCUCUGCUGAAGGCCCACUAACACCACCCAGCACUACCUCUCCUGGAGACAUCAGCUCCAGCAUCCUGGAAGACGAAUCGCCAGAGGGAGAGACGUCACCACUUAUCCCAAUGGCAGAAGAGCUGUUCCCAAUAUCAGAGGAGGACCCUUGUUCAUUGUCCCCUAAGAGGUUGGUUGUGGACACCCCACCUGGUGAUGAUGACCCAUCCUCAGAAGGCCAUGAUGAGAAGCAUCUGAUGGAGGUUGCAGGUGCACCGCUGUCCCCGAAAACAUCAUCACAAAAUUGCACCCAAGGUGUGGUUGUUGUAGGGGAGGAUGCCAAGACUGACAGCAACCAAAGUGGACACAAAGUGGAGAACCACAUGUUUACAACUGAUAUCCACCUGAUACCUGGGGAAGGCAGUCUCUCACCGACCCUUGAAACCAGCAUGUGAUUGUGAGAGAAGCUAUGCAUAGACCCACUGCAACCUCAGUCAGUGUGUAGGUGAGCAGGAAGAAACAUCAAGGGUGCAGUUGUAGUGACAGAAAUUUUUGCAUGGCAUGACAAGUCCCUUUUACUUGUGUUGUGUAUUGCUGAAAAAGAAACUGCAGUGCUUCGUGCAGAUUCGAGAUCGACUUUGGGACAAACAGUGGGCUUCGAGUGGAGGGUCUAGAGGGAAUUCAUCAACUUGUAUUGACAUUUUGGUCCUCCAGAUGUACAUAAUGACAGUCUCCUUUUUCUAGCAAACAAUGGAAAUGCACAGAGGGACUUAUCUGUAUAAAGCAUGCAUUUAAAAAAAAGACAGGUAUUUUACGGUGCUUAGUUUGCUGAAAGCGCUCCACUGUAAAUAUUAGGACAUCCAAGGCAUUGACAAUGCACAGGAUGGCAAAGGAAUACUCUCUGAUGGUACGAAUAUUUGCAGUGUGAAAGGGACUGGGUGGGGGAUUGAGAGCCCUCAAACUGGGUGUUGCAUUGUAGCGACCUAUAAAAAAACAUAUCAUUACCUUUUGUGGAAAUGCAAAGUGUUCCCAUGACGACCCUGUAAUGUUUGACUAUGUGAAAAAUGGUGUACGAAACUGUAACGUUGACAUUAUUGCUUUUGGUUUUCAUAAUGACUGUUGAACUAUCAGUUGAGCAUCCAAUGUUCAGUCUUUGAAUCAACAACAGUGGGCAAGAAGAACGAAACACCAUAAUUCCUCUGAAUACAUGUAGUUGCCAAAUAACCAGUAAGGACAGGAACUAUCUAAUACCACUGCUACUGAGAAAAAAAAAAAACUAUCAGUCUAAGAAUUCAGGACAAAGUUGAAGAUGUUUAGUUUCCUGUUCAGCCUUUCAAUUUCAUCAAAAAACACAAAAAUUAACCUUAUUUAUUCUCUGACAUAAGAUAUAUACACAUGUAAAAGUAGUUCCAAGAAUAAACUAAGAAAUACUUAGGUCUAAACUGGUUGUAGAGAAGUUCUUCUGUAGGUAAGUGAGAUUCCAUAAAACAGAGUAAAUACUAUUUAUUAAUUCAGCACAGUAGUUCUGAUCAUCACUACACCUAUAUGCUUUAAACGACAAUUAUCCAUUUUGGCAAUUCAAAGGGAUAGACUACAACAAAAAAAAGACAAUAUUCCUUGUGGAUCAAUGGACCAAAUCAAGCACAGUGACAAGCUUUUAACUAUCUCAGCUGCAUAGAAACAUAUACAGUGAUGAAAUGUGUUAUGAGUAGUUUUAUCUCUAUAAUUUUAGUUUCUUUUCUACCUGCAUUGUGUUCAUUGUCCUUUCCUCAGCGCCCUGAUGUCUUUGUUGAGAUUUGUUCCAAACAACUGCGAGUUUUAUCCGAUUCUGCUGACGAGUUUAAGGCAUUAUUUUUGUAUAUCCGUAGUGUCUUGAUAUGUAAUUUAUUGUGUUUUCUUGUGAACAAAACUGUUUUCAGUCAAACUUAAACCCAAAGGAGAUUUUUUUCUUGUCUUCUUUCUUGCUCUUUUAUUUUUGUUUUUACACUGACUGAAAAUAUCUGUUUUAUGUUGCCUUUGAUUCCAAUUUUACAGCUGGAAUAUUUGUGUAUUAUUUCAGCAUGACACUUGGCUGAGUGUACUAGAGCUGUGUUUGUGAAAGCCGCACAAACCCGAAUGGUACCGACCGGAAGUAAGUGGGUGAAUUGUUUGUUUUGUUUCUUUUCUUUUUCUUAUUAUCAUGUCUUUAUGUUCUCACAGAGAGGUGUGGAAUGUGCAAUACCGCAUACUGCAAAUCUAUGCAGGCCAAGAAUUGUGGCACUUUAUUUUCUGUCUAUGGGAUUUCUAAGUGUACAGGCAGAAAUUACUUGUAUUUUUCAAAUGUUAUAUCUUUAAUAUGAGGCAGAACAGUAUUACAACUACCAGAAUCUCAAAAACAAUGCAAAUGAGAAUUUAAAUUUUACUUUUUCAUAUUCUGUAGCUGGCAUGUGAGGUCAAGCACCCUUAUGCCAGAUAUCAAUGGACCUCAAAUUUAAUUAUGAGUGGGAAUGGGCAUCCAAAUUGACUACUUUUGGCCUUUUAUAUUGCUGUUAGAUUUACUCUAAAAAAUCUGACAAAUUUCUGUGGGAAAUAUGAAAACAGUCUAAUUUCAAUGGCCACACACAAAGGAUUUUAUGUUUUUUGUGAAUUAAAGUUGAGAAUGAUUCUAUUUUUUCUAAACCAAAAUGGAGCACGACCACAAUUUCCUGCCAUAUGGUGGUUGAAAUGAUGCGUGCCUUUUCAUAACACUGCAGUUUAUGAGAAGGUAGCGAGUCAUUUUGCUUUGUUCAUAUAGCACUGUACAGAAAAUUCUAAUUUUAUAGGAGAAAUCAGGUCUUUAUGUAAUAGAUACAAGUAAUGUUAUUGAGUUCUCAGGUUUUCUAUAACUCUCUGAUGUUCUGAUUGGAUAGAAUCUCUGUUUUUUCUUUAACAGCUCAAUGUCAACUAGUAACUUCUGUACUUUUUGAAGGUGAUGUUGUCAAAUCCACAUUGAUGUCUUGGCUCCUGGAGUAAGGAGCGGCAAUAUUUCUUCCUCCUCCUCGGUAAUCUGUGUACCACAUUAAGUGUCCACCCCCAUCAGCGUUCAGUGAGGCAGGAAGCAGCACAAACAAAGAGACAGAAACAAGUCGGACUGGCAGAGUUUUAACACUGAGAAAUAGAAGAAACUAGCGUGCGAGUCUAGCUUACAGCAGACAGGUAGAAAAGGAUCCCUGAACUGAUACAUCUGAUUAUUUCCCAUGCUGACAACAUUGAGUGCUCCAAUCCCUACAGCUUCAGAGGCUCUAACCCCAUGGCAUGCCCUCAGGAACAGCAAUCAAUGAAGUAAAGAAAGGCCAGGUUAAUGGAAGGUUAUCAGAGUAAAGAGCAGAGGUGAAAUUGAGUCCUCCCAUAUGGUAACAGCACAUUAGUGCUCAGCUGUGGUCCAUUUUUCUCCUUGCUUGUGCACGUACUUAAAGCCCAGAUUAAAAUAAAUGAACUCAAAGAUUCAUGUAAGAGCUCUUUUGAAAUUAUUGAUCCCUGAUCAGGCAGAUAGAUUCUUUGGUACUCCUCCAAAGUAAAAGCGCUCACCAGUGCUAGUUGUUAUUUGAGGUAUUCAUUUGUCCUGUUUUUAAUGGAGGAAGUGACAUGACAACACUUUUUUUUCUGUAACUAAUUUAAUGUUUCUCCUUCAUCCCUUGUUUUCUAGUAACUAUGUGUAAGCCUCAAGUAAUCCUUCAUUUUGACAGGUGGGGUAGACGAAACAAAGGAUUUGGAUUGAUCAGCUAUAUUCCCCGGGGAUGAUGUUUGUGUGGAUACUUAAAUUAGUUCUAAGAGCUGGCAGCAAAUGAACUGUGCUCUGUCUUACUGUCUCACAAUGGCAUUAUCAUCUGUGAUACUGUACAGAGUGGAAGGUUGUGUCUUUAUUUUCUCUGAGAGAAUGGGUAUUGUCCAUGUGGCUCAUGCGUGCUUAUCAAACCCUGCUCCCUAAAAUGCAUUAAGCAUUGUUUUUUUUUCUUAUUUUGAUGUAUUCUGCCUCCUACAUCUUUUUUUUUCAGCUUUCGAGAACAUAAUCAUUAGACACAUUCUGAGCUACAGACUGUUUCUGUACAAAGCAACAUCUUUGUAUGCAUGUAGUAGUCCGAACAAUUAUGUGACCACAGAACACUUUGUUAUGGUACAUGUAUGUCAACAUUUCUGUAGAGCAUUGUUCCCCAUUACGUCUAUUAGCAUAUGCAGAAUAACAAAUAAAUGUGUAUAUAACUCACGUCUUCCUGUU